AAGCAGGAAGGGGGAUGCAGUUAGUGUGCUCGGAGGCUGCUGGCAGACACACAGCGCACUGCCCGGGUGGCUCUUGGUAAGUGCAAACCGGGCUCACACUGAUCACACGGGACCCGCGGGGACUAGAGGCACCGGACCCAGCUCAAUGCCCACUGCUGGCUAUUAGUGCAGUCAGGCCCCAGAUAGCCCCAGAUAGCAUGGCAGGGUGUAGUGUACUGGGCUGGGAUAGUUUGACAAUUCAGAUUUACACGGGCCUGGUAUGGGAAGACAUUUACCCAUUACUACACAAUAAACGGUGUAUGUUUCCCUUUAAUAGUUUCUUUAGCAUUGUUUACUAGCAGGUACAUAUAGUGCAAAAAACAAUGUUAUGGCAGGCAUUUAUAAACGAAUAAAUAAAAAAUCUAUAUAAUUCCCAUUAUAAUUUCCCACGGUUAUGAAAAGAUUGAUGUCAUGAAAAAUAAAACAAAGUUUGCUUGUGCAUGUUGUAGUGUUGCAAGAAAGUGUUAUGUCGAAAAUUAUUUUCUCUUCUAGUCUACUUUUGUAAUGAUGUAUAUUGAAAGAAGGUAGAGAUACACUAAUGGCAUUGUUUAGGUGGUUUUGCACCCUGUACUGUGUAUGUUGUUUGGGACUUAAGGUGUUACUGUAUUUGUUUUUUAAUCCUUUAAGAAGAAAUGUGGAUCCAAAUUAUCAUAACAAUCUGCACUAAGGAUCUUACUAAAAUACAGUGGCCAACACAGUUUGACUUCUGUAGGGCUGCAUGGAGCUGCCAAAACAUAAAACUGCCCCUAUGAAAAUGAUCUGCUGAUAUAUGUGGAAAUUUGUUUUUGUCAUAAUGGCAAAAUGCAUAAUUUUGUUCUUUAGGUGCUCAGUUUUACUUCUUUUUCAGUUACUGACAUAAAUGUACCGUAAACACAAUCAUGUAACCAAUGGUAGAAGAGCAGCUCAUAAAAACUUCCUGGAGUGAGAGAUGGUGGUUGUCAAGCCCUUAUGUUUGUGUUUUUAUUUAACUCUUGUAUGUGCACAUAGCAUUUUACAGGCAACAUUAUAUUAUAGGAAAGAUGGAGUAGCUAUAUAGAGUUUGUAAAAUGGAGCACAGUGGAAAUUUGAGUCAUGCGCAUACAGUUAAAAGGAAAAAGUCACUUCCCAGGAAUUUUAAUAUUUUACUUAUUCCUAUAUUUAACAAAUAUGAUUUUUGUGAGAUAUGGUAAAUAAAAUUUAAAUGUAGAAAUCCCCACUUUUUUAUACUGCAAUUGGGUGUCUCCAUUUUAGUUUUCAGUCAUUUUUUUUCAGUCAUUUGUUGUUUAUAAGCGCUGGCAUUUGCACCUGGCAGGGAGCAUCACAACAGCAUGCAGAGAUUACUAGGUUAUAAUGUCAUUCCUUAAAGGAAAGGACAACCGUCACCUCAAGACUAUAUGUUUUAAUAUAAUUAUCCUUUCAGCAAGUUUUGAAAGACCAUAGAUUUUUUUUUUUUUUUUAAGUUGACAUAAAAGACCAUCCCUACCUUUAGUAUAUGACGGGGAUGCUUAAGCCAUAUACAUACAUUUUGCAUCAAACAGUGUUUAAAAACCAACAGUUAGUCUCCAUGGUCUUCCCUGCACACAAAAUAUAUACUUGGUCAAAAGAUUGUGUUAAAAAUUUAUUUUGAGGUUACAUUUGUCCUAUAUGUAUGUGUGUGUAUUUACAUUAAGUGUGUUUUCUUUUUAAUUUAGAUUAUGGGCCCUCAUAUAAAAAAAAAUUCAGUUGCAUUCUACUACUUUUUUUUAUCUGUAAUGAAAUGACAGGACACACUCCUUGAAAUGGAAUGUUGUUGUUAAGGAAUAAGCUCCACUAGUGGCUUUCAGUAUGUCCUUUCAGUAAAAUGUAAAUAUUGCUAUUUCUCAGAAACCACUGUGUAUUACAUUUUUCAAGAAUAUUGCACCAAAAUCACUUUGUUAAAAUGAAGUGGUUUUGGUGCUUAGGAUUUCCUUUUAAAUCUAAAUUUCAAACAAAACAAAUAAUCGCAUGAAAAUAGGUUAACCUAAGUUUUAUGUGAUUUUUCAAUGUUUUAUUUGACUGUGUAAUAUCCAGACAAGUGAUUACCGCUUCUUAGAGGAACUGUGCAAUUUUAAAAUAUAAUUUGUGAAAUUAAUCUGGUCUAAUAGUGUCAUGCUUCAUUUAGAUAUCAAUAUCAAUUCUAGUAAUUACAACGGUUAUGGAAAACCCUCAACUGUAGGUACAGUAAAGUCAGUAGAGCAUUGGGUUUUUUUUCUAGAUAUUGAUUUUUAAAAAAAAUUUUUUAGAGCUGAUGCCGAUAGCUUCCCGAUGUUCUGUACAUUUACCGUUUUUUUUGUUGUUGUUUUUUUUGCAAAUCUUUUUUUUUAUUAAGUGGUAAAUGCACAAAAUAUACAUGCCAGUCAGAUAUUUUUUUUAUGUUUUCAAGAAUAUUUAUGUGUGUGUGUGUAGUGGAUGUAGUGAGAGUAUUUGAUUAGUUAAUGCAAUGUGUUUGUUUGUGUAGUGAAUGCAGUGUGGAUAGUGGAUGCAGUGUGUUUGUGUGUAAAUAUAUGCGGUAGUAACCCCCACAACCCCCCAAUUCUCCUUAAUGUUCCUCUCCCUUAUCAUAUAGUGCCCCCCUACCCCAGUGUUCCUUUUCCCUUCCUUGUACAUUAGUGCUCUCCCUUAAUGUUCCUCUCUCUCCCCCUCUAGUGUUCUCCCCUGUCCCAUAGCGUUCUUUCCUGCCCCGUCCUAUAGCAUUCUUUCCUGCCCCCUGUCCCAUAGCGUUCUUUCCUCUCCCUCCCCUCUCCCAAAGUGUAAAUUCCCCUUUUCUUGUCUCCCGCGGUACAGGAGAUUCAGUCUCCUGUAACCAGCUGGACUGACCGGAAGUUCUCUCUAGGUGAGAGAAACAUAAGUUACUGUACCGCUGUGCGCCUACCUCCUGCCGGUCACUCCAAUCUAGCUCCCCAUCCCCCCCCCCUCCCCGCUUGUGCUGCCUUAUGAACGUGCCAGCCCACCUAAUUAUCGGUAUUACCGGUGAUUAUUGCCUGAUACUUACAAAAAAUCUGAAUUUCUGCCAAUAAUAUCGGCAAAACGGAUAAUCUGUAGAUUCCUAACAGUUUUUGUAAUUAUUUCAUUAUAUAUCCACUGUUCGUUCCAUCAUUUAGGGGUUUUUAUUUAUUUGCUUGUUUGGGAGUUCCUGAGUUAAUCCCAACAUUCUAGAUGGCUUGAUUGAUAUUAAUUUCAGUUUUGUUUUCUUUAUAUGUUAAUAUUUACUUGCAGUAUUAUUCAUUAAACCAAACAGUUUCAGGAACUAAUCAGAAAAUUUAAAUGGAAGUUCUAGAACUUUUGCAAUUUAGCUGUUUGGGCAUAACAUUUUAAAUUCCCUGUUCAAUUCACAGUUUAGUGAAUAAAUGAGUAGUGUUGAGCCAUUUUUAUAGACUGGCUUGCACUGACUAAGAUUUGGCUAAUGGCCAUUGUAGCCCCUUUAUCCCUAACUAUUGUAAAACGGAGGCCUGUAUUAUAUUGAGUUAUGGACUUCGUUAGAAAAAGCAACUCUAUUUUAAUACCAUUCUUUGUCUUUUUUCAGGUUUUGAAACACGUUUGAAAAUCCAUCACAGCUCCAGAAAUGAUAUUCUAGAAAAAAACAACCAAAACUGGUUUUCUAAAAGUUUCUGAAUUCUGAAAAAUGGCAGCUGCGCCCCCACCCCCAGGAGGAGGGCCUCCCGGAUUCCCUGGAAACCCCAUGCUGACUAAUCAAUGGGGCUCUGGCUCUCUUGCUGUAGCUGUUUGGGAAUGGCAAGAUGAAAAUAACAAAUGGAGACCAUAUAGCAGUGCAGUUAGCAGCUAUAUAGAGCAAUGUAUGCAGUCACCUCAACUUCAGAAGGGACCUCGUGGACCAGGCAACAGCAGCAGUAUAUCCCUCGGACAUGUUGAUCCACAGUUAUCCCCAUAUAUAAUCGAUAUUGUUACUCUUACACAGUUUCGGCAGGAUACAGGUAUGAGAUUUCAAAUAUAUUUCAACUUGUAUUUUUUAGCAAAUUUCUUUUUACAUUUUAGAAAAUUUGGCUUAAACAUGUUGCCACUUAAAGGGAUCCUAUAGUGCCAGGAAAGAAACCAUGUUCCUAGCACGAUAGGGUUAAAAGGGCCCACCUUCCACUGGGCUGAAGGGGUUAAAACCCCUUCAGCCAUUUAUCUUAAUCCAGCACCGGGUUUGGUUUUACUCUGUAAAGCAAAGGUUGUAUUUUAUUUAUUUAUUUUUGUGGCCAUAAGGUGAUCUUGCUGAAUUGUAUUUUGUUUUUUUCCUUGACAUGUCUGCUGCAUGUGGCUUGAUUAUCAUUCUCAGAUUAUCUCAAAUUAAUUCAGCUUGUUUAUGGCCUAAGCUAGAAGCCUUGAUCUACUUUUCCCAAGCUCAUCUUUAUCCUCUUUCCUGGCAGGAGAGAAGCAUCCCAGCCAUCCUGGGCACACAAAAUAUAUGGGGCCGCCUAGCAAGGAGGUCUAGAUGAGGCACUUCUAAAUGCUACUUUUUUACUACUAAGAUAGUACCCACAUAAAUAGACCUCUAUAAUAGUUUUGGCAAUUACAUGGCAGAAAUAAUUACAUAAACUUUUCAGCAUUUACUUUUGCUGGACACUUGUCUUUUUUCGUAAUAAUUUAGCACUCCAAGAGACUGUUAGAGGAGAACUCCAGUCUUAGACAGACCUUAAUGUGAAAUGUAUGUAUAUUAAGUGUGUGUGUAUGUGUAUAUAUUACUUAUUUUAUAUAUUUUUAUUUUUAUGUACGAUAAUAAAAGUUCAGUAUAGCAUUAGUAAUAAAAAUCUAUAUUUCUUACAAUAUAUUGCCUAACUAGAUUUAGGACCCCCCGCACGUAAUAAAAAUUUUGGGGAAAAAAGGUUUAACUCCUUCUGUGCUGCAGAUUGCUCUGCCUCCCAAAAUGUCAUUUGAGUCGUCACUUCCAUGCUAAUUGUUCAGUCCACUAUAUUUGUGUGUGUCCAAUCAAAUGCUUCUCAUAGGAAAGCAUUGAACUCAAUGCUUUCCUAUAAGCUGCGUUUGACAUUUGACAUCCUCAUGGAUGAUGAAUGUCACAUGACAAGUUUCACUCAGUUGCUGCACAGGAAGCGCCUCUCUUUACUGUCUGGAAGAAGGCCACUAGAGUUGUGUUUAACCUUGCAAUGUAACGUUUGUUGUUUCUAAAACACUGCAAUGUUUUACAUUGCAGAGUUAAAGGGACACUAUAGUCACCCAGACCACUUCAGCUCAAUGAAGUGGUCUGGGUGCCAGGUCAAUCAGGUUUUAACCCUUCAGAUGCAAACAUAGCAGUUUCAGUGAAACUGCUAUGUUUACAUUUGGGGUUAAUCCAGCCUCUAGUGGCUGUCUCCUGGGCUGGUGGGCAGGUGUGCCACCGAUUGGCUAGAGUGGUCAGCUGAAGCUCUAAGCCAAUCAGUAGCUCUCAUUCAUUAAAAAAAUAAAUAAAAGGCACAUACCUUUGCCUUAGAUCAUCAGCUGACCACUCUAGCCAAUCAGCGGCGCCACUGCACGGCGGAACUCCGCUCUUCUGUAACUCUGAUUCUGAAGCUGGAUGCCGUCUGGGGUACCUUGAGAUCAGCGCUGGAGGUAAGCUUUGGGGUCAAACCAUUCAAGAACGGAUUAACCCCGUAAGAUAAGUGUGUGCCCGGAGACUUCCUGGUACUAUAACAUCAUUUAGAUAUAGUUGUUAUGGUGACUGGGGUGUUUUAUUUAAUUAUUAUUUGUUGCAGAUAGAGCAGAGUGGGCACAUUCUAGGAGUGAUAAUUUGGAACUUGUUACAGCUAGAAUUUUUUUUUUUUUUUUCUCUUUUCUACACCUUGUAUAAAGUUUGACUCAUAAACCCCUCCCUGUCACCUAAACAUCCCCAACUGGCUCCUGACUUCUGCAUUAUUGUGUCCACCCAUUGGCAUGAAGCCUGUUUUUCUACAUCUCAUUAAGGCAUGUUUCUGCAGCUAUUUUUUUUUUUUUUCUGUCCAUUGUGGCUUACUCAUAAAUCUUUUGUGGGCUAGUUUACUGCAAUGGUGUGUUUCAGCUUUAAGAAGUGUAGUAAUUAAUGAAUUGUCAUUAAAGGUUUCAACAUCACUCAGCUAGUGAGUGCCCUGCCAGUAUUAUCAGCCACAUCUUGGCUUUAUUUAUAAUACAUAGAAAUUGUGCACGUUUUUACUGCUUGUCAAAAAAACAAUUUAAACAGAAAGCCGAAAUAUGUAAAUAUGCUUGGAAAUAUAUAUAUUUUUUAAUUGGAGCAUAUAUUUUGGUGUAUUAUGAACCUUUUGUGGUUUGACAGUCUACGUACCUUGCCACAUCCACAUCUAAUCAUUCUGUUUAAAGCGCCAGUAAAUGUAAACCAAAAAAAAGGGGAGAAUCGUUAAGUGCUUGGGGAUAUUACACCUCUCGUAUUCAUUCCUUCAGGACCAUUGGUUUUGGGAGCAUUAUUAUGUGAACCUCAGAACUUGAGAUCUCUUACUAGUUCUCACUCAUAUGGCUUUACAUGAGGAUGAUGGGAUAUGACCUUAUGCACUAGCGCCCUCACUCACUACAGUGCAGGGCUGUGCUAAUAAACAUGAGUAAUCUGUGAUUUCAGAGGCGCAAUUCUCCCUGCACCAGAGUACCGAAAUUAUAUUAUAAUUAUUACUAUGAUAUCUACACUUACAGGGUUAUUCACUAAAGUGACAAUUCUAAGUGAAUUUGAGCUCCAAGUUUAGCACUGUUGAUCUUAAAUUUGAAAUUUACUUGGAAAUCUUACUUUAGUAAAUAACUUUAAUGGUUAUGCCACUGUAAAACUGUGCUUGUUUGAUAAAGACUAGAAGCAUGGAUAAAAUGCUUGAAAGUUAAUCCCCUGGACCAUGUGCAAUGAGCACAGCUGUUGUCCACUGCAUUUCUAAUAUAGCCACAGCUGGUUUACAGCAAAGCUGCUGCAUCAAAUAUUCCUGCUCUGUAGUACUGUGUGUAUUUUAUUUGCCUAAAUGUAAACCUAUUCUUUUUAAUGUUAGUGUGUACACUUUUACCUAUUCUUUUUAAUGUUUGUGUGUACAGUUCUUAUCUGCCGUCACAUUCUAUGUUUCUAUAUACUUAAAGGGAAUCAAUACAGUAAAGGAGGAGACUAUAUUUAAAAGAAGAAAAACUACCACAACAAGAGGACAUAGUCUUAAAUUAGAGGGACAGAGGUUUAAAAAUAUCAGGAAGUAUUACUUUACUGAGUGGGUAGUGGAUGCAUGGAAUAGCCUUCCAGCUGAAGUGGUAGAGGUUAACACAGUAAAGGAGUUUAAGCAUGCAUGGGAUAGGCAUAAGGCUAUCCUAACUAUAAGAUAAGGCCAGGGACUAAUGAAAGUAUUUAGAAAAUUGGGCAGACUAGAUGGGCCGAAUGGUUCUUAUCUGCCGUCACAUUCUAAGUUUCUAUAUACAAAUCAAAAGUCAAUAACAACCUCGUGAAUCAAAACUCAUGACUGUUAAAUCAUAUUAGAGUAUUCUCAUUAUCUGAUAUUUUAAAGAAACACAAUAGCGUUGGGAAUACAAAUCUGUAUCCAUUCUCUCCUAUGGGACUUCCGCAUCACGUGACAGUGCAGCGGAAGCACCUCUAUUGUCUGUCAUACUGACUGCAACUAGAGGUGGGCUUGACCCUGCAAUGUAAACAUUUGAGUUUCUCAAUAACGGCAAUAUUUCAUAUUGCAGGGUUAAGAGGGCAGGGACGUUGCACCCAGACCACUUCAUUGAGAUUAAGUGGUUUUGGUGACUACAGUGUUCCUUUUUAAAGGAAUGAUAAAGUGUUAGUAAUGCAAACAUACAUAAACAGGUUAGCCUACCUAUUUAUAUUCUCUCCCUCCCCCAAAAAACAAUAAAUAAGUUACCUUACCUUUACUCCCCUGGUGCCCAGGUCUUUGUGCAGCUACCCUGCUUCCCCUGCAGACAUCUUUAGUCUUGAUGAUCUCAGCCAGUCCAGUGCUCUCAUGGUUUCCAGGCAUUUGGUUUGCUCAGUUGUCCCCAACUUCUUUUUUUUUUUUUUUAAAUCAAAAAAAUGACAGACUCCAGAAAUAUAAAGCACUCAAGCAUUUUUUUAUCGAGUGUUCCUUUAAGUAAUUGAAUGCCGGGACAGUCUUGCAAUUAAUACAUUACUAUUGGCGUGCUUCUCUUUUACAAUGCAACAACUGGAGAAUUUGUGUGGCAUUACGCUACUCACUUAAAUGUUCAUCUUACCUAUUGUUAUGCAUUUUAUAGUUUACAAUAUUACAUUUGCACACUCCAAAAGAAACGACUGAUGACACACCACACAGAGGAGAGGCAUCAGGAAAACCAACACUGUGGGAGGGAACCAUAAGGUUUUUAUUACCAUGAUGUGGUAUAAUUUCUUAGGGCACAGAAGUUAAUUCAAAAGGCGUUUGUUCAGAAGCACUCCCUUGGGUUUUGUUUUUCUAUCACUGACUCUUCUAGAAAAAAUGAAUUAUAUGGAAGGGAAAAUAACUUUUUUUUUUUGUGUGUGUGUGGGUGUGCAUGUGGCUUUUAUAAAUCUGCAGAUUGCCCUUCUAUACACAGCUUUAUAUGAUCGAAUAUUUACAUGUUGACACCCAAGGUUGCUCUAGCAGGCUGUUUAGUAACUUUGUGUCAGUUCCUUCUUUGUUAAAAUUUGCAAAGAAAGAUUUGAUAUUUUAACAAGUCAAGGAAAUGCUGUGAAGGUGUAAUUGACACAUGCAGCUUCCCUAUCUGCUAGCGAAUGAGCUUAAAAAAAUUCAGGGGAAUUUCCAAGCACCUUAAAUUAUGCAGUUCCAGGCUCCAUAACCACUUUAGCUUGCAGUGUUUAUAGUGCCAGUGCUCAUUGCCAGAGCUUGUCAACAAUCAAGGGUUUAGCAUAGCAGAUUAGGAAUUUCCACCUUUGGUAACGGAGGUGGGGAGCUGCACCUGGUAGACCUCGUGUAAAAAGUGAAAUCCUUCAUAAAUGGUUUGGCUAUUUACAUUGUGCACGCAUCCUCACCUACUGACCAAUUCGUUUUACGACCAGGUCGUAAGAACAGAAUCCGGUCAGUAAGUGAGGAGUAUCUGUAGUUAUGCUAGCUGCAGUAACUCUUGGUUGGACAACUUCCAUCAGUUUUUCACUUUUUUGUUUAUUUUGUUAUUAACAGUGCAGGUCACACAGAGCUAUUGCAGCAGAAGCGAAGUUAGGUCGCCAGCAGAACAGUUUUGUCAAAAAAUGAAUCUGUAUCAUUUUUAAAAAAAAGAUUUCUGGAUGCAACAAUGCACGUCCUCAUAAAGUUGAUGGUACAAAAUACUAACUUAAAUUGAUACCUUUAUUGCACCAUAAUUUUAGAAUCUGCAAUGACUCUGCAGUGCAGGGUCUUUGUCAAGCCUGAAUUCCAUACUAAUUAUACAGUUUAAUACCCAUGUAAUUACAGCAGUCACUAUACAGACCACCCAGAGGUGGGACCUGCUAAUUACAUGUGAACAUUAAAGGACCACUAUAGUGCCAGGAAAACAUACUCGUUUUCCUGGCACUAUAGUGCCCUGAGGGUGCCCCCACCCUCAGGGACCCCCUCCCGCCCGGCUCUGGAAGGGGGUAAAAACUUACCUUUUUCCAGCGCUGGGCGGGGAGCUCUCCUCCUCCGAUCCUCCUCUUCUCCUCCCCGUCGGCUGAAUGCGCACGCGUGGCAAGAGCUGCGCGCGCAUUCAGCCGGUCACAUAGGAAAGCAUUUACAAUGCUUUCCUAUGGACGCUGGCGUGCUCUCACUGUGAAAAUCACAGUGAGAAACACGCAAGCGCCUCUAGUGGCUGUCAAUGAGACAGCCACUAGAGGAAAUAGGGGAAGGCUUAACCCAUUCAUAAACAUAGCAGUUUCUCUGAAACUGCUAUGUUUAUGAAAAAAUGGGUUAACCCUAGCUGGACCUGGCACCCAGACCACUUCAUUAAGCUGAAGUGGUCUGGGUGUCUAGAGUGGUCCUUUAACCCAUUCUAUACAAAGAGAUUAUAUACAUCUAUCGCCAUAUAUACCAAAAAAAAUAAACCAACUGUUUUCAAAUCAUAGCAAGGGCUACUGUAAAAAAAGAAACAAUAAUAAAAUGAGGCAACAAAUAAAACAUUAAAGGAGCACUAUAGGGUCAAGAACACAAAGAUCUUACUUGUAUUCAAGUCUGGAGCUGUUUACUUUGUCCCUAUUUCCUGUAGACCUGACCACUGCCUGCUGACAUCAGCAGAUGUGGUGGCCUAAUCCAGUCACAAUGCUUCCCCACAGGAUUGGCUGAGACUGAUAAUGAGGUAAAUCAGGGGCAGAGCCAGCACAAUUCAAACACAGCCCUGGCCAAUCAGCAUCUCCCCAUAGACAUGAAUCGAAUCAAUGAAUCUCUCUAAAGUUCAGUGCCUGCAUGCAGAGGGAGGAGACACUGAAUGUUUGGAUGCAUUUUAGGCAGCCAUGACCCAGGAAGUAUCUCCAACAGUCAUCUAAGGAGUGGCCAGUGAAGUUAUCACUAGGCUGUAAUGUAAACACUGCAUUUUCUCUGAAAAGACAGUGUUUACAGCAAAAAGCCUGAAGGUAAUGAUUCUACUCACCAGAACAAAUGAGAUAAGCUGUAGUUGUUCUAGUGACUAUAGUGUCCCUUUAAUUGUUGUCACAUCCCCCUAAAGAUAUAAGGAGUGUCCAGACCAGAACAUGGUGAGGCAUUGUAAGCCAAAAACAAUGUGGUGGAGCACACAAGGAGAGCUUCUUCAAUGCAGACUUUAUUUGGACAUUAAAUUUGGCAACAUUUCGGCUGGAGAAAUGCUCUCUGACAGAACCGAAACGUUGUCAGCUUCAAUGUCCAAAUAGCGUUUGCAUUGAAAAAAACUAACUGUGUUCGUCUGGACAUCUUUCUGAGGAGCAUUGGAUUGGACUGAGGAAGCCAUGCCUCCUUGAUGACCAACAUUAGCAGCACCGAGGAAGUCUCACACUGGAAAAGAUGAGUAAAACCUUUUUAAUUUUAUUCAUUUUCUUUACUGGAAAAAGGGGGGAUGACAAUGACCUGUAUAUAACUGGGCACUGAGGCACUAUAACAUUAAGAAUACAGUGUUUCUUAACCCUUGAAUGGCAACAGCCAUUUUUGACAAAACAAUAGUUUUACUUUAAAGGGUUAAAAUUAUAGCACUACUGUACUCAGACCACUUCAUUGGGAUAAAGUGCGCUGGGUGAUUUUAGUCAUUUAACCCCUUAAGAACUGAGCCAAAUGUACACGUUUUGAUCAAAAUAAAACGCAAGCAAAACUUGGAAUUUGACUAUAUGUCUGUUCAACCGUAAUUUACCUCUUUCAUAUUAAGUGCACCCAUAUCUAUUUUAUAUCAUUUUAUUCAGGUGAAAUAGGGCUUUCAUUUACCAUCAAAUAUUUAGCUAUGAAACAUAAUUUAAUAUGAAUAAAAUAUAAAAAAAAUGUGAGAAAUUAAGAAUUAUUUUUAGUUCUGCAUGACAUUUUAACUGUUAAUGUCAUAAUACUGUUGGCUUUUACUGCAAUAGAAUACACAUAUUUGUAUUCAGUGAUGUCUCACAUGUAAAACAGUACCCCCUAUGUACAGGUUUUAUGGUGUUUUGGGAGAAGUUACAGGUUCAGAUAUAGCAUGUUACAUUUUUCAUUUUUUUUUUCACAUUGAAAUUCGCCAGAUUGGUUACAUAGCCUUUGAGACCGUAUGUUAGCCCAGGAAUGAGAAUUACCCCCCAUGAUGGCAUACCAUUUGCAAUAGUAGACAAACCGAGGUAUUGCAUGUGGGGCGUGUCCACUCUUUUUUUAGUAGCCACUUAGUCACAAACUCUGGCCAAAGUUAGCGUUAAUAUCUGUGAAAAAUGCCAAAAAUGAAUUUGAAUGCCCAAUUUGUCCAGUGUUUGUGACUGGAAAGUUACAGGGUUAAAUAUAGUGCUAGCAAAUUAAAUUCUCUGGACUUUCUGUCUGGGUUAUCAAGCAGGUCCCACAAAUUGUAAUUAAUAAAACGACUUAAUUGUGUAAAAAUAUUAUAUAAAUAUAUACGUAGAAUUAAAAAAAAAAUAUAUAAAUAUAAUAUAUGAAGGCGGAGCCUGAAGUUGUGGGAGGGGUUACCCGGCUAUAUAAGCACAGGUCCCCUCCACAGGGCUGAUGCCUCCGGGUUCAUUAGGACAUUGACUUCCGGUUCCUUACCUGAAUUCCUGAUUCCUUGCUGCCAACUCUCCAAACGACCGGUUCCGCCGGUAUUUACUUACCGUUCCCGCCCGUUCAUCGGACCGGCCACAGCUUCAUCAGCAUCCCUCCGGCAUCCAGCACCACCUUGACACGGAUUUUCACUCCAGCCCGUGCAUCAGAUACAGCAGCUACCGCUUACCGGCUCCACAGCCCAGCAGGUCACACGGUCGACCUUUUGGUCACUUCCGGGUCGCUCCUCUGGCAUCCCGAUCAACCAACAGUGAGUCUGCCCGAACGGGCAAAUACACGUCAGCCCAUCUUCAUUCGUUAAACUUACCGCACGAACCAUUCGUUCCCACGUUGUUUCACAGUCUGAAUAAUUCACCUGUUGGGCAACCGGUCAAUUAGCCGAACGCUCAGUUCAAACAGCUACCGCACUGCCACCUAAUGGUCAAAUACGGGUACUACCUUAUUCGGUAUAAAUCUAUGCAUAGAGAAAGCACUCCUGUUAUACUUCUACUCCCAUCACACCCAGACCAAUACUGUUUAAGAAUUGUAUAUGCAAUUAUGUAUAAGAUCUAUGUCACGCAGCCUCACAGAGCUGUCAUUAUCAUUACGUCUUUUGUACUGUUGGCACUAGCUGUCUCAUCAUAUGUUUACUAAAAUCACUUAUUUUCCGUAACUAGGUCUACCAUUAUUUCCGUACUGAUUGUCAAGCAGCCUAUAUGGCCUAUUAAUCUGUCAGUAUACCGAAUAUCUUCCCCUCAGAACCAUAAACGUAAGUCCACUAAAUCCUUUUACAUGUUAUGGCACAACUACAAUGAUGCUAUAUAUUCUAGUGAACUACCACUGCCAUUUGUACUUCCAUAUUAUACUCUUGUCUACUAAGCCCCUCUGAUAAAUAUAUCUCUAUACCAAAAAAAUAGGUGUAAACUAUCCUCCCAGCCUCACAGCAACAGGAUCCACCCGGUUCCACAACUCAGGUAUAGACUUGUACUACGUCAUUGGGUGGGUGCCCACACGUAACUAAAACAUCUUUAUCCUCACCACAGAGGGCCGUCGUUCUUAGUAACAGUCUCAAACCCUUCUUUCCUGUUACUUACUAGUUGCCGCCCCUGUAGGCAUAUGACCAGGUCCGUCUAUGUCAUCCCUAUUCUCUUAGCUACUCCCUAAAGUUCAGACAACCCCCCCCCCCUCUACUUCUGAAUUUGCAGCAGUUCAUGCGACUUGGGUAAGCCAGCGUAAGUCCACGGCAAGUAAGCCGCAUCCCAUCCUUCCCUGCAAACCCUACCCCUGUCAGCCAUGAUAGAGUAACCAACAGGCUACAUUGUUAGUUUCUUUUAGGCCUUAUUAGUUAAUUCUACUAAACCUUGCGAAGCAUGCUCCCCUCCCGUACUCAACCCCUAACCUAAUACGUAGAUAACGCUUCACUUCAUUCCCGAUAGGAUGGUCAGCUCUAUCUCUCUAUCUCUAUCUCUAUCUCUAUCUCUAUCUCUAUCUCUAUCUCUAUCUCUAUCUCUAUCUCUAUCUCUAUCUCUAUCUCUAUCUCUAUCUCUAUCUCUAUCAUCUCUCUCCUAUCCUUGACCUGUGCCUGGUCUCCACUGGAACCCAGGGAAGCCACCCACACUGCUAGAUAUACACAGAAAUGCAGAAUAACCCUCCCCUCAGACAAAUAAUACGAGCAGCCCACACACAAACAUACACACAAUCCGCACAAACAUAACCCGCUAACAAUCCACAUACAUGCACACAACCCCACAUGCAAUACCCCAAACAGCCCACACACACUACCAAACACACAAUGUGACAUAUCCAUCCACACACAAUUCCACAAGCAGCCCUCCUACACAGCCCACAUUUAUAUGUAUUAUACACAAUACCAUAAACUACUAAUGAAUAUAUUCAAUAUAAUAGCUCACAUAUACACAAAUACAAUGAUACAAAGCAAUUACAGUAUAAAUAACACAAACAGAAUACAGCAACAUACACACCUCAAUUUAAAAAAAAAAAAUAAGACCAGCACGCUACGGGACAUCACAAUCCUAUAUUGGCACAGUGCCUAAAAGGUUGCCUACCCCUGUGUUUUAUAUAUAUAUAUAUAUAUAUAUAUAUAUAUAUAUAUAUAUAUAUAUAUAUAUAUAUAUAUAUAUAUAUAUAUAUAUAUAUAUAUAUAUAUUUUUUUUUUUUUUUUUUCUUUUUUUACAUCCUUUUUAAAUCUACGGUUUCUACAUUAAUAUGUUGCUUGUCCAUCCACUACUAUUAUUUCCUUACAUGAGCUAAAAUAAACGAAAACUAUAGUUAGGAAUGUAAACAAUGGUAGUAGAUUUUGUUACCUUCCGCCCUUCCAAAUGGAGUAGUUAAAAAACAAAAAAACAAACACACACAAAAAGUCAAAACCUUUACUUUCCUUUAUUACACCACUGCAUUGCUCUCUACAUGUCGACCACGACUCCACAGCAGUGAUCAUCCAUUUUGAUGAUAUUAGCCUGUCGAAUGCUUCCCAUUGAGGAUUUGCCCUAACCAGCAAAUCUUCAGACAAUUGAGCUCUCAUCUCCUGAGACAUGCACAAUUGCAAAUAUACGAACAAAACUAGCCAUAUAUGUUAAUUAGCCAUUCACAUGACCAGCUGACCAAGUAUAUGUGUGUGUGUUGAUACAUACUAGUACCCAUUCAUAGACCCACACUAACAUAUAUCAUUUAUAUCAUCCUCCCUUCCCUUCAUGUUAAUCAGAAAGCAGGAAAUGGGGUUCAUGGCUGUCCAUGGUGUCUAGUGUUUGGGGAUAUGGACAGCUGUUCACUGAGCAGCACAGCCCUGCAUCCCGCUCUCUUUUGUACUCUACAUAUUAUCAGACAGCAGUUGCUGGGGAAUGGUCUAAUGUCUCAGUAUCUGCUUCCCAUUCAUUGUUAAUAUCCCAUAGGAGAUACUCCCAGUAACUCUACCCCCUGCAAAGAGUGUAUUUAAAUUGUUUAGGUACCAGCAGAUAUGUCACUGCCUGGCUCCCCAUGAUAUAUAAUUAUUUGAUUUUAAUUUGGUGGGGUUUCACAUAUUGAAUACAUUCCAUGUACAUAUAACUGGUUAUUCCCUGCAUUGGAUCUUGAAUAAUUAACUGUUGCUAGAUUACCAUACUUAUUAUAUCAAAGGCUUACUCCAAAUCCAAACCUCAGUGGGUAGAUCUACUUAAUCAAAGACCACUAAACGCCACCCUAACCAUUUCAUCUCAAUGAAGUGGGCUUAGUACAGUUCUGUCGUUGUAACCCUUCAAUGUAGGGUUAACACACUUCAAGUGGCUCUUCAUUAAAGGCACGCCCACAGCAAUAACCAAGGCAGACUCUGUUACUCGGUCAAAUGCUUCUCAUAGAGACCAUUAUUUGCCACAGUGUGAUGUUUUGCUGCAAAUGUGCAUUAGCCUCCCAUUGGAUAGACUGAAAUCAUCAAAAUUGAUGAUCUUAGCCAACGAAGUGAGGUGGCCGUGGCAAAACCAGUCUGCUGCGAGUAACGUUUUCUAUUGAAACCCUCUCAGGAGCUCUGUAUAUCAACGUAGGUAGGGUAGCAAGAUAUUGGCUCAAAACAACCGUACUCACUAUGGACCAGGUCAUCCUUCAAUAAAAGACAACUACCGAAUGGAAAAACUAACAGCCCAGAUUAAAAACAGUCUGCUUUCACAAAGGUUUGGCAACCAUGGGAGGAAUACUUAGAACACUAGCUAUCCAGAAGCAGCACAACGCACUAGGCCUCUGACAUAGAACGGUCCUAUACCUACAAAUCUCUCCAGGAGAGACUAUGCCCGUCUCUUCCUCGUCCCCCUCUCCCCUUCACCACCCAUCUCUUAUGUCUUUCACCACUGGUUAUAACAUCUAAAAAAAGAGCCAGGAGAUGGUGAACAUUGAACACUCACAAAGCUAGCGAGCGAUGCCAUAAACUGGUCCUGCGGGUUGCUACAACCCUGUUGAUAGCAGGCAAUGUACACAGCCCACACGCACUGAUCGUAAAACCAUCACAGACCUACCCAUUUCUGACACAAUCUUGCCUACUGAUAACUAUGCAUGAUGUAAAUAAUUUGUCUACCAAAAUAAGGAUUUAACAAAACCAUAUGUGUAAACUGCAUUGAAUGUCAUGUAACAUCUCUUAUGACUUGUAUAUUUCAUCUUUAUUGCACUGCUAUGUGAUGUCUAAACAAUUUAUAACAUAAGUCUACCUGUGCUCAUAAAUAAAGAAUAUAAACUUUAAAAAAAAAAUACAAUAAAAAAAAUAGGUAGGUUAACACUUAAGCGUUCGGAAUACAUGUUUGCAUACCUAAUUCUAUAGUGUUCCUUAAAGUUGAUAAAUUUUAUUUAUUUAUUUUUGCAGUUUCACUGUGGUAUAGAAAAUUGUUUCCUACCAUUGAUCGGCAGCUGAAGACCUCAUAGUUUAUAUUGCAGCGUGUUUAAAAAUGACAUAGUAAUAUGCUUCUUUCUAAAGCUAGUGAUAUCUGAUGAAUCAUUUUAUAAUUUAUCUUUGCAGACAAAAAUAUACAUAUACAGACACUGGGCGCUUCCCAGGAAAUGGAUGAGAAUAACAGGAUGCAAUAUUUUUAAGAAUCUCUUUACAGAAAAAAGGACAGCUGGGAUGGGGGUGGGGAAGGCUGUAUCAAAUUCUUCACCAGAUUCACCAAAGCAUAGUUUUUGGAAGACAUUUCUAAUGGUUACAUAUAAUCUUUAUCUAUUCUAUAGAUAAAAAAAAAUAAAAUGGAAAAAUUGCCCCUUUUAAGUUCUACCUCUCUUUCUCUAUGGGUUAUGCCCUCAAUCUUUGGGAGACUGGAGAAGGUCGGGGUUCAGGUGUUUCAGAACAGUUUUUGAGCAGGAGGAGAUAAUCUAACAUGAUUUCUUGCUUGAGAACGACCCACUUAUGUACAGGGACAUUGUUAGGUAUCUUCAACUGUAAACCAAGCAGCACAAAUUUGCUUACAAAUCUAUUGUACUUUAAAACACUAGGGUGUGGCACAGUGUCCAAAAAAUGCUACAUUUUCCUUUCAGAAGAUGACCAUUGUAAACACAGUCGAGACACCACCAUCAGCUUUAAACUACGGUAAAGAGCUGACCCUUCUCUACACUUCCAAAAAAUAUGUGCGUGCUAUCCACAACGGACGAUGAAAGUACACAUUGACAGUGUUUGUCAAGGGAAAGAUUGCACAAAUCCAAAAACUCAUCCAAGUGCAUUGUUAGUUACAGCAAAUAAAUGUUGGGAUUAGAUUUUGCUGAUCAGUGCAGUACAACCAUAUGUGGUUCACAGCAAAAAACACUAGUGGCAGUCUACAUAAUCCAUAUGUGCUGUACAAAAAGCAGACACAGGAAAUCCAUAUACUUACCUGGAAUUUACACUAAGGCUUUUAGCAGAUAUUUUGUUUUACUUGCCCCCUAAUCCUACCAAAUUUGAAUUGGCAAAUGUCCAGGGACUUUUCAGCAAGUAAUUUACUUGCAGGACCCCCAACCUUUGAAACAUUACCGCAGAAAAAGUGGAGUCUGUUACAAAAAAAGGAGUUAAGAGGCACCCUAGCUACCAUUACAUUAACUGAAAACAGUCUGUAACAGGGAGCCAGAUAGAGAUGGCAGAGUUUAUCAUGCAAAAGUUAACUAUGGAGUCAACUGACUUAUUGGUUAUUCUGUAUUCCUCGACUUGCUCUGGCUACGCUUUGUCAGCUGCCUAUAUUGACUUAACCCCUUAAGGACCAAACUUCUGGAAUAAAAGGGAAUCAUGAUAUGUCACACAUGUCAUGUGUCCUUAAGGGGUUAAAGCGGCACUAUCACCCCACCCCCCUUUUAAAAUGAGUAUUUUAUAAAGAUACAAUCUUUAAGAAAUAUACAUACUGACUGUGUAGGAAUUUUAACUAAAUCAAAAGAACUACUUUGUCUCAGAGCUAGACACUGGGUGGAGUUACCACUUUAUAUGCAUAUCACUUUAGUGUGGCUGUGUCCAGUGUCUUCUAUUGAUAAGAAGGUAUGUGUGUGUUUCCUUAUGCUCUUCCAAAUUUUGAGUGGUGAUAAUUUUUUCUGUAUCAUGAGUGUUGUCUCACAAUCUACAUUUUAAUUUCCCAUGGGAAUAGGACCCACUACUCCUCCUGCAUUUGUUUGUCAAAUGUUUUAUUGUCUCAGAUGUAUUGUGCCUUUUGUCUUUUUGUUUGUACUAAUUGUACCCAUAUUCUGCGCUUCAUAAUUUGCUGGCGCUUUAUAAAGUACGAUGAUGAUAAUCAGGCUUCCAUCACAUCAAUAAGAUCAUACUGUUUAUCUUUUGACUAUUUUUACCAACUACUUUUACUUUUUUUUUUUUUUUUUGGUUAAUCAAGAUUCUACCUGUUUUUAAGCAGACACCUGACAUUUUGACCAAUCUCUAACUUUUCAAACAUUGUUAAAUGUUCAAUCUGCCUUACUUAGAUGAGAGGCUAAGAAACAUUUUUCAGGCAACCGUUUGUCUUUCACAGACCAUGGCAGCCUCAAACAUUGGCAUCUUAUGAGAUGUUUUAACUUACAGGAAGUAAACACUGACUUUGCUAUCAUUUUAAUCACCUAUUAGACAAUCUAAUUGAUGGCCACAGGUAGACAGGAUGGAUGUGUUCAGUCUCUGUUGUUUGCUCUCUUGACCCAGAGGAAGAGUCUGACGUGAAAGCCUCAAAUUACUUUUUUGUUAUCCCAAGCUAAGGGAAAUUGAAGGAGCCUUCUGUGUAUAUAGCAGAAGUCUCUCAUAGCUUCCUAGUUACAGGGUGUUGUCCUCUUUGAAUAUGUUGAGACAAUAUAUAUAUUACACAAGAAUGCAGCAGCACAGUUAUACAUACAAAUGAUGUCCCUGGAUGGGGCCUAAUUGAUAUGUAAAUCGAUGUGGCCUUCAUUGGCUCUGUAAUGUGUUUUGUUUAGUUUUUUUCUCGAUAACUCUUUACAGAGAGAAUAUGUACAGUUAAAUGGUCACUCUAGCACCAUCACAAUUCUGCAUACAUGCAAAGUUGAUGGGGCAUAGCACCCUGCAGCCAUUCUCCGCUCUAAAAGUGGCUUUGAAAUGCAGCGAUCUUAACAAAUAUCUACCUUUUAGAGCUGUCAGACAUGUUGUAUGUGCAAGUUCUGUCUAGAGGAGCAAAAGAGUGCACAUUCAUCCUACAUGAUAAAGUGGAUAAGGGGAUAAACCACUUAAAGUGGCACUGUCAUGCCAAACUUACCUUUCGUUAAUCGAUUCCUCUUUCCCCUCUCUCAGGAUCUGUUCUUCAUUUCUUCCUGUCUGCUCUAGUUUUCUUUAAAACAUAAGACAAAGUAGGGACUCCGCCUGACCAUCUCUGACCAGCGGAGGAGCAAAAGCAAAGUGUGCUUCAUUUCCUGUGGUCAGAGAAAAUUUCCCCACAAUUCUCACCUUUCCCGUGUUCCCGCAAAGACUCCUUUCACUUUUCCCGAACGGCCUGUCCUGUAGACAGAACACCAGCAAAACUACCGAAUUGCAUCCUAACAGAAUGAGAACAGUUUCUCCUUUUGUGUUGGGGCGCAAUUCGGGACUUCUUUCGUAUCGGAAAUUCAUUCAUAUACCGCAAGUAGGGGCAUGUCUACUAAGCAGUGAGCACCCAUGUGCCAGUGGCCUCAAUGGGUGAAGAUGGAUUAUUUUUCAAAAAUGAGUGUCAGCGCUAUAUUUGAUAACCUUACAUUAGGCGAUCAGUAUGAGUAUGGAAACCAGCAACUUAUAACUGUGGGUUGAUAAUAUAAGUAUCAGACCAUAUGUACCACAAUAAGUUUGAUUACACACACACAAAAAUAUAUACAAAACUUGUUCAAGGGUCCAAAAGAGUCCUGGGUGAAAGUCUUUAAGGGGCUAAUCUUGUCUUGCAGCAGAGAUGUAACCUCUACGGAUACACUGUAGCUCAAUGAGGAGUGUGCCUUUAAAAGGAUACAAAAAAGCUUUCCAUAGCAUAAUACUGCUAUUUAUUCAUAUAAAAAGAUUCUCUCUCCCUCAAAUAGAAACCCCUACAUCAUCUAGUGGUGGUACUCGUUUCCAAGAUACCACAUAUACACUUAAAUGAAUCAGAGGCUUGACAGCCGUUUACCGUCCACGGUCACUGCAGUGCAAAAUCCUGCCCGAUCUCAGUGCUGAUGAGGCAGAGUGUUCGUGCAGACAGGAGACCUUAGUUUGGAAUCAAUGUUUGUCAGGCUGUAAUCCUCAGACCUCUUUUUUUUUUUUUUUACUGCAUUGAGCUGUUAUAUUGCAUUAAAAAUGUAGGGGUUAAGUUUACCCCAUAGUUUCUCUUUGCAACUUCUGCCUAUUUUUAAAAGGAACUUUCCACAUUUCCGAUACUGGGACAUUUUCAGGACAAAGUGCUUAUGGUAGAUUUACUAAUGGGAACUUUACUAAUAUGUAGCUUUACUAAUGGUCUCUAUAGUGAUUGCUCCAUUUUGGUUGUGCUUUAAUAGUGGUUCUUUGUUUACAGUUUCACAGACUGCUGUGACGGAAAUCAUUGGUAUAUUAGCCAGAUGUUUCUCCUCUGUAAUAAUAGAAAAGGAAAAAAAAACACAGAUUUAACUCUGUUUACUAAUAUUCACUAUGAGCAGAAACAGUCCUGCUUGCUUUAUUGGGCAGUCCAUGGUUAAUGCAAAUAUAAAUGCUUUAUCACCUGGAUUUCAUGGGAGAUUGGCUUAAUUACUAAACUGGAAAUUGACAUGGUACAUGAAUGUCAUGCUCUUAUUUAGAGCUUUUCCUGUUGUAAUGGAACUGCUAUUGUCAGUUUUUUUCUAGUUUCAGUAAAUUCAUCUUUUAAUUUUCCUAUUGAUAUCCAUUGGUUUAAAUAGCAGACGCCCAGAAGUGUAUUGAGUGGUACUUGCUGCAAAUGUUUGACAAAGUAAACUAAUGCUAAGUUUUGCCUCGGUUGCUGUGUGUGUUGAGCAAUGCUAGAGCCAUAAAAAUUGAAAAUAUGAUGGCAAUGGAUGUGAGUGUCUGUAUAUGAUCAGCCAAAUAUCUUUACAUGGCGCAUGGUCCUUGUUCAUCCUUUAAGGCUGGGUGGCUGUGCAUGCAGCAAUGAACAACCUAUUAUUAUUAUUAUUAUUAUUAUUAUUAUUAUAUAUUUAAAGGCUUGGCCUGUAGUUGUGGGAUGGGCUUGAAUUCCCUUUAAAAGGGCUGCCAAUACACUCCCACCUUACCGUUGCUGGUCUGGCGAGUCUGAAACGUUUUACUUCCGGUUCAGAUUGCCAUCUUGGAUUUUCCUUACAUGUUUCCUCGUGGUCUCCUGGUCCGGUGCUUCCCUGGCUCUCCUUCCCGUUGCCGGCGUCUGCACAGCCCGCUCGUUACUUUACCGCCGCGAAAAAACGUAAGUCAGGCCCGCCGUAAAGCAACCGCCGCAUAACUUCCUUGCAGCGUUCAGUUCUUUUCCAUUUCAUGCAUUAUGCCAUUCGGCUAAUUCCCUCAUCUACCCACAUGUUUCACGUUUCCUAAUCUAACGAACGCUAUCAUUCAGUUAUAUACAUAUAACUUCUUUCUGUUCGGUUUUCGAAUACCACUUAGGAUGUAUCUAUUCGUAUGUUUCAACACUCUACCUAGUUCUUUCAGUAAUUACAACAAACUCCCGAAUAAGCACGAAUUCAGCCGGUACUCCAUGGGGAUUUUGCCCCUACUGGUUACAAACGUUAUAACAGUCACUUAUAAAAUUCUACUAAAGUAAAUAUAAAUGUUUAAACCUGGAUGAUGUGUCCUGAUUUUCCUGACUUUUUUUUCCCACAGGUUCAUACUAGGGAUUCGUACUAGGAAUUGUGAUUUCUGAUACUUGUAUCAAUUAUAUUUACUUCUAGGUUGGGGAAUUUAAUUAUGCAUUCAAUCUGAAGGCCAAUGAUACAGAUUAAAAUAGUUAAGUAUUAAAUAGGUAAUUAUGAGACUCCUGAGACGACGCACAUGGGUAGCGGCCUCCUGUCAAUUCUUUAUCACAUGUAUUCACGUUCCGGGGUGCACAAACAUUGGUGCUGAUAACUUGUCUCGAUUUCUUCACAACACUACCCUCCGCUUCCAGACUGGCAACUCCUGCCCCACUCUUCCGAGACAUAAUGGAUUAAAAGCUUUUAUAUCAUGCACGUCACAUUUCUCACCUUGCACUUUCAGUAAACACUAGAAACACAUACGACAGGGCUUUUCACGUAUUCAAGAAAUUCAUCACUGAAUUCCACAUCCACGACAUGUUUACGUUGGAAUCAAUACUGGGUUUUACUUCUUUUUGCAACCUUAAAUUAUAAUUCAACACUAUAAAAUUGUACCUUAAGGCAUUCAACACCACAUGCUUAUCCAACAACCCAACGCUACAGGUUUCCUGUCCUCAUAUCAAAUUAAGACAGUACUUAAAGGCAUUAAAAAAUUGGACACACAUGUCCCAUCACAAAGACUAUCCAUAGACAACAACAUAUUCCAUUCACUAAGCAAUUUAUUAGAUUCUUCUCCUUUCGAACCCAUAACCAAUAUCGUAAUAAAGACGGCUAUAUAUUUAGCAUUUUAUGGGUUCCUCCUACCCAACAAAUUCACGACUAGGACCAUUACAACCUCCGACUACCUAAGAACUAUGGACUUGCAAAAACAUAACGACAAUUACUUACUAAUUUUAAAACAAUCUAAAACCAGCACCAUCGGUCAUACUACUGAAAUCCCCUUGUAUCCUACUCAUGACAAAUGUGCCCCGUACAAGUUUUUGAUGCUUAUUUACUCUCACUCCCCAAACAACCUGUACAACCUUUGUUAGAACUACAUGGAAACAUUCUGACUACAACAUAAUUUAUGCUCUAUGUACGUCUACUGUUCACUAGGCUCGGUCUAAACCCCAAUCAUUUCUCAGGUCAUUCUUUCCGAAUUGGGGCAGCAUCUACAGCAUCUGCUAAUCACGUACCCACUCACAUUAUCAAGGCAAUGGGACGCUGGAAGUCCUCAGCCUACACCCUCUACAUACCUAAUCCUGUUAAAGACAAGCUUUUUGUGACUUAUCUAAAUAAAUAUAAGUUUGUUAACCGUAUUACGUCUUAUGGUAUUUUCUUUUUGCCCACUUUUAUUACAGGCCUACUGCUUUGUCGGUUCCAGCACUCCACAACUGACUGGUUCCAACUCAUUGAUGUUAUGAUUAUUAUAAGCUAGAUUAUUAUAUAUGGCAUAAUAUAUGCCUCAGUUUUUUAUUUUUUUUAUUUGGUAGUUUUUAAUCCCUGAGCUGAGCCAAUAAUUAAUCACAGUGUGAUUCUGGUGGAAACCACUUCUUGGAGCAGGCACCUGACAUACAGCAGGCCCCACACAAUUGCUCACAAUGAGUUGUUUACUUUUGUGUCCCUGUCUUCCCCAGUGUAGUGAAGGUGUUUUGCAAAAUGAAUUUGAAGAAUGGGACUCUCAGCUAGCACUCCAACUAAAGAUUGAGUCGCCAAACCAUGGGUCCAUUUUGGGUCCAUAACCAAAAAGGUCACAAACUACUAGUGUAUUUCAUUAAAAAGAAUGAGUAGCAUUUUGGGCAAAUGUACAAAUGAAGGCAUAAUAUUUAUAAACUUAAUCUUGUAAUCUUUUGCCCUGUGCUUUAUAUGUACCAGUACAUGUAUAUAUCCUUAUUGGUUAGAUGUGAACCCAAGAUGUACAAAUGCAUACAUUCUAAGAGCACAAAAUAAAAUGUGCUAUUUAUGACGGAACUAUUUUAGCUAACUUUAUUGCAACAGGGUUCUACAAAGCAUGUAGAAAAAAGUUGUCAAUUGAAUCGAGAAUAUUAUGUUUGCAGGCCUCCCAAACGUCCUGAUAUCAGCAGGACAGUCCUGAUUUUUUGGUCAUGUCCCACUUCCUAACCAAGUUCCCUUGUGUCUCACUUUUGGGGAGACCAUGUAACGGUCCCCAACAAGCAUAGGGCGAGUGCAUCAUUAGAUGCGCUUGCGCUGUGUUCAGUAAAGGGGGCUGGGCAGUGAAGUGAUCUCGUCACUGGCUCUGCCCAAAGAGAGUCGGCCUGUCUAGGAAGGAGCAGACUGUGUCCACCUAAAUUGCCCAGCCUGCCGUGAGUGUGUGCCAGGGCAGACCUUGCAGGAAGCACUGUUUCAUUGUUCCCUGCUGAGUCCUAGUGCACUGAACACAGCGCAUCUAAUGAUGCGCUUGCCCUAUGCUUGUUGGGGACCGUUACAUGGUCUCCCCAAAAAUGAGACACAAGGGAACUUGUUUGGGACAGUGGGACAUGACCUGAAAAUCAGGACUGUGCUGCUGAUUUUAGGACGUUUGGCAGGCCUGCAAACAUAAUAUUCUCAAUUCAAUUUACAUCUUUUUUUCUACAUGCUUUGUAGAACCCUAUUACAAUAAAGUUAGCUAAAAUAUGUCCAUCAUAAAUAGCACAUUUUAUUUUGUGCUCUUAGAAAACAAUAGUGUGAAAUUAUACUGAACAGCUAGGACAGCAUGCCAGGAAAUAUGGCUGUGUGCAGCUUUGCUUGAGUUUCACAUUUGGGAUUCUUAAUUGGUUUCAGAAUAGCUUGUUUCAUGUUUUUUCUGUAUUUGUUCCAGCCAGUUGUGUGAGCUUCCUGGGCAAAAUAGUACUAUUAUGUCAUAAGACCUUUUGAAACUGUUUGUUUGCAUUUUGAAGUGUACCUGUUAUGGUACACUCAAGUUAAGUUUUAUUUUUAAGAACAUGCCAUUCUAUAUAUUUUGCUAGCAGAGAUUUGAGUUGUAAGCUAUUUAAAAUUUUGGCUCCUUCCUCGCUUGUCAAUAAAAUCCUUGGUGUUAGACCUGUGUGUUCACAGCACAAACUGUCCAAUGCCAAGGACUGAGUGACAGGAAGAGCAAGAGAGCCCAUGCCAGACAGUUCUUGGCUCCCUGUCAAACUGCUGCUUCCCCAGGAGGCAAUACUCACACUUGCUGGGAUAUUUAACUUGGACAAAUGUCUACAACAGACAAGGGCAGCACAGGAGUGGGAGUGUUACAGCACUGUAACAUCCAUGGCCCUUCUGGGAUGGUGGCUCUGGAACGAAGGAUUGCAGAUAAGUAAUGAUAUAGCAACUCCUAAAUUACAAAUUAUGAUUUAUCAUGAUUUUAUAUGUUAGAGUGCACCAGUUUGUUUUAAAUGAAGUUAGAACAAAACACUUAUAUGCUGAAUUGUUUCAGGGGGAAGUGAUCAUUUGUACUAAGUUUCCACUAUAUACGCACUGAAUUUUGACAGCAUAUAUACUUUAGAUACAAUAUUUUAAAGGUACAUUAGAUAUAGUUAGAAAUACUUUUCUGUCUUUAUUUUAUGUCAAUGUAGAAGACCUGUAAGCUGUAGCAACAUUUUAUUUAUUUAUUUUUUUAAAAAUAAUGUGAACUAGAUAGGGAGCAGCAUCAUAGCAACAUCAUGUGCCAUUAAAGGACCACUAUAGUGCCAGGAAAACAUACUAGUUUUCCUGGCACUAUAGUGCCCUGAGGGUGCCCCCACCCUCAGGGUCCCCCCUCCCGCCGGGCUGGAUGGCGAGGAAGGGGUUAAACUUACCUUUUCUCCAGCGCCGAGCGGGGAGCUCUCCUCCUCCUCUCCGCCUCCGAUCCCCCUCUUCGGCUGAAUGCGCAUGCGCGGCAGGAGCUGCGCGCGCAUUCAGCCAGUCUCAUAGGAAAUCAUUUACAAUGCUUUCCUAUGGAUGCUGGCUUCUUCUCACUGUGAUUUUCAAAGUGAGAAGCACGAAAACGCCUCUAGCGGCUGUCAAUGAGACAGCCACUAGAGGCUUUUGAGGCUGGAUAAACCCAUUUAUAAACAUAGCAGUUUCUCGGAAACUGCUAUGUUUAUUAAAAAAAUAAAGCGGUUAAUCCUAGAGGGACCUGGCACCCAGACCACUUCAUUAAGCUGAAGUGGUCUGGGUGCCUAGAGUGGUCCUUUAAUUGAGUUACUGGGCACAGUAAAAGAACCCUCAUCUCGUUGACAAUCACAACUACUCUACUCCCUACUCUACUAGGUGCUGUAAUUUAUUUAUCUAGCAUUAAAGUGUCAUUCUUUGCUAGCGGAAUAUAAAAUGAAAGAGUAACAGAUGUCACUCAUCUGGUACAUGGGGGAUGUUACAUUUAGAGUGAUUUUUUUUUUUUUUUUUAAACCAGAGCAUACACCUUUUGGAAUAAUAUACAUCAGGCAUAGGCAACCUUCGGCACUCCAGAUGUUUUGGAUUACUCCUCCCAUGAUGCUUUGCCAGCAUUAUGGGUGUAAGAGCAUUAAUAGGGUUUUAGUCCACAACAUCUGGAGUGCUGAAGGUUGCUUAUCCCUGAUAUACAUGUUAAGUGCAAAAUAGAGCACCUAAUAUUCAUAGGUGUGAACAUGGGGUGUGCACAGGCACUCCCUAAUGCAGUUGGAGUGUCAGCUGCUGCAUGAGCUGGCAGGCAUAUUAAUAGACAUUCCUGACCACCCCAGCACUCAUUACUAUAAGGGAACUUGUGAUCUGCACUUCGCACUAUUGCAAUGACUAAAUUCUUCCUCACUGUCCUGAACCAGAAAGAGCUUUUAAAGUGAUUUGCACCAGUGAAAAUUGCAGACCAUGAGCUCCUCCAAGGGAGCCAUAUAGGAUCCCUACUAGACUACCAGAUAGGACCUUUGUCCAAAAGUAGGAUGUAGAGGCAAAAAAGCUUAUUUUUAGGUUUGUUUUUUUAACAUUGUAAUUCAUGUGGAGUAAAACACACACAAGCUCCUACUCAUAGCACAUUCAUUUACCCAAGCUAACCACCCAGAUCAACACAUAUUCAUAGCUACCAACACACAUCUUUCACUGGUACCCACACACAAGAAAACACAUCCAUCACGCCUACCCACACACAGAAACACACAAUACCUACUGGUACCCACACAUCCCUCUCUACUAUUCACACAAAACACAUUAUGCACAGCGACACACAUCAUUCACAGCCAUCCAAACAUAUCACUGCUACUUGAACAAAGCCAAAACCAACAUCACCCACAGCCAGCCAUAUACAAGGUAUGCAGAUAGCCACAACAGACACAGUCAUGAUCCAUCCACACGCAGUUGUUUAAUAUAUAACAUUAAAAAAGAAGCACUCCUGGGUGCACACCCUAAUGAAAAGUGCUGCUCACUCCUAUGUCUACAUUCAUGGGGAUGUAGCCACUAAACACUGAAAUUUGGUGAAUUUAAAAUAGAAUUGCAAGAUGUAGGCCAAAAGUGCUGAUGUGGAAAGAUUCCCCUACUGUGCUGUAGUCACUACUUAGUUAUGCAAUGGAUGUCACAAACAGCAGCAGCCAGUCUUGGUUUAAAUGUCUGUCUGGAAAGCUUUUUUUUUUUUUUUUUUUUAUUCUUUAUUUGUAGGUUUUUUUCAUGCAGUUAUGUAUUCAAGUGGUGGGUACAGAAUAAAGAAAGAGGGUGGGGGAGAUGUUACAUUUGAACAGAGUACAAUUUUGUAUUGUUUUCAAGAUUAACAUGUGCAUGCCUUUAGUUUGUUUCGAAGCGUGCAGUUCUGGUUGCUGAGCGUUUCAGGUACUGGCAUGCUAGGUAGCAUGGGAGAUUUGGCGCCAGGUGGAUCGAUGGGUCUGGUAAGCGGUUUUGUUGCUAUAAUGGUACUCUUAGCCUUUUGGGGGCUGAAGUAUAGCAGAGUCAAGGGGUUGGGAGGAAAGGUUGUGGGAGAGCUAUUUUUAUUUUUUAUUUUUUAUUUUUUUUUUAGCAUGGAUUGCUUUUUUAAAAUGUAUUUAUUUCGCAAAUUGGACAAUUGCCAGAGCUUCUCUCUUCACCUGUCCCCCUCAGCUUGCGUUUACUUCUAGUAUAACAGGUCUAAAUCAGCUGAUAAGCAAAAUACAGUUUGAAGAUUGCUACUUUUGUAUACAAAAACAAUGAUGAAAGGAAAGAGAACCUAUUUAAAGAGACACUAUAGGCACCCAGACAACUUCAGCUAAUUUAAAUGGUCUGGUUGCAGGGUCUCCUUAGUCCUUCAAUGUAAAACAUUGUUGUUUUUAAGAAACUGCCUCUAGUGGAAAUUUUGUCUCCUCUCUCAUUUCUCUCCAAUAUUCUCAUCACUUAUUCAUCACAUGUCCCCUCCUCUUCAUUUAGCAUCUUUUUUUAUUUUAACAAAUCCUCCCUCUCUCAAUUCUGCUUGGUUAUUUCCACUUGACCUGGCUUAUUUGGUCUGAUCUAGUGCAGUAGCUACUAGCCUGGCCUAUUAGUUACACUCCUCCAAAAAUGCCCAUUUUUUUGUUUGUAUUUGUUAAGGACAUUCAGUUUUUGUCAUUAGCUCUCCAUCACCCAUGUCACACCAUGUCCUCUCCAUCUAAUAACCUAUUGCAUAAUGCAAAGCGUGCCACCACAAACUUCAAUUCUGAACUAUUGUUAACAUUUGGAAGAGGAGGUAAAUAAAUAUAUAUACAUAAUCACUCAAAUCAACUGAGACUGCUGCAUGGAAACCAGUAACCGCAAACCUGUAGUGCAAGUAUAUAUGUUUCACUUAGCAUGAACUUGUGAUUUUAGUAUAGAUUACAUUUUUGUUCCUUUCAAGAAGACCAUGUCAUCCACGUGUUUAAUGAAAGAUUGGUCCACUUUUCCAACGUUUUCUGCUUUAAAGCAAAAAUGGUUCUAUCUUAGGGGACUCUUUGUUCUAUAUUUCUUUCUUUUAAGACCGCAGUAUAAAUAUACCUCUAUCAAAGGGACAUGCAUCAGUUGACAAUGAUGUUUUUAAACCAGCAUGCAAACACUUUGAAACAAUUAUGCAAAUCAAAACGAAGCAAGACAAAUAUUGAGAAGUAUGUAAUAAACAUUUAUAAACUUUCUAUAAACUUGGUAAAAUUGUGUUAUUACCUGCCCAGCUCUGUUUCAGACCAUUCCACUACCUGACACCGGUGCCUGACCUGCAUGGAUCAUGCUGAUCAGACUUCCUCUCUUUUUCCACUGUAAGGAUGUUGGAAGUUGAAGAAAUCUUCCAACUACACAUAUGUAAAUCUGUUUGGCAUGCCAAAUGUACUUUUCCAGCAUUCUUAGGGAUAGGGCACUGAUAGGCUAGCUCAGUGCCCAUCCCACCCCCUGGAGUUGGUGUGGAAAGCAUAAGAAAGAAAAAGCAGGUAAAUAUGGGUAAAAUUUUUUUUUUUCAGCUUGGUAAAUGAUGCAGCUGUCUCCUUCAAAGCUAAAGCUUUUGAAUAAGUGUUGUUUCAAAUUGAUGCAUGUCCCUUUAACAUAUGAAUAUGUUAAAAAUCAAACUGCGUGUUUGGUUUAGAUGCUUUCAUUGUUUUUGUUCUCUCUCAUGGCAUUUUCAGUUUUCUUGUAUUUCGUUAAUUACAAACUCGUUGAGUAUUGCAGUAAAUGGAGUGUGUGUAUGUAUGUAUGUGUGUAUGUGUAUAUAUAUAUAUAUAUAUAUAUAUAUAUAUAUAUAUAUAUAUAUAUAUAUAUAUAUAUAUAUAAUAUAUAAUAUAUAUAUAUAUAUAAUAUAUGUGUGUAAUAUAACUAUUAUAAGCAAUGUCUCUGGCUCUGUUCUGCUUACUGAUAGGUAAAAUUAUAACGGUUUAGGAGAUUAUAACUCUUCGACGCUGUAAACCAUGUAUACUGACUAUUUCUUUCUCUAUAUUUUUUUUUUCCCUCCCAGGAACAAUGCGAUUUGUAAGAAAAUCUCUCUAUCCAGCAGAUUCUGCACCAGCCAAGGGAAUAUGUUGGGAGUGGAUGAAUGAUGAAGGUUACUGGAGUCCCUAUGAGAUGCCAGUUGCAAUAUUCCUGGAAGAAGCUUUCUGCAAUCGACAGCAGUCAGUUGACCUUGCAUUACUCAGACUCCAAUAUCAUGUUGAUUUCAUGUCUUUCGUCCAGACAAAUAAGAUAACAGGUUUCAGACGUCGAGUUCAGAGGCGUAUUGAUACACCUUACCCAUUAACUCCCAAAGUAGGGCCAGUUCAUAAGUCUGCGGCCUGUGCAUGUUACCAGUGCCUUGCCAGCAGUGGAGCAGGCCCUAUUUCAACUCGCAAUAGACACUCCAUGGGUAACUUGCCAACCUCUUCAAACUACCAGAGCGCCAGUAGGACAUCUCUUAUAUCCACCAAUAAUGUUGGUUAUCUACCUUACCCCAAACCGACAUUAACUAGUGCAAAGUCUGCUCCAAAACUGAACAAUACAUGGCUGCCACCAUCAACAUCCAUGCCUUUGCCAGGGCCAUCAUCAACUAAUGGAAUCAGGUAAUUUUGUGUAAUGUACAAAGCCUUUUAAUGACAACAAAAAAUGUUUUGUUUUUUUUUAAUCUAUUUUUUAUUUCUUUUAUUUGCUUUUUAAAAUUUACUUAUUUUUUUGUUCUCUGGGAAAAAUCCAAAGAAUUAAAUAGCAACCCAAUUUAAUGUUCUAUAAGGAUUAAUGUGUAUAUUUUCAAAUUGCUAGAUUGUAACCUACUUUAAAGAUGUAGUUCCAAAUUGCUAACAAUGUUUAAAUGUUAUUUUUGUGAGACCUGGCGAAACUGAAUUUUUUCAGUUGGUUCUUAUGAAUGGAUAAUUCUAGUAGCUAUAGGCCAUGUGUAAUCAUACCAAUCCAUACUAGCAAUAGCUGCUUUAAUAGGCUGAUAGUUGUCAGUUGAUGCUUUCAGCCAAUUGCCACCUCUUAUUGCUGCUCAGACUAAUGCGUCUUCAUUAGCCAUCUCCGCACAGAGGGGAUAGGCUGCUGCAGUCUCUCGUUUAGCUUUAAAACAUUAAAAGUAAUUGAACUAAAUGGAAGAGGAGCACUAGGGACUCAAGACACUGUAGCCAUUUUAGUGAGAGGAAGCAGUGACAGUGCAUGUUCUUUUAAGGGACACUAUAGACUUCAAAACAACUUUAGCCUAAAUAAGCAGUUUUGAUGUGUAGAUAAUGGCCCUGCAGUCUCGCUGCUUAUUUGUCUGCUAUUUGGGAGUUAAAUCAUGGUUUUUGUUCAUGCAGACCUAAUGAUUCUAUUGUGCCAGGAAAACUAGUUUGUUUUCCUGGCACUAUAGUGGUCCUUUAAAGCGUAAGUUGUUCUCAUGCCUAUACUGUUCCAUUAAGUAAAAAUGCGUUGGCCCCUUUAUUUGGUGAGAGUUUAUUGCAAAAGCUGUAAUAACAAGAGUUUUGGAGCAGAUACAUUAAUUUUAACUGUCCUUUUUAAUUUGUUUUUGCACAUUCUUUAUACAUUGCAUAUACAAUGCAUUAAAGGAGUCUGUCAACACCAGAAUAGAGGAUCAAUUUUAAGAUUGUCUGUCUGUUCUAGAACAGUUUGAAUGUACUUUGUUUAAUCCCAUUACCCCCAGAUUUUGAUAGUUGUAUUAUAUUUUAUCAGAGCACAAACAUUGACUGGUCUAAAGGAAUAGCAUACAUUAGAAGAUACCCUUUGUGAUUUAAGAAGUAUGAAAAUUUGCAAAGCUAAAAAUGUGCCCCCAACAAGUACAAAAGUUAUUUGCUGUGUUCAUGCACAUGCGAUUUAUUCUUUAUGCGGUACUGACGGUUUGAAAGUUUCUGAAAUUGGUGACUUCUCUUGGAAACCUGGGAUUGAAUUUGACUGCUCAACCCUAAAAUAAAAAUAAAUCUAAAUCUGCUGUUUGCUUUAGAAAAUAAUUGGACAUUACAAGAUUUUAGACAAAAAAAAACAAAACUGGAAUUUUGUAAUCUAGCUAUUUUGAGAUUAAAUUUGUAGUUCCUUAUAAAUGUUCUUCCUUUCCUUGUUAAGUGAAUAAACAUCUAUGUGCAUGCAUCCUACUAACCACUUCUAUGGCUACAGGCCAAAAACUGCCUAAAAGCAACCAGGGAUAUUUACUAAAGUAAAAAAAUCAAAAAGAAUUUCAGUUUAGUCCAAAAUACUUAGAGGACCACUUUUCACCCCCAAAACACUUCAGCUUGCUGAAGUGCUUUAUGAGUGAGGAGUAUCCUAUUUUAACCCCGGUUUAUUAAAGUGAUGAUUUCUAUGAGAAAUCAGUACUUUAAUAAAUAAAUGUUUACCCCUUUUGCUGUCAGUAAAUUAUUCAGGGAGGUUUUCUUUCUCCUUCAUUAGUUCCCCUGAGAUAACAGAAGUGUCUAUUUGAGUGCUCCUGCCUCCUCCCCCACCGAUCUCCGAUCAUUCGUCUUCAGCUCAUUCUAUUCCUCCUCAGAUGUGUGCACUUUCACGAACUGUCUGAUCACGAGUGCACAGAUUCAUACUCUUCUUACUGAGAAUCCUUCUGAAUGUUUAUUUUCCAGUGAAUAUACUUUUAGUCUCUUCAGGGGAAAAAAGGGGAUGACUUGUAAAGGCAGCAGUUUAUAGGAACUGCAGUUUUGCAAGCUCUUUUAAGAUAUACACCCAAUUAAUACAUGCAUGAACAAAAUAAUCAUGCAUGUAUUCAUUAUGGCUAUAUCUACUAAACAGUGACUUAUACUGACUGAUAAUAAAGGUAGUGCCAGAGAUUCUAAAAACAGAGUUGUGUAUAAUAAAAAGAUUAAUAAAAAAAAAAAAUCAUCUCAAAAGAAAGUUAAAAUAGAAGUCCAAGUGUGAAUCCAAAUAUAAAAACUUGCUUGAAGAUAAAACCUCAAAGAGUCAGGGUAGUUUCUCUGGAAUGGGGUCAAAUCAGAGUAUUCUUGGCAGCCAUAUAUGCAAUAGAAAGAGAACUAAUGGUGCAGAAAAUCCCAGAAUAACAUAAAAGUAAAUAAAACGUCUAUGGUCCUACUUACAAUUGAUAGAGCUUAACCUAGCUCUAGUCUGAAUGGCGUACAGUGGCACAAUCCCCACUUAUAGGAUACAUAGGGUGGUAUAGGUAAGCGUAUGUAUCAUCGAUAUGAAGAUCAUUUACAAAAAAAAAAUAUAUAUAAAAGAGUCCGCAAUAGUGCUCACAGUAUUAAAGGCACCAGGACUAUAAAAUAAUGUAUUGGUACCUACAUUUAAUUGGGCAGACUAACUGCUCAACGUGUAGGCGUUAAGUGGUAUAAUCCCCACCGUGGAUUCUUUUGGAGUAGUCCUCACUGGAACUUAAAAUCGAAUGCCAGGUAGAAAAUAAUAAAAAAUUAAAAUGGCACAUUCACAGUGGAAAGAGGCCAAAACACCUCCCUGCAUGUUGCUUACACAGCCUUCCUAAACACUUCCUGUAAAGAGUCAUCUAAUGUUUACACUUUUUAAUUGCAUUCCUUUAUUGCAAAUUCUGUUUUAAUUUAGGAUUUCUUAUGUCUUGCUAGACCCCGCAGGAGCCUGCUGUAUGCAAUUAAGGUUCAAUUUACAGAGUAAGCGAUAAAUACAGCCAGGGGAGGUGUGGCUAAGGCUGCGUGGACUGAAACAAAAGUGAUUUAACUCCUAAAUGGCAGAGAACUGAGCAGUGAGACUUAGAGGCAUAAUCUAUACACACAAACUGCUUAAUUAAGCAAAAGUUGAUUUGGUGACUUACUGUCCCUUUUAUAAAUAAUAGUAAACAAAUGCAUUCAAACGUGUUUCAUACUUAGACCGUACAAAUAUAUUUGAUGAAAACAAGUGAAGAAAUGAAAUGAGAUGGCAAUUGUAUAAUAAUUAUAUUAAUUGUUACUUUUUAACCCCUUAAGGACACAUGACAUGUGUGACAUGUCAUGAUUCCCUUUUAUUCCAGAAGUUUGGUCCUUAAGGGGUUAAAUAGUGUGGUUUCAAUCUUAACGUAUUCCUCAGUUCACAUUCUCAACAAGAUGCCAGGAUUUAUUUCACCAAGCAUAUUUUUUUUUUUUUUUUAGACAUAACCAUCUGGAAAGAACAUGUAGCUAUUGAGCAGUCAUGUAAAAUUUUGCAAUGCACUCAUUAAAGAAUAUUUUGCUCUAGCAAUGAACUUGUUUUGCCUGUUUGCUUCAGUAACCUUAUUAAAAAAUAAAUAAAAAUAAAUCCCAAUUAGGUCUUUAACUUUACAUCUUUUGAGUAAGAAUAUAUUCCUGGGAAAUUCUCGGUUUCUGUUCUGUUUCCUAAGCUUUAUUGACAGCUUGACUGUAACUAUGAAAACUAAAUCCUUGUUCCAGAUAAAUGCACUAUGUGUUCUUUGCAAUAUUUGAAUAUAAUUGUCAUGCAUUAGCACAUAAUACGUACAGUAGUCUAAGGGCUGAUUUCAAGACGUAUGGCUACAAUGGCUGAAAAGUCAAAAUGAUUGUCAGAGUUGAAAUCUUACUUAUAUAUGUUUAGAUUUCCAUCUCUAUAAAAUGCAGGAAAGCCAUUUUGUUGUUUAUGGAAACAAGGGAAAAUAAAUGUUUCAAAAUUGAUUAAUCUAUUGUAAACUGACCAUCCAUGCUGUAUUUGUUUUAUACAGGGUUGGUGGUUAAAAUACGGAUUCCAUGCUGUCUAAUAGCUAAUGUGCAAGUGAAAGCCUAAACUCAUUUCAAGUAAAAGAACAUGUAUCAAAUGGGAGCACAGUCUUGGUUAUCAUGUUUAGUUAGACCAUACGGACACGAGUUCUAUAUUAUCAUUAUUUAUAAAGCUCCAGCAAAUUCCACAGGACUGUACAAUAGGUGGAUUAACAAACAAGUAUUUGAAACAAGACAGGUUGGGCGCACAGAAACCCAAUUGAAAAAGAAGACAGUUUGGGCUUUUUAAUAUGGGCCCUUGUGAGUCUUGUUAGUUGACUGAUACCUCACCAAUUUCUGCCAACAAUAUUUUUUUCUCUCCAUGUAUUCCUGACCCUAUUGUGUUAAAAACACUAUCUAAAUCCCCCUACCCUAUCCCCCGAAAUAUAGUAAAAUCGUAACUUUAUUUCAGUCUGGUGAUACUGGCUCUGCCCCUGAUCUGCCUCCUUGGCUGACAUCAUCAGAUCUCACACAAUCCCAAUACUUUCCAAUAGGAAAUCAUUGGAUUGGCUGAGAUUGUCAAUGAGGUAGAGCCAGGACAAGCCAAACACAGCCCUGCCCAAUCAGCAUCCCCUCAUAGAAAUGCAUUGAAUCAAUGCAUCUCUAUUAGUAAAGUUCAGUGUCUCUAUGCAGAGGGUGGAGACACUGAAUGUCACAGCACUGCCCCAGGAAGCCGCUGUAGUAGCCAUCUGAGAAGUGGCCAGUGGAGGUAUCCCUAGGAUGUGAUGUAAGACGUGCCGUUUUAUCUGAAAAGACCUAAGCUUCAAAAAAGCCUGCAGGGACUAUGGUGUCCCUUUAACAGUGACUUUCACAGGUCUUACAACUAAAUUUGUUGCAUCUUCUGUAUAACUUUUGUAGGUUUUUGGAGAACUUAUAGAAACAAAUUGGAGACAUGUUCUAAUUUUGACAUGCUUGUUUUGCUUGCUUCCCAGAGAUGCUGUUUGGUAAAACAAAAAUAUGUCACCUUACUGACCAGCGCCAUACUUUGAUGCUCUUUCUAAACCAUACUACCCUAACACUAGAUAACUAUAACCCUGACCAUUAAAGGAACACUUUACUGUUAGAAAUACAAAGACACUAAAAUGUCCCUCUGCCCACGUGGCCCCCUUCCUGUCUCUCUCCCCUCCAUGAAAGGGUUAAAACCAUUUUAACUCUCCUAAUUCCAGCACCAAUGUCCCUCAGCACUGGAUUUGGGCUUCUUCUCCACCAUCAGCCAAUGGGGAUACCUAUUGUGCAUGCGCGGGAAGUGUCAAUUGCCACAGUUUAGACCUUUGUUAUACUUUUCUGACUCUCAUAUAAUCUUUGUGGCAAAGUUAUUCUGCCUGCUUUUCAUAUGUUAAAUUUACACUAUAGGUACUCAGACCACCUAAUCUCAAAGGAAUGGUUUGGGUGUCAUGCUCCCCCCCCGCCCACCCCUUCGAUUUAAAUGUGCAGCUGAAAACAUUGAUGUUCUACAGGAACUUCUAGUGGCUGUCAUUGUGACAGAUAUUAGAGACACUUCUGCCGAAAUAGUAGUAUAAAAUUCAACUAUUUCAAUUCCUAACAAUAUAGUGUUCCUUUCAGGCCAGAGUAGAUGAACUGGAAGCAUAGAUGACUUAGUGACGUUUUUCCAGUUCACCUCGUUUGUUCUUAAAUUUUAAGUUCACUCCGAAUUUUUAGUUUGUAAAACUCUACAUCAGGAUUACUAAUCUCACUGCCCCAUACUAAUCACUUAAUUAUUUUGCUCUGAUGACCAAGUUCUAUGUCAGGCAUCCCAACUGUCCCGCUUCUGAGUCAUGUUUUGCCAUCUCUCUUUAGGUCCCUGGUGUCCCACAUUAGGGAAUACCAGAAAACUGUCCCACAGCAGUAAUUAUGCAAGUGGUUCAUGAGACGCACAUGAAUAGUGCCGCAAACACUAGGACUUCAGAAGCACUCUCUGCAUGGUUCUACAUAUAAGGGGCCAGACAGGAGGCUGGCUGGCUGUCAGCAUGGUGUUUCUGACGCUCCUUGAGUGGGUGGGCUGCCCCAACCCACUAUGGGCGUCACUAGUAAUGUAAGUUGUAUCAUUGGCAACACCUUAUGAAGGACCACUAGUGUAGAUUCCAUCCUUUGAAAUGUUGGGAGGUAUGCUGCCUUGUUUUUUCUGCUUUAACCCCAUAUGUUCGCAAAACAAAAAUAGUAUUUCUCACAAAGUUUAUUUUUUAAAAAUACUUAAAGGACCACUCUAGGCAUCCAGACCACUUCAGCUUAAUGAAGUGGUCUGGGUGCCAGGUCCUUCUAGGGUUAACCCAUUUUUUCAUAAUUAUAGCAGUUUCAGAGAAACUGCUAUAAUUAUGAAUGGGUUAAGCCUUCCCCCUAAUCCUCUAGUGGCUGUCUCAUUGACAGCCACUAGAAGCGCUUGCGUGCUUCUCACUGUGAUUUUCACAGUGAGAGCACGCCAGCGUCCAUAGGAAAGCAUUGUAAAUGCUUUCCUAUGCGACCGGCUGAAUGCGCACGCAGCUCUUGCCGCGCGUGCGCAUUCAGCCGGCGGGGCGUAACGGAGGCGGAGAGGAGGAGGAGAGCUCUCCGCCCAGCGCUAGAAAAAGGUAAGUUUUUACCCCUUUCCCCCUUCCAGAGCCGGGCGGGAGGGGGUCCCUGAGGGUGGGGGCACCCUCAGGGCACUAUAGUGCCAGGAAAACGAGUAUGUUUUCCUGGCACUAUAGUGGUCCUUUAAUGGGAAGCUGUAGUCCCUUGCCUUGACCUCUGCUCCAUCACCGCGAUCACUUCAGUGAGGUCCAUCCCCUUGCUCCUCUCCGAUCUGCCCCUCGUGCUGCACCUCCGGUAAUCCUGAUUUGUCAGGCUUGAGGACAUUUCCCUGAACAGAACAAAACUCGUCACUGACGCCGACAUGCUGACUUUAUUGCCAGUGUGCCAGCAUCUGAACAGAAUAAUGAUUUAAGCAGUCCUGAAUAACAGAAAUGGCAGCUUUAUUGGGGCAAAAGCAGCAACGUUUCGACCCUACCUGGUCUUUAUCAAGCUCAUGCUAAAGACCCGGUAGGGUCAAAACGCUGCUGCUUUUGCCCUAAUAAAGCUGCUAUUUUUGUUAUCCCGGAGUGCCUGAACCGGUAUUUAUUCUGCAUAUUUUGGAAGGGAGGCCUGGCCAGUUGUGGCUUUGUAGCACCUGGGUUGUUUCGUGAGUGUGGUAUCCAGUACUUGUCUAGCAUCUGAACAGAGUGUCGUCAUGCCACUCAGUUCCUGAAUCGCCGACUAGGGGUUUUUCUUGCAGCUUUGAUAAAUAUCAGUUAACUGAGCAAACCGUUUUUGCUUUUUCUCACAGUGAAGGUACUUUUUGUUACUUUAGAAUUCAUUGGAAGUAGUGUAAUGUUGUGGGGUUUUUUUGUUUUUGUUUUUUAAAACGAGCAUUGCUUUUUUGAACUAUAGCAUUUAAAAAGUAGUGGUUAGUCUCUGUAGUUGUACAGAUUAAGUGUAAUUUCUGAGAAUUGGCACUGUUUACAUUUUGCAAUGCGCAUGCCCCUAGCGACUGUCCAUAUGAGCUUCCGAUUAAAAAAGGGUCUGUAACUGAAUCUACUUUAUGUUCAGCAUUUGCAUGCAAAGUGUGUUGAGUGCUAUUCUCUGAGAAGUAUUGCAUUCAAUGUUUCUCGUAGGAAAGCAAUGGAUUGGCAAAUUGUGGUGAUUACCACAUAUGUGCCAUAUAUUUGCAUAUCUUUGGGCAGAUUUAUUUUCUUUAAAAAAAAAAAUGGUGGGGUCUUGCCCGGUAUUCUAAUCUAGGAAAGCAAGACUGCUAAUUAAAAAAACAAUUUACUCUGAUUAGUGUUCCUUUCAGAUUUGUUUUAACAUUUGUCAUUGUAUUGUGCAUUGCUUUUGAUUGUUUAAUUCAUAUUUUUUCUUCUUUUUUUCUUUGAAGGAUACCAUCUAUACCAGUUCAGUUGCAAGCACAAAGUUUAACACAACCGGCUCUGGCAGGUAACAUACAAUAUAUUAAACCUUUUUUCUGUAAACUCGCCAUUGCUAUCCUACAUUUGCUUAGCUGUUAAAGUCCACAGUUUAACAUCUUGAACCAAUAUAUGGAGGAAUGAACAUGUUUUUCUGGGACAAACUACUUAAAGGGUUACUACAAACAUCAUAACCAUGGCAGCCUGCUGUAGUGACUGUGAUGCGAAGGGUACGCUAAUGCUAUUGCAUUGGUUCUUAAAUUACCUGGUUCCCGCUGGACACUGUGCCUCCUGUCAUGGCUGGCCAACUGAUCCUAUCAAUUAACCAUUGGCUGUGAACAUUAUCUGAGUGAAUUUCUGUGCAAAGAAAUGUGAACAGAAUUGAGAUAAGCUUGGCUAAUGAUGCUGAUGGAGGUGGUGCAGUUAGCCUGAAUAUAGUUGUAAUAAAGUUGUACAUAGAUUCCAAGUACUAUAACCACAUCACAACAUUGAUGUGGUCAUGGUGUUUGGAGUAAGCAUUUAAUCUUGAAAUGCAUUCUUUGGGUUUUCAUGAUUAUUGCUUCUUACUUAGCAUUUUGUCCCCUAAAAGCAUUGUUUGUGGCAUGAAAAAUGCUGUAUUUUGCCUUUUGUGUACCUGGAGCAUGACUUUGCUGUCUGUGAGACCUAACCUUCUAACAACCAUAGGUUUUACUCCUGUUGAAACAAAUAUAUAAAUAGUAAAUAUAUAAGACGUAACUCAUUAUAUGCCACUUUAAAGCUAACCUAUCAAAUAAAAUAUCAUAAAUACGUCCAGAGGUUUUAAAGAAAAACAUUUUAAAUUAGACAUCUCCCUGCCAGAAGAAGCAAGAGAUAAUCCACUACUGCUCAUACUCUCCAACAACUUCAUGGCCUUGAUAUUAAUUUCUUUGCGUAUUUACAGACUCGUAGCUUGCUUAUUUUACCACAUCUUGAUUUGGACCAUUCUAUAGUCCUCCCAAAACCAGCUAGCUCAUCAUACUUAAUGUCAGGGUCCCGCGGGCGGCUGCGAGGGGAGGCUGCAGUCCGCUCGCGGCACUCACCCUCCAGCCGUCCGCGGUCCCCCUUCAGCCGUGUGCUCGGCGGGCGGCACCCUCUCUCCCACGGGUGCCGUCCGCCUCUUCCUCUGUGUCUCCCAGCGGCAGCAUGCAUGACGCUGCACGCUGGGAGACUGCCCACUUUAACCAACGCCGGGGUCAGUCACCUGACCCAGCGUUAAAGACACAGUGCCUCAAUCACAGUGGGAGGUUUAGAUAUCUCCCACGUGUGAUUGUUAAUUCUGAUUUGGAAAUUAUCCAAUCAGAAUUAACCUUUGGAUUUAUAUACUUACCUUUCCUGUUCCUCUUCGCCCUGUUGUGGUCUUUACGUGCUAGUAUUGAUUCUGAACUUGUGCUUCUGGUUACGUACUCUCUGGCUUGUUAUCCGACUUUGUGACUUUCUCCUACCCUUUGACCUCGGCUUGUCUAUCGUUAUUCUGUCUUCUGGUUCCCCUUACUCGGCUUGUUUCCUGACUAUUCUUUGUGUGCUUAGCCCGGCCACUCUAAGGUCCGGUACUGCACUUUGUGUGUGUGUGUGUUGGCGUGUUUGGUUCCCCGAAUCGUGACAUUACAACAGGGCCAUAAUGGAACCUGCUGACAUACCACAGCUCCUAGUUAAUCAGGAGGCUAGAAUGGAUGGCUUGGACCACCGUAUGGACCAGUUUGCCCAAGCUUUACAAACCAUACUGGCUCGUACUGCACACUUGCAACCUGCCGUCCAGGAGGCUGCUGCUGCUGUGCCCGAACCCAUUCCCACUCCGGUACCCGUUCCUGCUCAUGUUGUUCACAUGACACCGCCACAACGCUACAGCGGUGACCCAGCAUUGUGUCGUGGUUUCCUUAACCAAAUUGACAUCCAUUUGGUGAUGAAUCCACGUUCCUAUCCCACUGACAGAUCCAAAAUUGCCUUUUUGAUUAACCACCUGUCCGGGAAAGCUUUAGCAUGGGCUAACCCCAUGUGGGAGAAUACAUCUCCUAUGUCCUUUGUGGAUUUCUUGACAGCUUUCAAACGUACGUUUGAUCAACCCGGUAGGGUUGCCUCUGCUGGCAAAGCUCUGCUUAGGGUACGACAGGGUAAUAGAUCUGUAGCGGAUUAUACUAUCGAAUUCCGCACGCUAGCAGCUGAAGUGGUUUGGAAUAAUGAUGCCCUCGUAACAGCCUUUCAGGAGGGUUUGGCCGCCUACAUACUGGAUGAAAUAGCAUCCAGGGAAUUGCCUGUUCUUCUAGAUGAUGUCAUAGAUUAUAUCAUUCUUAUUGAUAACCGUAUUAGAGAGAGGCGUAGUCAAAGACGGAUGGAUACACGGGCAUUACCUGCUCCCUCCUCUACUGCUUUACUAGCACUACCCGCUCCUAGUCAACCAACCGCCGAACCCAUGCAAUUGGGUGCUACGGGGCUAACUGAGGCUGAAAGAGCAUAUCGUAGAAGGGAGGGGUUAUGCCUUUAUUGUGGAAAGAGGGGGCACCACUGUAAUGCCUGCCCUAAGUUACAGGGAAACUACAGCACCUAAGGCCUAGAGAGGGGUCGGCCUCGGGUGUUAUGACUUUGUCCCCUCAUGUGUCCAUCUCCAGACCGUUUAUUACGGUUUCUCUUUUGGUCAAUAAAACCACCAUAACCACCAAAGCCUUGAUCGAUUCAGGUGCGGCAGAUAACCUUAUGGAUGAGAACUUCGCUAAAACCGCAGCCUUAACAUUGAUCCAAAAGGCCACACCCUUGGUCGUUGAGGCCAUAGAUGGUAGACCACUUGAGAAACCUCUGGUGACCCAUGAGACCCAAGAAAUAGUGAUGUCUGUAGGUGUUUUGCAUAAGGAAAGGUUAACCUUCCAAAUAAUUGACUCCCCUACUGCUUCCAUCGUUCUGGGUUUUCCCUGGUUAGUGAAACACAACCCUGUUCUCGAUUGGGGUUGCUUGGAUAUACUAUCCUGGGGGGAAUCCUGUCAACGAGAUUGUAUGGCUCAUGUACGUCCUAUUUGUUUACUCAACGUGCCCGCGGCUAAACCACUCUCUGUUUCUGUCCCUUCUGUAUAUGCAGACCUUGCACUGGUUUUUGAAAAGAGGGAGGCAGAUAAGCUACCUCCACAUCGUGACUAUGACUGUGCCAUAAACCUAUUACCGGGCACUAUGCCCCCUAGGGGUAAGGUCUACCCUCUUUCUGAGAAAGAAAACCAGGUCAUGGAGGAGUACAUACGAGAAUCCUUAAGGAAAGGUUUUAUUAGAAGGUCCUCCUCUCCUGCUGGUGCUGGUUUCUUUUUUGUGGCAAAGAAGGAGGGCGAUUUGAGGCCGUGUAUAGACUACAGGGGUCUGAACAAUAUAACGGUUAAAAACGCCUACCCUAUCCCCCUCAUCACUGAGUUGUUUGAUCGCGUUAAAGGUUCUAAGUACUUUACUAAACUAGACCUCAGGGGGGCUUAUAACCUUAUCCGUAUAAAGGAGAAUGAUGAGUGGAAGACAGCGUUCAAUACGCGUAGUGGGCAUUAUGAAUACCUGGUCAUGCCUUUUGGACUGUGUAAUGCCCCUGCUGUGUUUCAGGAUCUCAUAAACGAUGUCCUUAGGGAUCUAUUGCAUGUCUGUGCCGUGGUGUACCUUGACGACAUACUUGUAUAUUCUCCUGAUUUGAAGUCACAUCAUAAACAUGUUAGGAUGGUGCUUAAAAAAUUAUUACAGAACGGACUUUAUUGUAAGUUAGAAAAAUGUCUGUUCGAUCAGACCUCUGUGCAAUUCCUGGGAUAUAUAAUUUCUGAACAGGGUUUUAGUAUGGAUCCUGCUAAAUUGGAAGCUAUACUGUCCUGGCCACUUCCCCAAGGACUUAAGGCUAUCCAGCGUUUUAUAGGUUUUGCUAACUAUUAUAGAAAAUUUAUUAAAAACUUCUCACCACUUACCUCCCCUAUCACAAAGCUGACUAAAAAAGGUCUACACCUUAGGGUUUGGACUCCUGAAGCCCUUAAAGCCUUUGAAACUCUCAAGAAAGCAUUUGCCUCUGCUCCAGUACUACACCACCCUAAUCCUUCUCUUCCCUUUGUUAUGGAAGUAGACGCUUCUGAAUCGGGGGUGGGAGCAGUACUAUCACAAAGGUUAUCGUAUGACGAACCCCUCCAUCCCUGUUGUUUCUUUUCUAAAAGGUUGUCUGAUCCAGAAAAGAAUUACGAUGUUGGGAACAGAGAACUAUUAGCUAUUGUGUUAGCUUUUAAGGAAUGGAGGUACUUAUUAGAGGGUUCUAGACACAAAAUUAUGGUUCUAACAGAUCAUAAGAACCUCUCCUAUAUAGCCGAUGCUAGAAGGUUGUCCGCCCGACACGCUAGAUGGUCUCUAUUCCUUUCGCGAUUCCAAUACAUUAUUACCUAUAGACCUGGUUGCCGUAAUGCCAAAGCUGACGCUAUCUCUCGACAGUAUGAACCUUUAGAAUUUGUUAACCCAACCCCUGAACCUCUUGUACCAGCUUCUCAGAUCAUAGCUGCUACCCGUUUGGUUGUUUCAUCUCCCUUCCUUGAGAAUAUUAAGACAUACCAAACCCAAGCGCCUCAGGAGACGCCUGUUGGUAAACUAUACGUGAAAGUAAGUGACAGAAAAAAGUUAACAACAUUAUUUCACACUGCCAAAACUGCUGGUCAUCCGGGGGUUACCAAGACUUAUAAGAGCCUCCUUCAACAGUUUUGGUGGCCUUCACUCAAGCGAGACGUAGUGGAUUUUGUUCAGGCUUGUCGGGUUUGUACGCAGUGUAAGUCUCCUAAUAUGAGACCCCAAGGCCUACUGAUGCCUCUAUCUAUACCCAAGAAACCAUGGACCCACUUGUCCAUGGAUUUUAUUGUAGACCUUCCUCCUUCUGAUGGUCAGACGGUGAUAUUAACUGUGACGGAUAGGUUCUCUAAGAUGGCCCACUUUAUUCCACUUAAGAAACUACCCUCUGCGAUUCAGCUUGCCCAGGUGUUUGCCAAGGAAGUGUUCCGCUUGCAUGGGGUACCUCAGGAUAUUGUUUCUGACAGGGGCCCGCAAUUUGUCUCUCGGUUUUGGAGGGGCUUUUGUGCUGAGAUGGGGGUCUCCUUGUCGUUCACUUCCUCCUAUCACCCGCAAUCUAAUGGUGCAGCCGAACGUGCUAAUCAGUCUGUGGAAUUGUAUUUGCGCUGCUUCACUAAUGCGCACCAGGACGACUGGUCUCGCCUUCUUCCGUGGGCUGAAUUUGCCAGGAAUACGGUGUCUCAUUCGUCUACUGGCUUAAGUCCUUUUGAGGUUGCUUAUGGGUUCUGGCCUUCUGUCCUUCCCGGAGCGUUCUCUGACAAGGGAAUGCCCGCCUUGGACCAGCACCUCGCCUCUUUACGGAAGACGUGGGAUCAGGUCCAUAUUGCGCUGUCUCAUUCAGCAGCUGCUCAGAAGAAGUUCGCUGAUCGCCAUAAGGGUGCGACCCCUUCUUAUGCUCCGGGUGAUAGGGUGUGGUUGUCCUCCAAGAACCUCCGUCUCAGGGUCCCCUCGAUGAAGUUUGCUCCCAGGUUUCUUGGUCCCUACAAAGUGUUACGUAGGAUUAACCCCGUUUCCUACUCCCUGGACUUGCCUCCUUCCAUGCGUAUUCCGCACACGUUUCACGUUUCGCUUUUGAAGCCCUUGCUGUGUAACCGGUUCUCUCGUCCUCUCGGACGGCCCGUUUCCCCUCGUACUGUCUCUAGUGACGUGUUCGAAGUAGCUGCCCUUCUCGACUCUCGUGUUUCUAGGGGUCGGCUGCAAUACCUGGUGGAUUGGAAGGGUUACGGCCCUGAGGAGCGGUCUUGGGUUUCGAGCUCUGAUUUGCACGCCCCCUCUUUAGUCCGCUCCUUUCAUGCCCGGUUUCCUUUGAAGCCUUCUGCUUCCCGCCCUCCGGGCGGUCUUCGAGGGGGGGUACUGUCAGGGUCCCGCGGGCGGCUGCGAGGGGAGGCUGCAGUCCGCUCGCGGCACUCACCCUCCAGCCGUCCGCGGUCCCCCUUCAGCCGUGUGCUCGGCGGGCGGCACCCUCUCUCCCACGGGUGCCGUCCGCUCUUCCUCUGUGUCUCUCAGCGGCAGCAUGCAUGACGCUGCACGCUGGGAGACCGCCCACUUUAACCAACGCCGGGGUCAGUCACCUGACCCAGCGUUAAAGACACAGUGCCUCAAUCACAGUGGGAGGUUUAGAUAUCUACCACGUGUGAUUGUUAAUUCUGAUUGGAAAUUAUCCAAUCAGAAUUAACCUUUGGAUUUAUAUACUUACCUUUCCUGUUCCUCUUCGCCCUGUUGUGGUCUUUACGUGCUAGUAUUGAUUCUGAACUUGUGCUUCUGGUUACGUACUCUCUGGCUUGUUAUCCGACUUUGUGACUUUCUCCUACCCUUUGACCUCGGCUUGUCUAUCUUUAUUCUGUCUUCUGGUUUCCCUUACUCGGCUUGUUUCCUGACUAUUCUUUGUGUGCUUAGCCCGGCCACUCUAAGGUCCGGUACGGCACUUUGUGUGUGUGUGUGUUGGCGUGUUUGGUUCCCCGAAUCGUGACACUUAAUAAACUCACUUUACUUUCAAAUUCAACCCAGCGUAGAACAUACAGUCAGUCGUACAAUCAAUUUUAUCUAGCUGGCUAAAAUAUUUUCCAAAACUAACUCACGACAAUAUCAAAACGAUGACAGUCACACUAUGUGAACAUCUCCCAUCAGUAUCAUACCAGAUCCAACUCCACACAUAUUACUCCUCACAGAAAAGUUUCUGCUAAAACAAGAGAUACAAGAUUCAGCUGAUUGUUCAAAGUAUGGGUCGAACAUAGCAGACCUGUAUCACGUUUUUUGGGGAUAUGUGCAAAUUGAAUCAUUCUGGAGACAAGUCACAUUGUAUAUAUACGGAGUUACUGGUAAAUCUUUUCACAUUUCUCCAGCUUUGGUGAUGUUGGGAUUUGAGCCAGAUUUCUAAACUGGCCCAUUUGAUUUUGGCAGCAGCAAGAAAGAUCAUUCUGCAACACUGGAUGAACCCCCUCCCUCCAACAAUACCCUUACUGGAAAAAAAAAAAAAUUAGCUUUCCUGUUUUAUAUGGACUGGGUGGAGGCCUCACUCAGCAUAAGCACCCAAUUAAAAAAAAAUUCUUCUACACCUGGCAACCCUAUAUCAAUUUCAUAUACAACUAAAAUUAAAUCCACUUUUGAAUUUACAGAUUAGUACUUGCCCAAAGCGGGCCGAUCAUCCAUAGUGAUUUAGCAAUAAUUUAGUGUAUUUGUUCGCUGGGUGAAUCAGUUCUCGAACUCCCCCCUCCCCAUUUCCCCAAUCACACAAGCAAACUAGGCAUUCAACCUCACUCAAAGUGCUUAACCGCAUGAAAUGCUGAAAGCGUGAAUGAAAAGUUAUGUUUUAUAUUCUCUUGAAAUGUUUAGCAUCAUUUAUAUUUAAUUUUAUGUUUGUUUUUUGCUUCAAUCUAAGGAAAAUAUGCAAAAUAUGCCAACUACUAAGCAUUUUUAAAUUGCUUUUAUAAUUGUUUAUGAAAACCUGCUUGUUACUCUUCAUUGCUCCGUGAAAAAGAGUUUAAAACUAAAUUGGACUCUAGAAACCUUUUUGCUGCCUUGAUGUCAUGUAGAUUACCAGCUGUCAGUACAUUAGGAGACAUCUGUAUUAUCAUAAGACAUAACAUUGCUAACCCAUCUAGCUAAGGUAGUCAGUGAUAUUUUGUUCCCAAAACAAAUUAAAAGCUGAGAAGAAAACUCAGAUUUUAGCUUUUUAAUAAUUUUCUCACUACGUGGUCAAAGUACAGCACAUCAUUUAUGGUUUUAAAGAAACACAGGGGAUAAAACAUUCAUAUGAGUUUGGGUUCAUCUGACCAGUGACUAGUAAAAUGACCACCAUCAUAGGUCUUUAUUAUGUAUGGUCAUUGGACUAGCAGGAAUACAUUUGAAUGAAAGACAAAACAACAUAGUCAGUUUGAAAGUUAAACACUUUGUGGAUACUGAAUUGUUAUCAUUGCAGAGUUGCAACAGAUUCAUAACCAAAGAAACAACCCAAGUAUUCUGGUAUUUGGGUUGAAAGAAGCUCAAUUUGCAGAAAUAUCCAAUAUGUAGACCAAUACUGUCCUGUAAAGUUUCCAUUGUCCAAAGCAGAAAGAUAAUACAUUCAAAAUCAUUGAAACAUUGGUAUGUAGGAGAUGCAAAUCCUUUUUUACGCACAAGCUAGACCAAACUUUCCAGGCUCAUCUGUAAUUGAGUUUAGUACACCUUGCCCAAAUUUAUGACAAUAUAUCUUUGGCUGAUGCUAAAAAUUAGUCAACCUCUGAAUACCUGAAAUCCGCAAAGCAAUCAACAUUCUUUAAAACCAGAACCAGGUGAAAAUCCAUAAUUGAUUGUUAGUCAAGUAGAUGAAUUUUCACAAUUGUUAUCUUGAGAAUUAAUAGAGUCCUGAUCCGUUUCAAAAUCCACACCAUCUCUCUCAAAGAAGUCUUAAACCUAAAUUUUAUUACCUCCCGUGAGGAAGGUCUGGUGUGUGAUACUUUAGCACAUUUUCUUGAAAUGUCCUUUUUUGGGGCAGAUAUUCUGUACGUGAAUUGUCUUGAUCCAAUGAGUGAACUAAAUUUAGACUUUUUGUGCAUUAUGGCCUCCAUUUUAAUUUUUUUGGAUAAGCUAUUCAAAUUAUUUGAUAUUUUGAUAUUUGUAUAUUGUAUAAUAUUUGAGCAUUUAAAAAAAAAAAAAAAAAAAGUGUCCAAAAAUAUUAAAAAAUUUGAAAAAAGCUUAUCUCGAAAUGUUAAAUUGAAGCCUAUGUCAGGAACUUCUAACUUUUAUUGUCUCUCUGAGUCAUCUGGGGUGAGUGAGGGCCAAUAUUUAUUGUCAUGAUACUUAAGAGAUUGUACAUCUCUUUCUGAUGGUUUGGAAUGAGACAAAGCCAAGGAAAAGGGACUUAGAAAAUUGUAUUCUUAACAGACAUAGUUACUUAUUCAUCCAGAUGCAUUUUCUCCGGAAGAGAGUGGCUCAUUAGAUGAAGGGAUUAACUAGUUACUAGUCUUGUAAAAUCAGCAAAUUAAAAAAUAUGAAUAAAACCGAUAUAUUGGGUAACAGAGAGAAACUGUGUACAGACUGUACUUGCAAUAUUAUAGUGAGAAAAAAAUAGUUGAGAAUGAGAAACUACAAAACGAACCACUGAAAAUUGAGCAGCUGCUAGAAAACCUGCAGUCUGUAAAUCACUUCAGAGAAUCUGGUGGCUUCUUUCAACUGUCCAGUACACGGAAGCUGAGAGCGACCUUGCAUUUUUAAUAUUUACUAACUUGUUUUUAAAAUAAAUAAAAAUAUAUAUAUUUAUUUUUAAAGUUGUUAUUUAAAUUAACAAGUUGUUUUCUAGAGAGAACAAGUAAAAAUUUAAAAUAUGUAUUUAUUUAAAAAAAAAAAAACACUUCUGUAGUCCAGCCAUUUGAAACUAUGAAAUUCACAUAUUUUUUUUGUGCAAUUAGUUUUUUUUCCUAUGCUUUUUUUUUUUUGAUUCUAUUUUGUAGUAGUAAAACAAAACACGCAUCAUUUUAAACCUUGACCAUGUUUAAGAACAAGAAGUAUUUGAAGUAUUAAUGUUGGAUUAAUUCAGUGGACAUUUAAUUAAAACUUUUUUGCUUACAUUUACCAUUUGUGCUUUAAUUAAAAUGCUGAUAAUUAGAAUUUGUUCCAUUUGAAUGAAAUAAAUGUUAUUUUAUUGAUGGAGCAUUAAUAGGUGGUUAGCAGUGAUUCUCCUUUAACGCAGCUGUAAUUGCCUGGAAUUUUAAUUUACCACUGCAUCUGCUUUUUACCAACAUGCAGCAGCACUCUUUCUGUCUAACUUUUACAAAAUGCCAUGUGAAGCACUAUAAAUAAGACCGCAGUAGCAAUACCCAGUGACUAUACUAUCCGAAAGAAGGAACAUGAGAAGGUGGACCAAUACCAAGGAGUGAGAAAGGAUGUGGAAAGUAAAGGCAGUAGUAGUUUCAGUUGUUAUAGGAACACUAGGGGCUUCAUCAGAUUCCAGGUGGGACAUCCAAGAUCCAGAAGAGUGCAGUUCUAGGAACUGCACAGAACACUUAGGUUCCAAGGAUUCUUGUUGUAAAGGAUCCAAGAAUUGUGUGUGUGUGUGUGUGUGUGUGUGUGUACACACCCACACUAUAUUUUAGUUAUCCAAUAUACAUUGUUUUUUAUAUAUAUUGGGUAACAUAAUAUAUUUUCUCACCCCUCCUGGGGGGGAUUGCAUUUAGCCGCAUUAGUCCAGUAAACAAAAUACUAUAGUAUUGUAUAGAUAAAGAUAUACAGUUGUAAUCAAAAUUAUUCAACCCCAAUUGAAAAUCAGGUUUAUUGUCAAAAUGUAUAGACUUUAAGCUGUUUGCAAUGAACAAAUCAAACAAAAGCAAUUUAUAUUCGUUCAACACAACAAAUGCUUCGGAUUGCUUCCCCAUAUUCAACUGAAAAUGUAACUUCUGACUUAUCCAGUCUUACAAUUAUUCAACUAUUUCAUUGCAAGUAUCUUUAGUACUUAGUAGUACACCCUUUUGCUGUUAUGACCUGCUGCAAACAAGAUGCAUAGCUAGACACCAGCCUCUGGCAGCAUUUCUGAAGAAUCUUAACCCAUUGCUCAUGAGCAAUGACCUCCAGUUCAGUAAUAUUCUUUGCUCUGUGUGCUGCAACCACCUUCCUCAAAUCCCACUAGACAUUUUCUAUCAGGUACAAGUCAGAUGACUGUGAUGACCACUGUGGAAUUUUCCAGGACUACUUCUGCUAACCAAUCAGUGCCCUAUCUCUAAGAAUGCGGAAAAGUGUAUUAGGCAUGUCUGACAUUAGAGGUGCUUCUUGGGUCAGUGCUGCACAGUGUGUGUGCUUUCAAAAAACUCUGUGCAGGGACACUGUCAUAAUAUCACUAUUGCAGUAUAAACCGAGUAUUAGUAUGUAUUUGAAUUGGUAUAUAAUUGUUUGUUUUAUCUAGAACAUUCUAUUGUCCUUAUUUUAUUUAGUACUUGUUAUUCCUUUUAAAAAUGGGUGUAUUAUUUACUGUCUUGCCUGGUGAGGUUUAAAGAUGUGCUGGCACUCCUCACACCACUUGUAAAGCUCUACACACCUAACCCAAUAAUAUGCCAUACUAUGUUUAAACCCAGCUGCAUUUCCAUUCAUCAAUAAAGGGAAGAAUUGAAACUGUAGAUAUCCUCUUAUCACUAGUCCUUACAAUACCAAUAAAAUUUUUUUUUUUUUUUUUUUUAUUAAUUGCCCCUAUGGACCAGUCUCCACUGAUUAUUAAUAAACACAAUCACAUUAACCCUAACAAUAACACUGUCAAUAAGUGAUCAACUAAAUUGGAAGGUCACAGCAGAGUGACACAGAACUGAUUGUAACACUGGUGAAAAAAACUGAUCCUAGUCUCAACAUGGAAUUUGAAUGGGCAAAGCAGGAUUUAAUUCAAUGUAUUGUAUACUUGGUCAGAUUAACAUUCUUUAUUGCAAACAAUGUAGCAAAAAUAGUGGCUAAGGCUAGUCGUGUCACAGAGGUCUAUUGUAGUCUGACACUUUGGUCAUGAGGUACUUUGACUGCUUUCUUGUAUUCUGGAUAGCUAAGAAUUCUCUUUGCUUACAUAUUUAUAUGUUAGUGUGAUUUUAUUUAUUUGUUUGAUACAAAAUGUGCCCUUUGUCUGUGCAAUUUUAUAUAUUAUUUUUAUGAAUCAAUAUGUUUUGUGUUUUUAAAUUGUUUUGUGACCAGUACAUACUUGCACACCUCCCAGCAUUUUAAAUAGACAAAGAGGAACUUUUCAUUUUAGAUGUUGAGUGAGGGUGUAGCCAGAGAUAGACAUUUUACGUAACUUACCAAUAAUAAUUUAUGUAACUUAGAACUAGAACGAUCAAUCCUAUUUACACAAACUGAUUUCCAAUCACAUGUAUUGUAUAGUAUAAGUACAUUUAUUGAGUAUUAUUACUGUGAAGGUAUCUUAUACACUCAGACACACCAACAAUAAUAUGAAGUUCAUAGAAAAGGGGGACAUUAGAACAGACAAAAGGGACAAAGAAAUUUUGCCCCAAAUAGGGACACUUGGGAGGUAUGUACUUGCAAAUGUCAUUAAGAAGUUUUAGGGACAUUCUUAAAGGGACACUGUAGUCACCAGAACAACUACAGCUUAUUGUAUUUGUUCUGGUGAGUGAAAGUCAGGCUUUUUGCUGUUAACGCUUUUUCUCUGUGUUUUCAGAGAAAAGGCAUUGUUUACAUUACAUCUUAGGGAUGACUGCUAGAGGUGCUUCCUGGAGCAGUGCUGCACGCUAUGCAUCACUGCCUUUCAGUGUUGCCACCCUCUGCAUGUAGAUACUGAAUGUUCCUCGUAGGAUGCAUUGAUUCAAUUCAUUUGUACGAGAAGAUGCUGAUUGGCCAGGGCUGUGUUUGGCUUGUGCUGGUUAUGUCCCUGAUCUGGCUCUUUGGCAGUCUCAGUCAAUCCUAUGGGAAAGCAUUGUGAUUGGCUCAGAUAAAUACUUCUAAUGAUGUCAGCCAAGGAGGCAGAUCAGGGACAGAGCCAGCAGCAGAAGACUAGAAUAAAGGUAAGCUUUUGCUGUAUAAUUACAGGGUUAGAUGGUAGUUUUAACACUAUGUCAGGAAUACAUGUUUGUGUUCCUGACCCUAUAAUGUUCCUUUAAACAUAAUAACAAGUAAUGCUCAUUGCAUACAUCAUGGUGCAAGAAAGUAUUUUGUGUCCUUAUAAUUGCAGUGAUUUGCAAAAUUAAGAAUGACACCCUUUAUUAUGCCUGCUAUAUAUCCUAUGUACGAGAUUCAUUGUUUCCGAUUGUGUGGCCCAAUUGAAGAGAGCAGAUAAGGCAUGAGGUAACGUUUAUUUUGCAGUAGAAAAUAAAAUGCCUUGUUUUUGAGUUUCUUUGGAUAGAAAUUGUAAAGACAAGAAUGAAACCAGGGAAUUGCAUGUCUUAGCUGUUGUUGGUGUUCUAUGAAUGGUUUGUGUAGGAUGCAAAGCUCCUUUUAUGGAAAUUGUGGAAAAUACACAUUUUCUAUUACACUGUUAUAUUUUUUCUUUGAAUUGUUUCAAUAUGGUUGGCAAACCCAUACUCUGUUGAUACAAAAUUGUUUGCUGUUCGUUUCUGAAUAUUUCUGAAUAUUUAGAGGUAUUUUUAUAUAGCUCUGCGAGGAUUGAUCUUCUGUGGAUCCAAAAUUCUGCACAAUUCUGGCUAUUUUUUUCUUUCUUUAUCUUAUGCAGUUUGAGUUUACCUACCUCGUCCACUCUCAAAAUGUAUAUCCAUUAAUCAUAUCUGAAAAAAUUUCAUUUUCAAAAGAGCUAUUGCAAAAUUGACUGGAAAACAAAAACGUGUCCAAAUGUUAGAGGGUUAGACAGGGGAGCUGAAGGGAGCUGCUGGGAAAGUAAGUAAGAAUGUGCUGGGCACCCUCUGCACAGUCCAUGCCACCGGACCACCAGGGAAUGCCAUAUCCCUCCCUGGCCUGGUAAAAAGCAUGGAGGGGGGACUAAAACAUAAUUUUAAAAAAUCAAGUAUUUAAAAAAAAGUUAUAAAAAUAAAAAUGUCCCCCCCCCCCCAAUUUUACACACUUAACAUACCUACACAAACACUCACUGCACAAACACACACACUGCAUUCAUUAUAUACAUACACACUGCAUUCACUAUACACACACACUACACAAACACACACUCUGCAUUCAUUAUAUACACACUGCACAAACACACGCUGCAUUCACUAUACACACAAUACACAAACACACACUCUGCAUUCAUUAUAUACACACUACACAAACUCACACUACACAUAUACACACUACACAAACAGAUACUCUACACAAACACACACACCUAUUCACUAAUCACAUACUCUCACUGCAUCCACUACAAACACACCCAUAUUCUGGAAAACAUGUAUAGUGUGUGCAUUUACCUUAAUAAAAAAAAAUGAAAGAUUUGUAAAUAAAUAAAUAAUAAACGUGUUCAGUUAACAGUAGGUUUGUGUAGAAAUAUAUAUAUUUUUUUUAAAUUGUAUAUGUACAGAAUAUCGGUAUCAGUAAGUUACUGGCUAUCGGCCUGAAAGUUCACAGAUCUGCCCUAAAAAAUCUAUAUUGGUCGAUCCUUAUUAUUUACUCAAGUGAGAAUUCAAAAUGAAUUUCAAAGUUUAGAUCAAAAGAGCCAAACUAAAAAUAGCAUUGACUUUGAGAUUCUUUUUUUUUCUUUGGGGGGUGUUUUGGCCUCACGUGAAAUUCACUUUGAAUCCCCAGCAUAUUCAUGCCACUUUCUAGUUCAGCAUGGUAUCUUGAUCUGGAGUGUUGCACUACCACAUACAAAACUUGAGUGCAAAAUAAGUUGGUUUUUAUUUUUUUAUUUUUUUAUUUAUUUAUUAUUUUUUUAUUGUUUCAUUUUGUCAUCAUGCAUAUUUUGAUUUAUAUGCCAUUCUUUUUAUUAUCCAUUUUACUUAGCUUUUUAUUUGUUUUAUUUUUUAUUUUUUUUCCUUUCUUGCCUUUUCCUUUUUGCAUGUGGAUUUCAUAUACAUCUUUUAGGCAUGACGGGUAUUCUGAUGUCUGCGGCUGGCCUCCCUGUACGUCUUACCUCUGCACCUACCUCUGCACCUCCGCAUUCCAACCCACCCGUGACCAGUAAAUCUGAUAAAAUAUCAGUUAAGAGAUUGAGGAAAAUGCCAAAGAAAGGUAGUUUCUGUGAACUCUGUCGUCUUACUGUUGUAUUUUUAAAUUACAUUUAUUUAUGUUGAAUUUGUGUCAUUAUUGUUCAAAUUUCUUUUUCUUUCUUUUUUUUCUUUUUAAAUACUGGGUAUGGAUCCUGUGCUAUUUAGAAAUUUUGCAGUUGCAAGAAACUGGUAAAGUUGGCAUCAUUAAGUGUAAUGUGUUGAAAACAAUAGAAUUAUUGGCUGGAGUGAUGCCCAGUGUUUUUUAGGGCAGCAGUAUUUACCAUUGGUCUGUUCCAUUAUUAUUAAUUUUGUUUAGUUUUAAAGUUGUAUGGCAUAGUUUAAUGUUUUUUUAAUAUUUAAAGGACUGAACAAAAGUGCCUAGUGCUAGGGAUUUCCUGCUCCAAACAAUAAGACUGGGAAUCCCCUAGUCCUUUACAUAUAUUUGUUUACAUAUGAUGCCAAAGGAUUGGGCAUCCCAUGGUCCAUUAAAUUACUUAUUGAGAUAAGCGUAACAUAUAUAUAUAUAUAUACUUGGCCGCACAGUUAUCUUAUACAAGUCAUGCUUUUGCAUUGUAUGGUUUUUACACUGGCGACAAGAACAGCCUUUUUUUUGUUGUUGUUGCUGCGAUGAUUACUUGCAGUUUUUCUCAACUGGAAUUGGGAAAAUAGCAAAUCUUCAUUUUUCAGCCCCAAAAAAGGCCAAAUAAAAAAACCAUCAUAACCGUCGAACUUAAAAUAAAAUAAAAAUCCAGAGCGCAAAAAAAAAACAGACGAAAAAGAAAAAACCCGAGCGCAAAAAAAUAAUCCAUCUUCACCCAUGGAGGGCUCCGCGCAGACUGAGCUCCGCAGGGCGGGGCAAGGCUUUCAAAGCCUUGCCCCUCCCUGCAAUUAGGCUAAGAACACUCUGAUUGGUGGGUUUAAGCCAAUCACAGUGCUCUGUGUCAUUAGGUGCCCCCACCCGCCGCCCAGGGGUGGAGCCUGGGGGGGGGGGAGAACAGUAGGUUCACCCCCCCCUCAUUAUCAUUUGGUCCCCACCCGCCGCCCAGGGGUGGGUGCCCGGGGAGGACAGUAGGUCCCCCCCUCAUUAUUAUUAUUAUGGCCCCCACCCGCUGCCCAGGGGUGGGGGCCAGUGGGGGGGAGGACAGUAGGUCCCCCCCCUCGUUAUCAUUAUGGCCCCCACCCGCUGCCCGGGGGGAGGGCAGUAGGUCCCCCCCCUCAUUAUCAUUAUUAUGACCCCCACCCACCGCGCAGGGGUGGGGGCGGGGGGGGACACAAUAGGUCUCCCCCCUUAUUUUACUUUAGGGCCCCCACCCGUCGUUUAGGGGUGGGGGCCAAUAUAUAUAUUUUUUUGCUCACUCACCUUACUAGACAUGCGGUAUAGCGAGUAGGAGCUGAAUUUACCAAUACUAAGUAAUCUUUACUUAGUAUUAGUAAAUGUGGCUGAAAGACCAAUUUAGGUCUUUCAGCCUUUUAGUAGAUGACUCCCUGAUACCGUGGGAAUUAGGGAGUUAUCUACUAAGCGGCUGCAGCCACAGCAACCAUAGGAUCGGAGUUUCAUUCAUUCGAACGAAAUUCUGAUCCGAAUAAAGUGCCAAAUUGCGUUCAAAAACAAACGAACAUACUGUUCUCAUUCAGUUAGAACGCAAUUCGUCAGUUUCGUGUAAAAUGACAGGAAGCAUCGCGGGAACACAGAGGAAAGGUAAGAAUUAUGGGAAAAUUGCUCUGACCAGCGGAAAUGAAGCACACUUUGCUCCUCCGCUGGUCAAGCGGAGGAAUCCUCCAUAAGGCAAAGAGUCCCUAUUUUGUCUUAUGAUUUUAAAGAAAACUGAAAAAGACAGGAAGAAAAGAAGAACAGAUCCUGAGAGAGGGGGAGAAGAGGAAGAGAUUGAGGAACGGUAAGUUCGGCAUGACAGUGCCACUUUAAAUGGGUUUCUGCUGUGAAUAUGAGUUUAUACUUGUCGAUCUCGAGUGCAAUUAAAAUACAAGAUUCUGAGUAAAAAAGAUUGAGGCUGUAUAGCCAUCUGGUUUUCUUUUAUUAUUCCGUAUUACUUGAUCUGAUUGUGAGUCCAAUAACCAAUACAACAGAAGAGUAUGAUACUUAUAUAGAGAGAAUUAAUUUCAUAUCCUGAUAUUACAUUUCUGAUGUACUAUUUAGUCAGUUUAGAUGAAACCCUUGAAGGAACACUCCGAGCUCCAUAACCACUACAGCAUUCUAUUUUGGUUAUGGUGCCACUCCAAUGUAAGUUGUAACGGCACCCGGGGUUAAAAGGGGUUAAAAGCCAUUUAGGAGAUAUUCCCUUCCAGAUAUACAGGCAACUAUUGUAGACACCAAUCCACCGAACUGGAGAAGCAUAUGAAUGCUCUCAAACAUAUGAAUGCUGUAAACAGCUGAAAAGGAAAAAACAUACAAAUAGGUUUACACUCCUAGCAGUCGAACUGGAACAGUAUACAAUAAGUCCCCCCAAGAACGAGACAAGGCUCCGUUUUGUGGGUCAAGCAGGAACCGACAGAGCUGUGGGUUUAUUGUUCUUAUAUACACAUUAGUACCACCCACAGGGUUUUGUAAAACAACCAAUAAACACAUACAAUACACUCAGACACUCCCACACAAAAUCCUCCCCUCUGCCUGUGAGACAAUUACCUUACACAAUGGGUUAAUGUAAUUAUCACAGGCAGAGAAAUACAGUUUUUCCACAUUAUUCAUAACUUUAAAAGUAUACCUCACAUUCACUUACAUUUUCAGAAUCCGCAUACUCCAAAUACAAACAUAUGUCAAAAUCAUCCAAAUUGGUUCAGUGGUUCAACAGAUAGAUCGAAGUCCUUUGUGACCAAAUGAAGCAUGGCUUUUCUGCCCAAAACCAGUUCCACAGAGUCUUCUAUCCUGGAAAUAAUUGGGAAGUAAUACAAUUAUCUCCAAGGACAGAGGCAAAACUCCAUUGAACACAUGGUAGCAAAAGACAAUAAAAUACAUAAAAUACAGGUUACAUUUAUUAUAUAAAAUACAGACAUGCAACAUAUCCCCAGAUAGCUUAGGUCUGAGCGCACAUUAUUACUAAAUGGCGCUCAGACCACACACAUACAGUUCGAUUGCCAUGGAGCCAAAGUUUUUUAUUACACGAAUAGGCUCCAUGGCAUAGCUAUCUGUGUUAAAUGAGUUCAUUCAGUAAAUCUGAGAAUCUACCGAACGCCAGGGCAGAAAUACAUGAAUAGACCUUUCUGCAUAGGAAAAUAAAGUAUUUAAAUGCCGGUCCAUAGUCAAAAGGCAGCAGGCAGGCAACCAGGCUCCUUCAAUGCACAGUGGCGAGUUUGGUCUCGUCACAUAAGUGAUCAAACUAUUUAAUCACUUUUUACCUGGGGUUUGCUGAGCACUGGUCCCUGCCUCUCUGAUAGCUGUAAGUGGUGGUGCCUUAGCUGGGAGCAAUUUCCAAUUCUCUGAGCCUGCAUGGCAGAGUUGCUUCUAAUAGGAGCUUUAAUCUCUCACGAACUUAAGUGACCAGCACCAGCAGACCACCUAGGAAGGAUUCACACUUUUGUCAAACACCUGGCACCUACAGCACUACAGGAAAGAUAUAUUUAUCUUAAAAUGGGUUAUUUUAAACUUGAGCCAAACCUGAGUGAUAGAGGUCCUGCAGCCAACUGUGUGUACGGUGUGUGUUACACUCAUGGGCAGCAACUGCUAUUUUUCAUUGAGCUCCUCUCCUGGUAAUUUCAUACCGGGAGAGGAGCCAGGAAGGCAGGAUCACUUAGUCCCUGUCUCCACAGCCCCACUCCUAGCAAGACACUAUUAGAAUAUCUGGAAUACAGAAUUUUUGAUGGCAGAUUCAAAAAAAUGGCUACUGAACUGGAGUUUUACUACCACUAAUCUUAGGCAGAUUGCAUGUUUCGGUACUGUCCUGAUAUUUGUGGUCCCCAAAAUGCAUGAUGUCAGUCACACCAUGUGUUGUGGUCAAGUGAGCUGUAUGGGAUUGGAAAACAAUCUGCUCAAAGAAAAAACAUUGAGAUUAUAUGACAUAGUCUUGUGUCUCAUUUCACACCUAUUUAAUACCUAUUAUACAUACCCCCUAUUACCCGAAUUCCAAAUACAUCCUUCUCCAGCUCCCAUUUCCUAUACUUCUCCUACAUUAUCAUUUUAUAUGCACGUUUUACAUUGUCCUCACAGUUUUCACCUCAGUGAACACUUUGUCUUUAGACCUGUGUCAGGUACUUGGUUCUGGCAUGCCUUGGUCCUGUCUUACCCAAGAGUAAGAACAUUGCAAUGAUGCAAUGAGCACAUUAGUUCUAGACUGGCCAAGAGGGGAUGUCACUCUUUCCAGAAAUAAAUCUUAAAGGGGAAUGGUCACUUUCCUGGAUUUUGAAUAUUAUGUUUACUUGUCGCCUAUGUUUAACAUAUUUGUGAGGGAAGGAAAAUAGAAAUCCUCACUGCUGUUUUUAGCUCAUGAGAAACAGAGUGCCUUAGUUUUGGCUUCAUGUCAACAGCUGUUCUAAGCUCUGCUAUUUACCCCUGUCAGUCUGCAUUUAGAGAGGAGGAGAAUCAGCUCAGUUUGCCCUCUUCCACUUCAUUGUGUGCUCUAGCUGUAGCAGGACUGAAUUGGCUUCUGUUUGUGUCAAUAGUACAUUUUUAUUCUACAUUUUGAAAGAAAAUGAGCUUCACGUGAAAAAGGCCAAUACGUGAGAUGUGACUUCUCCCCCUUAAAGUUGGUGACUUGGAUUGAGCUUUAUGGUUUAGUAAUCUAGUGGAAUUUGUGACUCUACAAUUGUCAGACCUCCUCUCUGCCCUGCACUCACCUCUCACUCUUGCUGCAUCCCUCCUCCCUCUGCAGGAUGCCAGGCUGUGAAGCGUCAGGGAAUGCUGACCUCUGGCCUUUGUCUCUUCCUUGUCAGCAUCUUGCCUUGAUUUUGACUUAGCCUCCUACUGCAUAUUGGGCUCUGCCUACCAAACUCUUAACAGCAGCCAGGGAGGUCAUACAGCAUAACAGGCUGGACCAUACAAAAACUUUGGAGUCUGUGAGCGGAGCUUGACACACGGUAACCAGAUGCCAUCUUAAGCAGCACUGGUGCAGUGAACAAGUUUUUGGUAAACAACCGAUAACUGGCUAACAGAUACUGCUACUCACCCAAUGAAAUCUUUCUGGAGACUAUCUCACCUGCCAAUUGAUACUUUUUCUUUGCCAACCAACCAUCUAGUAGCAAUGAAAGAGGAGGGAGGCCUACAAUGGCCUGAAGCCACAUGCAGCACACGCCUCACUUGCAGAGUUUAAGGACCAUCUCCCAAGUUACCUGAUGCCUGACACUUUGACCAUGGUCCGGCUCUCACAAAAAUAUACAGCAAGUUCCAAUGGGUGUCGAGAUAUUGGGACUUUAUUGCAAUGAUAACUGCGGCCUAAAGAACCUGCAAGUUGUGUGUGUCAGUGGGUGUGACCCGCCUCUAUUUUCCCAUGCUGUGAUGGUCUUGCUACCGCUGGCCCCACCUCCAUUGACUGAGAUCAGCAAUCUUGAUCCAUAGGAAAAUGCUGUACUGCGCCAAUCAGCAUUUACUCAUAGAGAAACAUUGAAACAAUGUAUGUCUAUGGGGAACAUUCAGUGGCUCCAUACAGAGUUGGACUAGGAAGCAUCUUUAUUGGCCGUCUGAGUGACUGGCACUAGAGGUGUUACUAGGCAGCAAUGAAAAUAUGGCCUUUUCUCUGAAAAGCAGUGCAUACAUUGAAAAGCCUGCAGGCUAUAGACACCAGAACCAAUACAUUAAGCUGUUUGUUAAGCCCUGCAUUAUAUCAUUCCACUAGUUUUCCUGAAGUUAUACAAGCUCCGCAUUAGGCUCACCUCAGCUUAUGCCACUCAACAUGUAAUCUUUCAAUCUUUUAAAAUUUUCUAUAAUGCAUGACCGACCUCUUAACACUUUACACUCCGUAUUAGGUUAUUACCCUAAUUUGAUGAUCAUCUAAGCACUAGUUUACUCAACUGUUUAAAUAAUACCGUAUAUACUCGAGUAUAAGCAGAGUAUUUCGGCACCUUUUUUGUGCUGAAAAACCCCUACUCGGCUUAUACUCGAGUCAGUCUGUAUUAUGGCAACUUACAUUGCCAUUAUACAGACCAGGACCGCCGGGCUCAUUACAAGCCCAGCGGUCCUGUUGGGGGCUGACAGUGAGCUGUUACUUACCUUCCUGCAGCUCCUGUCAGCUCCCUUCUCCUCCGUGCAGCUCUCCGGUCAGCUCCGUAGGGCUCCCAGUGUAAGUGGGUCUUACAAGACUUACACUGUAAGCAGAACGGAGCUGGCAGAGGAGCUGCACGGAGGAAAAGGGAGCUGACAGGAGCUGCAGGAAGGUAAGUAACAGCUCACUGUCAGCCCCCCCACUGAACAGCCAAUGCCACUGGACCACCAGGGAUUUAAUAUUAUUAAAAUAAUAUAAUAUUAUUUUAUUAUUAUAUUAUUAUUAUUUUAAUAUUUUCAUUAUUUUUUUUUUAAAUGUUUUUUUGUCCCCCCUCCCUGCUUGUUGCCUGGCCAGGGAGGGGGGACAAAAAAAACAUUUAAAAAAAAUAAUGCAAAUAUUAAAAUAAUAAUAAAAUAAUAUUAUUAUUUUAAUAUUAUAUUAUUUUAAUAAUAUAAUUUUAUUAUUAUAGUAUUAAUAUUUGCAUUAUUUUUAAAAAAAAAUGUUUUUUUGUCCUCCCUCCCUGACCAGGCAACAAGCAGGGAGGGGGGGACAAAAAAAAUAAAAUAAAAAAUAAUGCAAAUAUUAAAAUAAUAUAUUAUUAAAAUAAUAUAAUAUUAAAAUAAUAAUAUUAUAAUAGAAUAUUAAAAUUAUAUAAUAUUAAAAUAAAAAAAUAUAAAUAAAAACGCCCUCCCCUCACCCAGUUUACACACACUGCAUUAUAUACACACUGCAUUCAUUAUAUAUACACACUGUAAAUAAAUAUUCAAUUAAUGUAAUUUUAUUGGGAUCUAAUUUUAUUUAGAAAUUUACCAGUAGCUGCUGCAUUUCACACCCUAGGCUUAUACUCGAGUCAAUAAGUUUUUUCCCAUUUUUUUGUGGUAAAAUUAGGGGCCUCGGCUUAUAUUCGGGUCGGCUUUUACUCGAGUAUAUACGGUAAUUACAUUUUAUAGUCUUGUUGUAUGAGGUUUAUGAUUGCAGUAUCACAUGGUUUUUUUUUUUUUUGUUUGUUUUUUUUUGUUUUUUUUUUUGUGUGUGUACUUACUUUAUACUAUUAUAAAGGGGCAUUUGUGCACAAAGCCCGUUUUUUUUUGUUUUGUUUUUUUACUAGUGUGCACCUACUAAGUAUUGUUUGACUCUCUGUUUGCAUAAUGUAUAGGAUUAUCUCUGACCUGCUUUCUAACCAAGUGUCUGUCAUCAUUUGAAUUCUACUACUUGUCAUAACAUGCCUUAAUAAAAUAUUGAUUGACAAAAAACAAACAAAAUAGUUUGGAGUCUGGAUGGUUAGGGAAUAAGCAGCUUUUUGGAGUAUAACUGUAGAGUUAAGGUGCACAGUUUAUAGAAGACAUAUAGACAGGCAAUGAACUAAUAUACAUUCUACACUCUUGCUCAGCAAAGCUGAAAGUAAAAGUAUAUCUCUUUGCCAUGAGAUACUAUUGGACGUGUUAGAAUACAGUUUGACCAACUGUGAGUAAAUAUAGGAUUACAGCUAAUCUUGAGCUUCAUAGGGACUUAAAACUAAUUGGAAAGGCUGCUUUCCAGGGGAAGCAUUGAGUAUAUGUUGUGAUGACUUACUUCUUCCAUUUACUCCAUUGACUUUAAAAUGAAGCCUUGCAGGUAGGAUGGGAACAAAUAAUGGUGAUGCAGGAGCCUUAUAGCAAAGCAAAACAGGCUACAAAGCUGGGCACAGUGCACACGGCAUGGACUGGCCCAAAAAUCUGGGCAGUAAGAAGUAAUACUACCAUAAGGUGAACACACAAUUGUGGAAAUAGUUCGGUAUUGUAAUGUCCUUUACUCAAAACAACAUUAUCGGCAAAAAAGUGUUGUUUUUGUUUUUUUUGUUUGUUUUUUCCUUCUUUCUUUAUUCCACUGCCUGAAAAAAGUAGUUGUUGUGUUUUUUUUUUUUUUUUUGUUUCAUCUUUAUAUUUUGUCAGCACCAGGAUUGUGCAUGUUUUAGUCCAUGGAUUUUAAGCUCUAGCCCCGAUAGAUGGUUUGAGAAGUAUAGUAGUUUGGAUAAAAGUUUGAGAUCCCUGUUUUAGUCACUAGUUUUUCCAUAGGAUAAAAAAUCCUUUCUGUAGGAUGAUUUGAUGGGAAUUGUAGUUGCAACAACUAAUUGGCAUGACAAUGAAUGAUGGGCAUUGGGCCGAUCAAGUGAAAGAUUUUACAGAGGAAAUAAUCAUAAAUAAAACCAAAUGUGUGCUUAAAGUUGAUUAGCUGAUUUUGAUAUCUUAAUAAACUGCUUUAACUUGAUAAAUGUGUUUAUUAAACGCAUAAUAAUAAUAAUGUGUUCUUAAAUAAUGUAACAGACCGAUGCAAAUUUACUUUUUAAGUGGAAAAUGGUUAUGUCAUAACAAAUCUGAAGUACCCAUUAAUUUAAAUGGUUUUCUUACCUACCAAUAUUCUCUGCCCACCUUCCAGAGUGGAGGUGAGUAGAGAGCCGGAUGCAUUGUGAAGGAGCGAUUGUGCCCCUGAAGAGGAUGGCUGGGCUGACAGCAUGCACCCUCAAGCAGUACAUGCAGAGAGUUCUGUGAUCUGGGCAUGGACCUACUCAUCCGUUCCAUCCUACAUUUUGAGAUCUCCCAGCAGAUUUCAAAAUGUGCAACAAGUCCCUGGGACCUAUCUGUCCUGGGUGACUGCACCCAAAUGCAAGUCUGUCCCAGCAAUUCGAGGCGGUUGGCAUCUGUAGUUUGCAGUGUGUGUAAAGCAAUGUUGGAAUAUGGGCAUAAGUAUAUACUUAAUAGAUUAUACAUAGUUAAUUUCCAUGGUACCUAAUUAGGUGAGUGCUGUGGCAGAUACCCCACCAAAGUCAGUUAGUACAUGAAUAACUUCUGACCAAAAAAAAAUACAUUUAUGUAUUAUGUUGUAUGCAAAUUAUUUAUUUGCCCUUAAAUAUACUACCUCUAAUCACAGCUCACCUCUGUUUGCCAUAAGAUCAUCAGUACUGCCAACAGAAAGAGAUUCUUAUAGAGAAGCAUUACAGUGAUGGAUUUGUAUGCAAAUUGCUACAUUGUGACUGCAAUGCUUCUCUCCCAGUUGUGAUGCUGCCACUUUAUAAAAGUGUGAUUUCUCUCGAAGAGAAGACCUAUUAACCUCUGAAGCAACUCAGCAAGCUCAACAGAUUGUUGUAGGGUUUACACUGACAGGAGAUUUAAAACCAUUUAACUUAUUACCUGAGAUUCAUUUGGUGCUGCUUCCAGUCUUCAAUACGUGUAACCCAAAGCCAAAAGAUGUCUGUCUGAGCUAAACCUUUCGAUACAAGGCGUAGCUUAUUUUAGCUCAUUGGCUGAGCGUGAUCGGCAAACUCUGUCAGCUGACAUGGCCCUGCUGUGGUUAUGAUGCCUGGAGUGUUCCUUUAAAAUAUUGUGUGAAACUGGCCUAGUAGUAAGAAUUGUUCAAAUGAAAGCAUUAAAGGAGCUUGUUAAACUGUGUAACCACUGCAGCCCAUUAUAGUGCUUAUGGUGCAGAGAUUCAUUGGGUACCAUUUCUGAGGUUUUUAUGAAACCAUUUUCAAGCAGGUAACCAGAAAGGGGUGUCUACUAGCACUAAAAGCCUGGUACCUCUGCAGCCACUCAGGUAAUGUGUACAAUUUAUGUUGUCACUACCCUGUCACUAGUUUAUUAUUAUAGUUCGCAGCUGCUUGCUGUAUAUUGCUGCAUGGCAGGUGGGGGCAUAAGUGAGGUUAAAGACCUCCCGUGUAAUAAGAUGGUGGACAUGUUGACCCUCAUAAGCUUUAAUUUAUUUUUUCUAACCAGGUUGGUAAUUAAAGGGUUAUUCUAACCACCAUGACUACUUCUGCUUUAACAAGUGGUGGUAGAAGUCUGUAUGUGCAGUGUUUUUGCUUGGAUUGUUGCACAUCCAGAUAUAUUUGCACUUUUGUGCCUGGAGCUCCGUACACCCCAAGCACACAGGACUUUAGUAGCUCAUAACUCCAGACUGCAAUGUCAAUUCUGUGCAUAUUUCUGUAGUCUGAGUGCACUUCAGUCUGGCAAUGGACAUGAUUAUCUUCCUGCAAAGGAAAGCAUUUGUCUCCUUUCAUGGCAGUUGUGACGUCAAACUGGGAGUACCUAGCAGCACUGGAAGCUUGACCCGGCGCUGGAUGACAAAUACGUUUUGCUUAUUUUAGUAUUUAUUUUAGCGUUAUGUAAGUAGGACAUUAUGACAUAAAAAAAGUAGGGGAGUUGGAGUAACCCUUUAUAUAAAAAAAUAAAAUAUAAAAAAAAGGUUGAUAAAUGUAAUAAACACUUUUAUCAGCUAUUUUAUUUCAAACAGCCAAGCCUUUUAUCGUGUUCGAGCAGCUGAAACUGUGGCUGGCUUUAAAUGAAAUAGAACAAAAAAAAGUCAAUAUUUAACAACUAGUUUCUGUCAGAACAAUUAAAUUGGGAAGCUGGAAGUUUAGCUAGGUUUUAGAAUUUUUCCAGUUCAGUAAGUCUGCCCUAAAUUUUGGUAUUUCUGUGUGAAUUCCUGACAAUCAUUUAAUUGAAUAGCCUUGAAAGACUCUCCUUAGAAGGCAUAUUAAAUGACGUGGGUUCAAGCGAGCAUUCUCAUUUUUUGUUAGUGGUUUUUAUAGUGCAAUAUUUAUUCUAACUUAUAAAUAAAUCUUUUACACCCACAGUAGCAUCUCCAAAAGUAUUUAAAAGGACUCUUAGGGCAUCAUAACCACUUGCGGGCAGUAGUGGUUAUGGUGCCAGGAGUGCCAUACUGUCUUGUGAUAAACAGUUUACAGACUAUUUCUCUGUGUCUGAUAAGGCUGCAUUAUCAUAUCCACUCAUACAAGAUUUAGACAAAAUUAAUUGGCAGAGAGUCAUCAGCUGACACUUAGUCAAUUAAUAAUGUUGGAGUAUUUGUCAGAAGCACAGGCAUGUGACAGAGCCAGGUAAAUGUCAAACCAUUCAUAAAUGUUUUUGAAAGAUUAUCAGUGAAUGGCACUAUGGUAUUCAUGGUUGCUAGAGUGUCCUUUCAUACAAGGCCAGACUGUGAAUGAAAAGCAGCCCUGGAAAAAAAUUUGAUACCAGCCCCAUAAUGCAUUGCACCAGCAUAGUGUGCAGAUAUGGAAGCAAAAAAAACUAAAACUGAAAACAAUCUCUCAAACGUGAAAGAAAGCACUCAUGGGGCUUCAAAAUAAACAAAAGAGUGGAUUUGUUGUAAGCAGACAUGCAUUUGCAUAUAAUCAAUGUUUCAGUCCAACUACCUUGACAUAUUAAGGAAAGUUUCGUAAUUUGGACUGAAAUUGUAAAUGUAUGUUAUUAAACAGCAGUAAAAAAAAAAUGACGUCAUCUUGCUUAUUUUGAAGUAACGAGUGUGCUCUUCACUUUGGUUUACAACUGGAUGAUCUCAGUCAACACCAAUUUAAUUCCCAUAGGAAAGCAUUGGGAGGCUAUUGCGCAUGUGUGGCAAAACGCUGUGUUUCACCGCACCAAUCAGCAUCUCCUCAUAGAGAUGCAUUGCAUCAAUGCAUCUCUUUGGGGAGCGUUCAGUGCCUCCAUGCAGAGCGUGGAGAUGCUCAACAUAGGUGCUGCAGGAAGCAGCUCUAGUGGCUGUCUGAAUAACUGUCACUAGAGAUGUUUCUAGGCAGCAAUGUAAUCACUGCAUUUUCUCUGAAAAGGUAGCAUUUACAGUACUCAGCAUACAGGGACAGGCUUUAGACACCGGAACCACUACAUGAAACUGUAGAAGUUCUGGUGACUAUAGUGUCCCUUUAAUACGAAGUCUUUCUCUCACUGGUAGACUCUAAAUUACAGGGAAAGCAGGAGACACAAGUGAAGAUGCAUUUUGUUUGUGUCUUUCUCCCCCAAGGCCGCUUUUCAUGUGUCUCUUAGCCCCAGACCCUUUGUCUCUUUCUCCCCUUCCCCAGCCCUUCUGUUAGUCUCUUUCCCAGGCCGCAGCACUUCUGUGUCUCUUUCCCCACAGCUCCUCUGUGUGUCUCAUUCUCCCCUUCCCCAGCCCCUCUGUUUGUCUCCCCAGAUCCCUCAGUAUUUUUUUUUUUUACUCUCCUGCCCCUCCAUGUGUCUCAUUCCACCCCCUCCAGCCUUACACGUGUAUCAUUACCCCUGCCACCCCUCCAUGCUUCUAAUCCAUCCCCACAGACUUCUAUUUGUCUCAAUCCAUCCCCCCCAGCUCCCCAUGUGUCUCAGUAGCUCACUCAGCCCCUCCAUGUGUCUCAUUAGCUCCUUCAUAUGUCUUAUUAGACCCCCAGCCCUCUGUGUCCCUAUAGCCCCCUCCCAGCCCUCCGUGUCUCAUUCCACCCCCUCCAGCCUUACAUGUGUCUCAUUAGCCCCCUUCCCUCCAUGUUUCUCAAUCCAUUCCCCCCCAGCCCUCCAAGUGCCUUAUCUCCCUCAGUCCCUCCAUAGGUGCCUAUACCCUCCCAGCUCUCAAUGUGUUUGUAUACCCCUCCCAGCCCUUCAUGUGUGUCUAUAGCCCCCAUGUGUCCCAUUAGUUCCCCCCAGCCCCAAUGUGUCCCAUUUGUUACCAGCCCCCUGUGUCCCAUUAGUCCCCCAACCCCAUAGCUCUCCCUGUACCUUGCUGUAGUGUGGCCGAGCAGGCAGAGGAGCUCCUGCUCACUGUACCCGCUCUGACAGGAAGCAGUUCUAUGCUCUGUGAGUACUUCCUGUCAGACCGGGUAGGGGAACAGAAGCUCCUCUACCCACGGUCUGCCUGCUCGGCCACGCUACAUUCCGUGACCGUCAGGAGAGGAGUGCAUCCCCUCCUGCCGGUUACUAAGUAAUUGCGCUGUGUGGCCUGCGGGUCGGUGCGCACUAGGUGGUCGCGCACUGGCUUGAUAGUGUGCCGGUCCACCGUGAAAUUUCCCGGUGGGCCAGUCAGGCCCUGCUUUCGUAUGCUUUUGGAGAUACAUACAUCAUGCAGUAGCAAUAUACUGGUUAUGAUUCUAGAGUGUUCCUUUAUAAUGUAAUUUAUCAGAUAAAUGAUGUAUUGACUUUAUAAAUAUAUUAAUGCACAAAAAGAAUGUUUCAUUUUCCUUUUCAUGUUUAAAAUAUAUUUUAACUUAAGAUUGUUCCUUGUCCUAUAUAGAUUCAGGGCCAUCCCCUUCAUAAAAAAAUAAAAUAAAAAUAAAAACUUACAGUGAAGCACACAAGGUAGUUCAUCAAGAAGGAAAUUCAGGCAGGCUUAUGCAGUAUAUGACUGUACUAAAUGCCCAUUGGUUGGGGGCUUUGAAGCUUAUUUAUAGUAGAGUGAGCACCACCCUGGAUUCUGUAUGUUAUGUAGAUAUAUGUAUAUGUUUGUGUAUGGAUGUGAGUUGUUUGUAGCUUGCUUGUAGAUGCCUGCAUCUAAUCGACAUAUAGGUGUGUAAAGUACUGCUAAUUUCUGUCUGGUACCAAAUGGUUAAGUAUUAUGCAUCACAUUCUUUCCAAGCCAUAUAGUUGCUGUCUAUAAAUUGAUUCCUUGGCUCUUAAUCUGUAUAUACAGUUUUUCAUUCUUUCAAAACCUGUUUUAUCAAUAAGAAUAUAUUUUUAAUUUUAGGAGGUCCUGUUGAGCCAGAACAAGUUGUAAAGAAAUACCUUGAAAAUGUAGAAAAACCAUCUGAUGAGGUAUAGUAUUAUGAAAGAUGUAUAUCGCAAUUACCCGAUUUGCCAUAAAAAGCAGAUUUUGAUUUAUAUACUUAACCUUCUAUUGCAUACAUCCCAGCAUGCUCAAUGUUUAUAGGUUUUGUUCCAUAGAUUUAAUGAAACUUUGGGAACAUAUAUAAUGCAUUUUAGAUACAUUGAUUACCAAAGUACAGGGAUUGGAUUACAGGUAUUACCAAAAGUCAUGCAGACAUUUUUGAGCAAUCCGCACAUACAUUUGGUUUCCAUUUAAAAUAACUACGUAUUUUCUGCAGAAUUGCUCUUUGUUCAUAACUUUUUAUUAUUUUAACAGCUUUCCCUAACUCAUACCUCCCAACAUUUUUUUUUGACAUUCUAUAUUUUUGUUUUUGUUUUUCGGACACAGAUAUGUAACAUACAGAUCUUGUUAUUGCGUUGAACAUAUGCAGAUGAACAUUCGUACAACAGUUAAACAUUUAGUUUUUAGUGUUAAUCAGUGCUAGGUAUAUUCAUUUCUAUUGUGUUGAGAAUAGAGCGUAUUUCCGUGUUGGCUAUCUGUUGUUUGCGUCUGUGUUUGCGAGUAUUUGGGUGUAGUUAUAUUUUUGUUUUUAUUUCUGUAGGUGCGUGUAGGGUGGGAGCUCGGGUGUAGUUUGCCCUGCUGCGUGAGCGACUCUUGUUAGAAUGUCGGUGUCUUCGGUUUGCAUCAUGACCUCUUCUCUAGCUACGUUUUGUAUGAGUUUUGGUUGGUAGUGGACGUAUUUCGGGUCUCGUCUAUAUAGCUUAUUCCCGGGCCGUGCAGUCAGGUGUUAGCGUGCAUCCCUGUUUGGCUUUUUACCCUUUUGUUUUCUUUACCCUGAGAGCUCAGGUGAGCGUUGUAUUCAUUUGCGAUUCUUUUAUGUGCGUUGGGUCGAGUUCUGGGUGUAGGCCGUGUGUGUGAUACUGUCUAUAUAUGUCGUUGUGUCAUCUCUCUAGGGUUGUUUGUGGCUUCGGGUUGGGUUUAUGCUCGAUUAGUGGUAUCUUGGUCCCUAUCUGGUUAGUGUGUCUUCGAGUGUUUCUCCCGUUGUUGGUAGUCAUUUCGUUUUCCCUUGUGGGGUAAUCGCGUCUUACUUCUUGUGUGUUGUCGUGUUUCAUUUCAGGUGUGGAUGGUAGGUGUCUGUUGUGUUGGCUGAAGAUAGGUCAGGGGUCGGCCUGUCUAUAAGGUGCCUAUGUUAGACGGCUCUUCUGAGGCGUCUUGAAGCCCUUUUACCCUGCGUGGAGUGGCUUUGUCUCUAUCGGUGGAUUUCCCCUUGUUUCUACCCUUUCUCGUGUGUGGCUAUGGGAGUCCUAGGUCAGCUAGUCUUUCUACUCCGAUCGUGUAUGCCUUCUCCUCUCUGACUGUCUUUCCUCUCUAUCCGUAGGUGUCUGUUCCGUUAUGGUCUAGUGGUAAUUUUUGUGGAGUGCUUCAGGUGUACGUCUCAGUUGUACGUCUAUAGUCCCUGGGCGGAGAGGGGGGUUAUGGUCAGGUGUGCGGUUCUAUUAGUUGUGGCGUUUAUUGUAGCUGUUCGUAGUCUUGUCGUGGAGCCUACGCCACUGCGGCAGCUACCCCGCUCCCUCCCGUGCCAGCUCGCGUAGCUCUUUCAGACACAUAGUCCUCCCAUGGGAACCAUGUCAGGGCACACUUGUCCGAACGUCCCUGCAGUGAGGCCGUCCUGAUUUCCAGGUUGUAGAUUGUUUCCACUCUGUCUAUCCAUUGUUGAAAGGAGGGAAUUGCUGGGCUUUUCUACAUUGUUGGUAUAAGCGUUUUUGCCGCCGUGAGCAGGUGUAUGGUGAGGCCCUUUUUGUAUUUCUUUGGAGGUAUGUGUGUGUGAUUCAGCAGCAACGGUAGUGGCUGUAGAGGGAUUUCCAUUCCAGUGAUUUCUUUGAUUGUGUGGUGUAUCAUUUGCCAGUAUGGUACAAUGUGGAAACAUGUCCACCAGAUGUGGAGCCCUGUGCCCUCUUCUGUGCCGCAUCUCCAGCAUUCUCCUGGGAUCGAUUUGUGUACGUGCCAUAGUACAUCCGGGGUCCUGUACCAGUGUGUUAGUAUCUUAUAGUUGCACUCUUGGAAUUUAGUGCUUAUAGAUCCUUUGUGUGUCAACUGGAAGAUGUUUCCCCAUUCGAGGUCCGUUAGUUCAACCCCUGUCUCCCUUUCCCAUCUCUCCGUGAAGCCUAGUGGGCUCUUAUCCCCGUUAUUUUGUAUUGUGGUGUAUAGAAGCAAUACACCAUGUGCGAGGUGCUGUCUGGUCGUGCAGAUGUGUUCUAGUUGCAGCAGCGGGCGAUGUAGGUGAUCUUUGCCUUUCACAGCGUUGAUGUACGUUUUUAUUUGGUGGUAACGGAAUACGUCUAGUCUGUUUGGUCUGCAGUCUUGUAGUAGCUCUGCCAAGGUCUUCAGAUUCGGUCCGUUGCACCAUUGGCGUAUGUGUACCCAGUCCGUUGCUCCGAAGUUCCGUAGGUCUGCGGAACUAAGUCCUCCUGCCAGUGUCAGGUUGUUAGUUAUGGGUGUGAGCGGGUUGGGGGACGUCGUGAGUUUCUUGUUGUAUCGCACCCUGCACCAGACCCUCAGAGUGGCAUCUAUCAUUGGAUUCCCUGUGCGCAUGUCUCCAUGUGUAGCUUCACCUAGCCAUAGUAGGGCGGGGAUCUUUCCCUGUGCUUGCUGUAGUUCCAUGUGAAUCCAUUGUUUGGUGCUCGGGUUGGCGUGCCAGUCGACUAGUCGAUGAAGGUGCAUUGCCUGAUAAUACGUGAUAAUGGACGGUAGUCCCGUGCCUCCUUCACUCUGUCCGCUCCAGGGUCGAUCUCCGUAUGCGUGCCGGCUUCUGGCUCCAUACGAACCGUCGGAUGGUAGUCGUUAACGUCUGAAAGAAGUCUCGUGGGAUGGUUAUGGGCAGCGUCUGGAAUAGGUAUAAGAUCCGAGGCAUAACGUUCAUUUUAAUUGCAUUUAUUCGUCCGAACCAUGAGAUGUACUGUGUCGUCCAUCUCUUUAUGUCCUGUUGCAGGGUUACGAGAAGGGGCGUGAAGUUUAUUUGGUAUAUUUGUGCGAUGUUCUUUGGUAGCCAGACGCCCAGAUAGCGUAGUUUGGUUGCGCAUAUUUUGAUUGGGUACUGUGUACGUAUGUGUUGUUGGAGGGCGGUGAUUCGUGUGAGCGGCAACGCCUCCGAUUUAUCCAGGUUGAGUUUCAAGUUGGAUACCUCGUUGUAUUUCUGGAAAGCUUCCAGUAGGUUCGGCGUUGAUUUCCUGGGUUGUUCCAAGAAGAAAAGCAUGUCGUCGGCGUAUGCCGCCACUCGGUGUUCAUUUCCGCCUAUAUGGUGUCCCGUGAUUCCCCCAUCUUGCCGGACCGCUUCAAGGAAGGUUUCAAGGGUGAGGGCGAAUAGAAGGGGAGACAGGGGACAGCCCUGACGCGUCCCAUUGCAUAUGUUAAAUGAAUCCGUUAGUGCUCCAUUGACUCGUAUGCGUGCUGAUGGUGUGGUGUACAGUGCCGCAAGUGCGGCCCAAACCCCAUGUGUCUCAGUGUCUCCGCCAUGAAGGUCGAGUCUACCCGAUCAAAUGCCUUUUCGGUGUCGGUGGACAGUAGCACCAUGUCCCGUUUGGCAGCCGUGGCUGUGUGUAUGAUGUGUGCCCGGAUGGUAUUGUCCCUGGCUUCCCUCUCCGGUAUGAAUCCGACUUGGUCUGGGUGUACCAGAUCUGGGAGUGUGCGUGCAACUCUAAGGGCCAUGGCUUUGGCGAAGAGUUUUAAGUCUGCGUUCAGCAGCGAGAUUGGCCGGUAGCUGGCGCAGUUCGUUGGAUCUUUGCCCUCCUUUGGUAUGAUCGUUACUGUCGCCCUCAGGGUGUCCGUGUGGAAUUGACCUCCGGUUCGUAUGGAGUUGAUACCCGCCAGGAGUCUGGGUAGCAGAAUGUCCUUGAAGUUGUGUAUGUAGGAGACUGAGAAUCCAUCUGGUCCUGGGGCUCUGUGUGGUUUCGAUUGUUUUAGCGCUGCCGCUAGUUCUUCGAUCUCCAGGGGCAGUUCUAGGUCGGCUUCCUGUUCCGGGGUAAGCUUGCGUUUAACAUGGUCCUCUAGGUACGUGGCUAUCCGCUCCUGGUGUUGUCUUGCCGCCGGACCCGUUCGGAGCUGCGCCUGGUCGUAGAGCGUCGUGUAGUAAUCCCGGAACGCUUUUAAAAUACCCUCUGGGAGUCGUGUAACGCCACCUCUGGUCGUGUGGAUUUUGUGGAUGUGUUGCGUUCUCCGUUUCUCCCGGAGCAUCCUUGCGAGCAGUCUGCCACUUUUAACAGAGUGUUCAUAGUAAUACCUGGAUGUUUUCCUUGCGGUAUGGAGUAUGCCUUGGGACAAUAUAUCCCUGAGCUCUCUGCGUUUCUUGGUAAGGUGAAGGAACGUGCUCUCAUCUAACGUGUUCUUGUGAUCCCUUUCUAAUUCUGCUAUUUGUUUCGUCAGGAUAGCGAUGUGCGUCCUCCGGUGUCUUUUGCGGUUGGUACUAGCUGCAAUGAGGUGCCCUCUGAUAACACAUUUAUGUGCAUCCCACAGCGUUAACGGUGGAGUAUCUGGGUUGUCGUUAGUGGUAAAAUAUUCAGUUAAGGCGCUAGUUACCGCGGUAGUGAGCUCUAGGUCAUCUAGCAGGGAUUCAUUCAGUUUCCACUGUCUUUCUAGUGGUUUGUAGAGUGGGGAGCUGGUGCGCACCAGAACUGUCGCGGGGUCAGAAUAGUCCAUCAAGCCUAUGUCUGCAUUAAGCAGUAGGUCUAGAUAUUCCUGGGCCAUGAAUAUGUAAUCUAUACAACUAGUGUGCGUGGACCGCUGAGUAGUGGGUAUAGUCUAGAGUGUCUGGGCGGUACGCCCUCCAGCAGUCCAUGAGCCCCGAUUUGUGUAAGGAUCGUUGCGCGGCACGUAGACAGUGUAUGGGGAUUGCGCUCAGUCUCAUGGGUAUGUUUAGGUCACCGGCCGCCACCAGCAGGCCCUCCCUGAACUUCUCAAGCUUGGCCAGAGUCCGGCUCAAGAAGGUGUGUUGUUUUUUGUUUGGGCCAUACAAGCACGCGAAGGUGUAUACGCGGUCUACGAUUGUCCCCUUAAGGAAGAGAUAUAGUCCGUUGGGGUCUGCUAGGGUUUUCGUGCAUUGGAAUGGUGUCGUGUGGGCAAAAAGGAUCGCCACCCCAGCUUUCUUGGUGUCAGUAUGGUUUGCAUAGAAUCCUAACGGAAAGCAUCGAUUUUUCCAGUCUGGGUGCGUCCCCACCUCUGAGGUGCGUCUCCUGCAGGAACACCGCGGACGCUUUUGCCGUCCACAGCCGUCGGUGCAGGUGUGAGCGCUUUUCUGGCGUAUUGAGUCCCUGGACAUUAUUGGACCAAUAUGUCACCUGCGCUGGGGAAAACCUCUGUCUGGCUACCAUCUCGGGGACGUGGGGCACCCCGUCUGCAGCGGCACUGGCAGAAAAAAAAAAGGGGGGGGUUGUUGUCGUGUCUGUAGGGGUCAAGGAGGGGUGCUGCGGUAUUUCAGUUCUGGUGCAGCUAGUCGUGUGGGUGGUACUAUGGGUGUGACGGCGACCCUGCACCGGGUGCUAUCGUUCCAGGGGUCGUGUGGUGUGCCCGUCCCGCGGAACCCCGGUUGUAAUUACAGUAUGGGUCUGUCUCAGUGAGGUUCAGUGGUGUCACCUUUGGAGGUGGUGUCAUCUGGUCUAGUUUUCAGUUGUCUCCCCGUCUUUCCGUCAGCUCCCAACCUGUCAGAGGCGUUUUUGUUGUCGUUUCGGCAGUGUUAGCUAGUUUGGGGGUGUUUUAUGUGUUCCCGUCCCCCCGGUCUCUAUUGACAUUGUUUGGCUUGGUUGCAAUUCAGCGUUUCGUCAUGUGCUGUUGUGUUCCUCUCAGUUUUCUCCCGUCUCCGGUAUAACCAGUGAUUCACUUAGAUAGCGCCCAUCUCGGUUAGUCUGGUUCUAACUAAACCCGUUUCGUCCUGUUCACCGCCCACUAGUUCUAUGUCAUCCUCCGUUGGCGUAUCCCAUGGGUUCCAGCGUGUUGUGCGCUAAUGUCUCCACUUGUUAUGGCCCAUGUUGAGUUUGGGUCGUUGGUGAGGCUCUAUCGUUAUAGUGUGCCGUCUCAAAUGUGUAGUCAUUUUUUGGUGUGUGUCCGUCUACAGUGGUGUAUCUGGCAUGCGGGCUCUAGUAUGUUAGGUGGGUCUUUUGUUGGGUUGACGGUGUAUGUAGCCCAUGUCUCACCCAGUGGUUCUUUAUCUGCUUGCGUAAUUGCCCGGGGGGUUUCGUGCAGUUUGCAGAGGCUUUUGUUAUGUGGGUGGCCUGUGGUCUAGAUUUGUGCUCCGUGCAAUCUUUUGGCACGGGGUUUGUGCGUGUAGGGGGUAGUCGCCCACGGGAAGGUCUCCUUUUGUGGUGUGUCAGUAACGGGUGUUCGCCGCCUUUUCCGAUUCAGUCUACUUGUUGGCUAUUUUCUACUUCUCUAAUUCUCUUUCAGUACUCCGGUCUAUGUUGUCCCUAGCUUGUGUUCUAGCUGUGCCUGCCUCUUAUGUGUAUUCUACUCCAGAUCCUUCUCUCUAGUUCCCUUCCCUUUUCCCUCAGUGGUAUAUGGUUUCCAGGACUCGGAUCAGUGAAUUUUAACUAUGUACAUGCAGUGUGCUUACAGCGUAUUUGCGCUGUUUGUAGGGGGGUCACUUAUCUAGGGGGUUGUCUUCCCGAGGCUGUCAUCGGUAAACAUUAAAACUAUGUACAGUAUAUGACCUAACUUCUAGGUGGCCCUCAAUUCUAUCGCCCGGACUCCCCUGUGCCCCCGAAACCCAGCGUCACACAGUUCAGGCCGUUGAUGAUGUUGUGUCCCAGACGAUUUUGGUUAUGCUUGGGUAUCUGUUGCAGGCCCUCGUGGUAGCUGCCAGUGUCUUCCCGGACUCCCUCCUACCCCAGUGAGAGCCCAUAUCCUCCCAACCUCAGGGUUCCCCCCUUGUUCUGAGCAAGUGUAAUCGGGCCUUCUGGUGGGACUUUCUACCCCUGGUGCACCCUCUGGUUGAUCCGUCCCUCCCUCCCCACCUAUCUGGAUCCCUUAUAGGCCGCUCAUCGAAGGAUAUUGGGCAGGGUUUAGGGAGAGUACAUACCCCAGUCCAGGCCGUCUACCAAGCGGGUCUGGUCCGGUUCGGUGUACGUGCCUGGCAAGCUGAGGGGAGGUACAUUACUCAGCCUACUCCUCGGGGAUCUCUGGGCCUCCUGUGCGAUGUUGUGGAACCGGAUCCGCCCGGAGAUUGUGUGCCACCUCCGUUGGUCCUGUUGCCCGGGAUCUAAUUCGGGAUCUGCACUACAGGUAAGUUGGCUGCGUUCAGGAAACGGGGUACGUCGCUUGGCCACCGGAUAGUGUGCCACAUGUUGCCCGUUCUCGCUUGGAGGCUAAAUGGGAACCCCCACUUGUAGGGAAUCCUCUUCUCCUGCAGCAUCCGAAUUAGCGGCAUCAGGGCCGGGCGUGCGUCUAAGGUGAUAGUGGACAGGUCUUGGUAGAGGGAGACCUGGGAAUCCAUAUAGGAAAUCCGUUGCUGCGUCCUCGCCGCUUGCAUCAUGGUUUCUUUAAGUUGAAACGAUUCUAGGGAGCAGAUGACCUCUCCUGGUAAGCCGUCUUUUCUAGGAGCCCGCAGGGCCCGGUGUGCUCUCUCUAUGCCAAAGUCGUUGGGGGCUGUGUCCCCUAGGAGGUGCAUGAACGGAUUCUAAUGUUCUUCCUGCGGCCUCUAUUAUCGAGGUCCUCGACCUGUCGGCGCAGGUCUAGAAGCAUAUUUCCUUGCCUCCCAGUCGCCAGUUCCGCUGCUUGCCGGUAUUGGGCGUUCUAUAGACAUGCUUCUUCCAAGUCAUCCACGCGGUGUUCCAGUGCUGUGAGGUCCCUGCGGACUGCAGUGAUUUCCUCCCUGAUAGCUGCUCUCAAUUCCGCGACGAUUUCCACUUUGUCCUUGCGGGUGAGCAUGUUUGCCGUUAUUUUCGUUAGAUCAGCCGAUAUUUGGGCUAGCGUGGAGGUCUGGCUUGAGGGUGCAGUAUUGGCGCUUGGUGAUGACGGCGUCGUCGUCAGUGCCACAAAGGCCUUGCGGUGUUGUGAGGAAUUCGUCCAUCGGGCCGGGAUUCUGCCUAGCCGGGGUUGCACCGGAGGUACCAGCCGUACCCAUUCGUUUAGAUUUCCCCAUUUUUAGGUUAAAUGAUCGCUAUGUACUGGGGUUUAACAGGUUGGGGCUUAGGAGCUCAGGUCGAGUACGUCUCACUCCAUCUGCAUUCAGGCCGCGCCUCCCUCCUCCCAACAUUUUAAACCAACAAAGAGGGAUGCUUUAGGUGAGUGUGCCAAGGGGACGACUGUUAUGAGAAAUUAUUAGGUGACUUACUAAUAACAAUUUAUGGAAUUAAAAUGUCAUUUAUUUACACAGACUGAUUUCUUAACACAUUUAUUGUAGUUUAAAAAGGGACACUAGUCGCCCCCCCCCCUGGACACAUACAUGCAUACAUACAUACACACACACGCCCGCGCACAUGCAGACACACACACACACAUUCAAAAUGUUUCCUACCUUUGUGACUUUCCCUGGGGUCCAGUGGGGGCUCAGCCCACUCUGACUCCUUCCUCCCGCGCGGGCUCUCUGUAUGCUGGGUGGAGUGUCAUUUCCUCCCAGCUUGUGAUGUAAUCACAGGGGGCCCAGUCGCACUGUUAAAGCGCCCCCUGAUAAUUCAUAUCCAUCGGGUGGCCCUGACAAUAUUGGCCACCCGAAGGACCCCUUAACAUGCGGCUCCAAAACGUGGCAGCUGGUGCCUUGUCGUGGGGGUCCGCAGGGCGGCCGGGCCCGGUUGCAGCUGCGACCGUGGUAUGUACGCCGCUAGCUAGGGCUAAAUUAACAAACAAAUUGAUUGCAUAAAAAAUGGCAGAUGUGAGCAGUGAGACUUCAGAUAUAUACACAAAAACUGCUUGAUUAAACUAAAGUUGUUUUGGUAACCAUAGUGUCCCUUCAAAGACACAAUACUGUGAGUAUUAUUGCUGUGAAGCACUGCUAUGCACAUGCCAACAAAAUGGAGCUCCCAGAAAAAGGAAUAUUAGGAUAAAAAGAGACAGAGGGAUUUGGGCCCAAAUUAGGGACUGAACCUCCUAAACAGGGACACUUGGGAGGUAUGCUAAAAAGGAUAGUUACUAAAUAUCUAUAGGGUUAUUCACCAAAAUGAUAAUUCCAAGUCAAUUUGAAACUGAAAGCCAGAGUAGCUAGACUGAAUGCAUAGCUAAUCUAGAGAAUGUUAACCUUUAAAUUACAAAUUAAAUUGGAAUUUUUAUUUUAGUAAAAAAGGUAUAGUUUAGCACAUGUGCUGACCAUCCACUGUGUGUUUUAUUUUUAUUUUAUUUAUUUUUUUACCAUUUCUCAUAGAAAGAAUUGCACUAAAUUUCAUGCAUAAAAUAGUUUACUGGAAACCAUAAUCUGUUGAUUUUAAACGGUGCAGGAGUAAAGUUCAAUAAUCCCUUUUAAAUAUCCAUAUGUAUAAUUCUUUCAUUGCUACGUUUAAUAAAAAUAAUGAAACUUUAAAGUGCUUCCCAAUUUAUUUAAGGGAUUGUUGACAAACCAAAUUGUCAUUAUUUGUCAAAACAACUGCCAAUCGUUUAUCUUGGCUACAUUGAUCUACAAUUCAGCAGUUACAAGAUCUUUUAUGAAUUAAAAUUUUAACUGCUGAAUAUUAUGGUUUGAGAGAAAAUUAUGGUAUAUACCUUGUAACCCCUACAAUCAGUGGUAGUGGUUAUGAUGUGCACUAUCUUGAAUUGGUGUCACUUUAAAAAGCAUAAUAAAAGUCAAUUUAUACACUGUAGUAGAAUUGCUGGCAGAAACUAUUUUUGACUUAGUUGGGACUUACUGGCAUGGUGAUGGCAAAGCAGCAAAGAAAAUAUACAGUCUACAAGCACUUUAAACUUCUUUUUUUAAUAGAAGGUUAAAGGACCACUAUAGUGCCAGGAAAACAAACUUGUUUUCCUGGCACUAUAGUGCCCUGAGGGUGCCCGCCAGGCUCUAGGGGGAGGAAGGGGUUAAAUUUACCUCUUUCUCCAGCUCCUCCUCCCUAGCGACGUCAUCGGCUGAAUGCGCAUACGCGGCAGGAGCCGCGCGCGCAUUCAGCCAGUCCAUAGGAAAGCAUUCUCAAUGCUUUCCUAUGGACGCAUAAAAUCACAGUGAGAAGCGCGGAAGCGCCUCUAGCGGCUGUCAAUGAGACAGCCACUAGAGGCUGGAUUAACCCUAUUAUAAACAUAGCAGUUUCUCUGUUUGUAGAAAAAAGGGUUAAACCUAACUGGACCUGGCACCCAGACCACUUCAUUAAGCUGAAGUGGUCUGGGUGCCUAUAGUGGUCCUUUAAGGGUCCAAAAUAAGGUCCAAUUUCAUAGCAAAUAAAGCUGUAGCUUUCUGAAAUGUAUAUUUUCCAAUUGAUGAAGAAAUUUGUUAAAACAAGGGUAAUUUGUACUAGCUUAAUGAUUCGGAUUUUUCUUUUCAAGGACUGCAUCAUCUGCAUGGAAACUCUGAACUCUCAAUCAGGCUAUGCUGAUUCUUCAGAAAGCAAAACCAUCAAGCCUGCGGCAGUGGGAAAAUUAAAGAAUUGUGGUCAUGUGUUCCACCAGCUAUGCAUGCUGGCUAUGUAUAACAAUGGAAACAAGGUGCGUAUUCACUCACUCGAACAUUGCUUCCUUAGAAUACUGAUGAAAUCUGAGGUCUUGUGAGAGGAACUAGGGGGCAAGAGCUUUAGUUUGUUUAAAUGAACAAUGCUGCUUCUUCCCACCCCUCCCCUUCCCUCCCUCCUUCCUCAUUUAUGGAACAAUGAAUUGUGGUGCUAAGUGUUUGUUUAUUCCCAGAAAUGUGUGCUGUAGUCUGCCUUACUUGUUUACAUGUUGCAGGUGUGGUUAGUCUUGCCUUGGUUAAUUGAAAGAGUCAGACUCUAUAGAAGUUGCAGAAAUAUUGUAAAUACUCUUGUCUUCAGAAUAGCCAUGUUUAUUUGCUGAAACAGGUAAGGGUCUGAAAGAAAUUCUCUAGCAGAUUUCAUGAACAUUUUUUAUUUUUUAUUUAAAAGAAUAUUACAGUGUGUGUGUGUAUAUGUAUAUGUGUGUAUAUAUAUAUAUAUAUAUAUAUAUAUAUAUAUAUAUAUAUAUAUAUAUAUAUAUAUAUAUAUAUAUAUAUAUAUAUAUAUUAUGUGCAAUGCUUAAGUGUUCUGCCCAAUGACCCCCCUCAUUAAAUAAAGGGUUACGUUACCAUUGAUCCAGGGCAAAAGGGUCUCUUGCUACAGCUCCCCUCUACCUGCUGGGGGAUCAUCAGUACUGAUAAUUUUCCUGCCAAUGGAAUACUUCUCAUAUAAUCACAGCACUGAGCCUGCACUGGUUCUCAAAGAUAAACAUUGAAACCAAUGCUUCUCAACAAGAAGGAAGCUUAAACGUCUGCUUUUUGCUGGGCCACAAAACAAUCAAGAACUUUGAGGGUGCAGCCAUGUCACAUUCUAAAACUGCCAUUAAGUGUGACAUAGGGGACACUGUUAACCUCUAGAGCACUGAAGUGCUUAGCGGUGUGGAGUGUUUCUUUAAUUGGAAAUGUUACAACUAAAAAUAACAAUAGUGAAUAAACACAAAAUAUAAAUAUAUAUAUAGGUUAGACAUAAACAAAUAUUUUAGUGGGGAAAAUGAUAUGCAUUUGUUGUAACACUUCUCUUCUUGCAAGAUCUCUGAUAUUUGUUGAAUUGUGUCAUAAUAAAAGUGUGAAAUGAAAGAGCAGCCUAUUGGCUGGUGAGGAGGAGGUCUCUUAAAGGACCACUAUAGGCACCCAGACCACUUCAGCUUAAUGAAGUGGUCUGGGUGCCAGGUCCAUAUAGGAUUAACCCUUUCUGCUGUAAACAUAGCAGUUUCAGAGAAACUGCUAUGUUUCCCUAUGAGUUAAUCCAGCCUCUAGUGGCUGUCUCAUUGACAGCCGCUAGAGGCGCUUCCGCGCUUCUCACUGUGGUUUUCACAGUGAGAAGACGCCAGCGUCCAUAGGAAAGCAUUGUUAUUUAUUAUAGUGUGUAUCUAUUUGCAGAUCUUGUUACAUAAGCUCAUACUUUCUUCUCAAUUUUUUUUUCUCUUUAUCAGACAUAAUUUUCAGUAUAAUACCCUUGACGUUUUGUUUUUUGUCUUGUCAUAUGUUUCAUGUGAGUUGAUUUUGUUUUAAACACAUCUGUAGGAUGGCAGCUUGCAAUGUCCUGCAUGUAAGGCCAUCUAUGGUGAGAAGACUGGAACACAACCAAAAGGCAAAAUGGAGAUUUUCCUAAUACCUCAAUCUCUGCCUGGCCAUCAAGACUGUGGAACUAUCCAUAUUGUGUACUCAAUUACCCCAGGAACACAGGUACAGUUUGUCUUUAUUUUGGGAUGAAAUUAACAAUUCUCCUACUAGAUUACCAAUAGAUUUUUAUAAAAUAUUGUUGUCUAAGACUCCACUCCAGCACAUUGGACUUUAAAUGACAUGAUGACUAAUAGGAUAAAGUACUGACUCUUGGCUUUAAUCUAGGGCUAUUUUACAUCAAUAAAGAGAGAAACAUAUGUAUAUGCUGUGAAAACAACUAAUGGGUUUUCAGACCCAGAAAGGGGAAUUUACUUUAUUUUCCUAUGUGAGUCACCUAACAUGAAUCCAUUUGUAACUGGCAUAUGUUUCAUUUGCCAAAGACAAAACAGAAAGAAAAAUCCCCCAAAACAAACAUCAGCUGAAGAUGACUGAAUUACAAGCAUGGUAGAAAUUCACUGGAGAGAUAAUCUAAUGUCUGGUUAAGUUAUGUUAAAUGCAAAGCAUUUUGUAUCUAAGUACUGGAUAUGACAAUUUUCUUUCUUGUUUACCAAACUAAGGCAUUAUGGAUAUAAAGGCUUAUUAUUCAAAUAUGCUUCAUGGUUUCUGAUCUCAAAUUAAAGCUUAUAUUAUACUCUAUGAUUUAUCCCCUAGUUAAUAUUUCAAUUGUAUUUUGCUGGGUUCCAAAGCUUACACAGCAAUGUUUGUGCUGCUAUCCAGUUACCUAUCAACUGCACUAUCUUUUUAUGUGUCUGUGUACAUUAAGUAAUGUGUUUUCUUGUAAGCACAGCAUUUAUUGGUACUGUAUGUACAAAUGAUAAGAAAAUACUGACAUGUAUUAAACAUUGAAUUCAACUAUAUGAUAAACAAAACAAACAGCUUAUGGUUUAAUGUAGCACCAAAGUUGAGGCACUUUAAGAACCAUAACCAUUACAGGUCACCGUACUGGUUGCUGUGCAUAAUCAAUAAUGUUAGAGUGCUGAACUUUUAGUUUUUGUAAAACAAUUUUUGAGCAUGUGGCUCUUUUAGGACUGAAAGUCUUGCACCUUUGCUCCAGCUUGGCUAAUGCAAAAGUUAUCUGUAUAAUAAUGACUUCACUAAUAAGCUGAAAGUGCUGUGUUAUCCCACCCACACAGCCUAUUAUUGAUGUUUAAGGUUGGCCAGAUAAUGGUACAAGUCAAGGCUUUAGGUCAAAGCUGGUGAAAGAGCCCUGGAUUUUGUCAAAACACUUGCAAAAAAUUUGAAGAAGAAAAAAAAAUAGAGGGAACGUACCUUUAAAUAUCUCAUCGAUAUAGUGUACGCAUAACAGCAUAAUGUGUGGGUGUGCGAUACUUAACUAUGAUUUCUUUUUUUUGAAUUUUUUUUUAAUAAUUAAAGAAUAAUAUAUUAUAGAGCCAUAUCCACAGAAAUAAACACAGUUGUACACUAAACUGAUUUACAUUGUGGUGCAAGUUAAACUCAUGUAUGGUAUAAAUAUAUCAGUAUGUGAAAUGGUUGUUCUGUAUUUAAUUACUCUAGAUGCCGUGCACAAAUUAGUACAUUUGGAGCUAUAUUGAUAAUCAUGCCAUUGGUUUUCAUGGCAGUAGAUUCACUUUCAGCAUACCAACUAUGAUUUGCUCUCUGUUUGUGGCCCGUGGCCUAAAUUGUGCAUUAACGUGUGCUCAACAUAUAAUGGUAUUAAUGAUGCUUCCAUGUAUUUAUUUACAUAUUUAACUAUGUUAACCUUUACUUGCUGUUUCGGCAGGGUCCUGAACACCCAAAUCCAGGAAAACCUUACUCUGCUAGAGGCUUUCCCCGGCACUGUUAUCUUCCAGACAGCAGCAAAGGAAGAUUGGUAAAUAUAUUAUGCUUGGCAAUCAAGGAUACAGCAUUUCCAGAGCUAAAUCUGUAGACCCCUUUUUCACUCUGAUAUUUGCAUUGUUACCUAUGUAUGCCGUAAUCUCUGUACAUCACAUUACUUGCCUCUUGACUGUACUAGUCAAGUCCUGAUAUUGCUCACCGUUUUAAUUUAUUUUAACAAACAUGUUAGAAUGACAAAGGGCAGCAUAAGUAUUGAAUCUCUUGAGUUCGUUUUAUUAUUUUUAAAAGCAAAUAAACUUAAGAUCUAAUUUCUAAGCCUUAUCUUUCCACAAAAGCACAUUCCCAGAAUACACCCUAUAUAAUAUGCAAAGCUCUGUGAAACUUCUCAAUAAGCAAAAUUCCAACAACACAAUGGUUGUCUAAGAAAGAUUUCAGGGUGUAGAAACAGGAUCUGAAGAAACCACGUGGUUUGUAAUCUACUGGUAACAUAAUCCACAAAGAGGGUUUCUUUCCAGAUUCCACUAAACUUGCAAUACACAGGUGUGCCCACGCACAAAGCUAUACAUAGUGUGCACAUAGAACAUGCAAAUAGCAAGGCUAAGGACUUAAAGUCCUAUGCUACUAGCCUGGCCUAAAAUUUAAUCGCCCCCUGCAAGUCGGAGACACUAGCCUGGAGUGAAUCUCUACUGACUGGGGCUAAAUAUUCAUCUCUCAGUGGCUAGUGGAGAGCUUUGAGUCCUGCAAAUAAUGUGUGUGUGUGUUCAUAGAUGCAUCACUUGCUCAGUAUCUAUGCAUAUAAUUGGGAGACAUAAUAUCAGCAUACUUAUGUUGUGGAGGUAAGCAGUACGGUGUCCUUCACCCUUUAAAGGGAUACAAUAGUGCCAAGAAUAUAAAGCUGUAUUCCUGGCACUGUAGCUCCCUCUGCUUCCUCCCUCCCUCGCACCACCCCGCAUGGGUGAAUUAAGGGUUAAAAAACCCUUUAUUUGCUCACCUUUUUACAGCGCCAAAGUCCCUCAGUGCUGGGUCAAUGCUUUUCUAUGGUAGACAGCCACUGAGAGUUUCUCUGGAACUGCAAUGUUUAACAUUGCAGCACUAAGUGCAAAAGGGUCAUUGCAUCCAGACCACUUCAAUGAGCUGAAGUGGUCUUGCUGCACACAGUGUCCCUUUAAAUGCAUAAAGUUUUACAAUGUAGACUUGCUACUCAGGAAUAUAUAUUGCAUAUAUCAUUAAUCACACACCAGUUAUUGGCUAUACUGGCAACAGAAGACAGCUACACACAUCGCAUGAUUCAUUGUUUGGCACUGAAAUGUUUAUACAUGGAUAUUAUUUCGUAAUGUCUGCAUGUCAAUGGAGGCCUCCGUUUUGGUUUUUUUUUUAGGGCUGUUCUUAAGGUUCAUAAAGUCACAGAUUAUAAUUGCCUUUAUUGUAAGUUUCGAUGUGCUAUGUUUGAAUUCUGUGCAGUUUUGGGAAAGCUGUUUUCAAGUGGUUUGACAGAAACGGGCAUUCCCUGACCAUAGCUGGAUUACUCAUUAGGUGGCCUUUUAAGGCCUAGGUUUGAGGGAGCAUUGUGAUGUGUACCAAUGUCAGGUGCAGAUCACUUUCAGAGCUCCCCUACGGUCCAAUGACACUUCUCAAUGACUCAACGCGCUGCAGCCAGCGCACGGAGUCAUUAACAGACUGCUGGACCAAUAUUGAUGCAGAUCACAGCUCUCCCUUACUGGACCACAAACGAAAGGUAAGCAGGAGGAGGAAAACACCCUCAGAUGCUACACACUCAAAACUCAGCUCUCAAACAACCCCAAAUACAGCACUCAGCCUCCACCACACACAGCACUCAUACUACACGCAGGCUCCCUCACACACACAAACACUUACGGAGCAGAGCCCAGGGCACCUUAAAGGUGCCAUUAAUCUGGCAUCCAACCUAGGGUUCUGGGCAGCCUUUAAUAAGGCUCUGUUCCCGACACCCUUCUGUUUGAGAUGUCUUAAUGAACAAGGUUAAAUUAUUUGUAAGAUUUGCUAAACUUCUGCUUCCCAUUCUUUGUCAAAUUACCAUUAAAUUUUCUGCACCACUAAAUUGAGAGAUUCAAGGUUUCUCCAUUUUGGCUUUAUUUUUGUUAAAUCAUGACACAGUGUAAUAGGUCAUGUGUUGUUCAUCUGAGGUUGUAUUUACUUAAUGUUAAGACCUGCUGAGGAACAGAUGAUUGUUAGAAUGUCUUGAUAUUUAAAACCAUAGAAUUCAAAGAGAAUGUACAUUAUUUUUCUCAAGACUGUAUAUAAUAUUAAACUUGCUUUUCUGUACUUUCUUUUCUUGUACUAGCUUGAUGUUUUUAGAUGAAGCGGUCAUAACACAAGCAAGAUUAAAUCAUGAGUUAAAUGGUUACUCUAAGCACCAUGACCACCUCUCUUAUUUGCAGUAAUCAUAGUGCUUGGAGUAGAUUUAAAAACGCUGCACAUACAGAGUUAAAGCACAUGGCAGCCAGAGGGUUAACCCCACCUCCACCAAUGUCAUUGGCCAGCCCGGAACAAGAGUUCUAGGCUGGCUUACAUGAAUUCUGCACAUAUUUGUAAUGUGACGGCACCAUGCAUAUCAUUCUGACAACAGGCGUCCAAUGACUGCACUCCCUUCCAUGCCACCCAAUUUUCCCUUUGCCAGUCUUUCUUACAUCCCUCCCCCCUCAAGUGAGGGAGGUGACAUCACAGGAGGAAGAUUGUGCUGAGGAAAAACUUGACCUCUGCACAGGAUAGAAAGGCAAGUUUAUUCUGACUUUAUUUUAAUGGGUGGACAUGCAAGCAGGGGUUACUCAAUCAAAAAACAAUGUUUCAUUAAAACACUGUUUCUGGUUGGAGUAACCUUUUAAAUUUAGUUCAGUUUGUUUGUUAUCCAGCUACAUCUUUUGUUGAUCUCAAAUCAACAUACUCUACAAUAGCUGCAUAACACUGAUAGUGCACCAUUACAGCUUUUCAACUUGGUUUUAUGAGACCUAUAGAGGCGUUUAUGUGAAAUAGCUGGUGACCCCAUUGUAGGGAAAUAAUCUUAUUUACUGAAACAAACUGUUAAUCCUCUGUUUCUAAUUAUAGCUUAGUGGCAGUUUGAGUCACUGACUGUUGUAUUCAACUCACUCUGCUUCAAAAACAAAAAGUCUACUUGCAUAUGCACACUACAGUGCAAAGAUUUAGGCAAAUGUGAAAAAGUGCUAUAAAGCGAGAAUGCUUUAAAAUAUAGAAAUGUUAUUUGUUGAUUUUUAUCAAUUAAUAAAAUGCAGAGUUAGUUAACAGAACAGCAUUCUAAAACAAAUCAAAAUUUGUUGCCACCACCCUUUGCCUUCAAAACAUCAUUAAUAAUUCUAGGUACAACAAUCACAUAUUUCUCUAAGGGACUUAGCAGGUAGGUUGCUACAAACAUCUUGGAGAACUAACCACAGUUCCUCUGUGGAUUUGUGCUUGGGUGCCUCUUUCUUUUCAUGUAAUCCCAGACAGGCUUGAUGAUGUUGAGAUCAGGGCUCAUUGGGGGCCAUAUCACUAGGACUAUCUCUAGGGUAUCUUCCUGUUCUUCUCAGCAUAGAGGAGACCAUUUAUUCUAAAUAAAUUCCCAACUUCACUGUUGACACUCAUUCUAGUACUGCUCUCCAGUCUUUCUGCAUGCUUUUAAUGUAAACAUGAGAGAGAGCGCGCACGCAGAGGACUCCAAGUCUGAGGGUUCUGCACAAUAUCUUGGCUAUUCCUAGAACUGCACCCUUCUGGAAAGUGAUCUCGGUUGUCCCACCUUGGAUCUGCAGAAGGCAUUCCUUCAACGUGUGGGUCACAACCCUGAGUUUUCCUAUCUUAACUGGGACUAGUACUCCCUCCACUUUCUAGCUCCUCUUUCAAUCCUUAUUUGUUCACCUUCUCGUGUUCCUUCUUCCUGAUGUAAUAAUCACUGUUUACGGCCACAUCCACCACCAUUACAAUCUUCUGUUCCUUAUCUACCAUCACGAUGUCAGGUUGGUUGGGCACUACUUGCUUUUCUGUAUGGAUCUGAAAUUCCAAGAGGAUCUUAACCCUGUCAUUCUCAACUAUCCUGUUUGGUAUCUCCCAUCUGGACUUAGGCAUGCCCAGCCCGUAUCCUGUGCAAAUAUUUAGGCACACAUUCCCAGCAACCUGGUUGUGCCUCUCAGUGUAUGCUGUUCCUGCUAACAUCUUGCACCUUGCUACUAUGUACGGGAUUGUCUCAGAGGUAUCUUUGCACAUUGGGUUUUGUUUGGUGUGAUAGACACCAGCUUAUUUUGAUCUGUUGCUGAGUGCCUGUUCUGUGCUGGUAGGAUUUCUUAAUGUGAGCAACAUCCACUAUUUGCUGGUGUUACACAUCAUGGAGCGGUUUAUCUUGCCAUGGAACCUCCUUUUCUGCAUCCUCUAUCUGUUGUGUCAAGGCUUUCAUUAGCAGUUCAUCUUUGGUAAGCUAACUUCGUAAUGUACUUGUGGAUGUUCUAUGUUUUAUCCAGGACUGUGGUUUUGACACUUAUCAGGCCCUGACCUCUUUUCUCCCACCUGCUGUGCAGUCUCGAUUUUGAGUCGAAUCCUCCUUUAAUAGUGAGUAGAUUUUGGGUCUUGACAUCUUCGGUGACCGGCUCUUUUCUUACCCAGGUUAUCUUGCCUGGGUAUGUGAUGACUGGUAGGGUAUAUGGUUUGGAGGUUUUGAUCUUGUUCUUGCCACUGAGUUGGGACUUCAGGACCUGUCUGACUCUCUGCAGGUUCUUCAAUGUUGCAAUCUUCUUCAUGGAUGCCUUAUGUUUGUGGUACCCCCAGGUUCUUGUAGUUGUUCUCUGCAUCUCAUAUGUGACCUUCUGGUACUUGGACGCCUUCUGUCCUGAUCAUCUUCCAACUUUUUGCUAUCAUCCACUGUCAUGCCAAAAGCAUGAGUUGGUGUUUGAUGUGUGUUGAUAUAUGUUGAGUUGUUUUUUUUUUUUUUUGUAAACCUUGUGAUGACAUUUAUUUUGGUCUUUGAUCUUGCACCAGGCCUAGACCAUAAAACAUCCAGAUAGCCAACACCAGAGCUGGACACAAGAAAUUGCAUAGAGUGGGCAAUAAACUGCCAGACCAAUCCCCUCUGUCAUAUUGAUCAGUAUUGCUUGUGAGGAGGUGAGAAAUACUCUUGAAAGCUUGUCUUUUAAAGCGGCACUGUCAUGCCGAACUUACCUUUCAUCAAUCUCUUCCCCCUCUCUCAGGAUCUGUUCUUCUUUUCUUCCUGUCUUCUUUAGUUUUCUCUAAAAUCAUAAGACAAAGUAGGGACUCUUUGCCUUAUGGAGGAUUCCUCCGCUUGACCAGCUCUGACCAGCGGAGGAGCAAAGUGUGCUUCAUUUCCGCUGAUCAGAGCAAUUUUCCCAUGAUCCUUACCUUUCCUCUGUGUUCCCGUGAUGCUUCCUGUCACUUUACACGAAACUGCCGAAUUGCGUUCUAACUGAAUGAGAACAGUAUGUUAGUUUCUUUUAGAACGCAAUUCGGCAUUUUGUUCGGAUCGCAAUUUCAUUCGAAUGAAUGAAACUCCGAUCCUAUUCUUGCUGUGGCUGCACCUUACAGCCGCUUAGUAGAUAACUCCCUAAUUCCCACGGUAUCAGGGAGCUAUCUACUAAAAGGCUGAAAGACCUAAAUUGGUCUUUCAGCCAACUUUACUAAUACUAAGUAAGGGCCCCCACCCACCGCCCAGGGGUGGGGGCCGGAGGGGUGUGGACAGUAGGUCCCCCCCUCAUUAUCAUUAUGGCCCCCUCCCGCCGUGCGGGGGGGGGGCCAGGGGGUGGGGAGGACAUUAGGUCCCCCCUCCCCCCCUCAUUAUCAUUAUGGCCCCCACCCGCCGCCCAGGGGUGGGGGCCGGGGUGGGGGGGACAAUAGGUCUCCCCCCUGAUUUUAUUUUAGGGCCCCCACCCGUCGUGUAGGGGUGGGGGCCAAUAGUUUAUUUUUAGUUUUUUUAACAGUGAGCAGCCACAGGCUGCUCACUGUUUACCAGACAUGCCCCUACUCGCGGUAUAGCGAGUAGGGGCAUUGGGGGGAUUUUAACCCCCAUAUUGACCCCCAUAGAGUGAGGGGGGGCCUGGGGGGCUUAUGAAGUGGUGGGGAGCACUGCUCCCUGCCGCUUCUAUCUUUACAUAUUACAAGGAGGGAGCUGCGUGCCGGUAGCUCCCUCCUUAUAAUAAACUGAACAAACAAACACUGAUACUCAGUGUUAGUUUGUUCGGCUGACAUUUCUAUUCAUUCAUUCUUCUGUCUGAUGGAUGAAUGAAUAGAUGAAAUUCCCGUUCGCAUGUCCAGGUGUUUCACUGGGCAUGUGCGGGAAUCUCAGUCUGUCUAGUGUGGGCUGAUGACGUGUCCCACAGGGACUUCAUCUACCCACACAAAGAUGGUGGCGCCCUGAAUAUAGAUCGGGGCAGAAAAUAAGGAUUAAAAAAUAGGUAAUGUGGGGGGCUUAGGGGCAUUUGGGGGUGACUAGGGUGUCAGAUGUAGUGGAGGCAGGAGGGGGGUUAAAAAAAAACCCAUGAUUCGGCAUGACAGUGCUGCUUUAAGUAUUAUAUUGGUCCAAUAAAAAGCUAUCGUUGCAUACUAUUUACAUAAAUGCUGUAAAAUAAAACUUAAUUAAAUAUUUACAAACCUAUUAGAGUAGCAAACAGGUCACUGUGAUGAGACAAUGCAACUCCAAUCUAAUUUAAAACCUGAAAAAGAUAAAUGUACAUCUCUUGGUUUCACAGGUGUCAUUAAAGUGACCGUAUUUAUUUUCUUUCUCUUCCUAGGUUCUAGAGCUCCUAAAAUUGGCAUGGGCAAGACGAUUAAUUUUCACGAUUGGGGUAUCCAGCACGACUGGUGAAUCUGACACUGUGGUGUGGAAUGAAAUCCAUCACAAGACUGAAAUGAACUCUAACAUAACAGGACAUGGCUUUCCUGACCCUAACUACCUGGACAAUGUAAUUGCAGAGCUUGCAGCUCAAGGAGUCACAGAAGAAGGCCUAAAUGCAUAAAUGACUAUCCAGGUGGAUGACUUCUGCAGUUUUGAGGCAGGAGCAUUCAUUUCGUUAUAAAAUGCCUUAAAGUUUGGUUUAAGUUUAUACUUUUUUUUGUAAUGCAAUAUUGUCUUAAGGAGAUUCACUGAGAAGCUAGGGAUAUCUGUCUUGCUUUGAAUACAAGCUGGCAUGCUGGUUCAUACUACCACCCCUGCAGGGCGGGGAGUGGUCAUAUAAAUACUCCCAUCAGUUUGAUUUCUGUACAUGUCUAAUACAGUACAACAUGCACUUUGCUAGGGGAAACUAACAUAUAUUUCUUUACCAUUAGAAAGGAACUGUCACUUUUUUUUUAGCUAAUCAACAGUCCUUAAUGUGGUGAGUAGAAAUAGAAUGAAAGGUUUACUGGAGUGAGAUAUGCAGUAGAGGUAACAUCCGCUGCCUGCCGACUUUCGGUGGUGGCCAUUCUCUCCCGAUUCUCUGAUGUGCAUGCACAUAAGUGUGCAUCUGUAAUUUGCAUCGGUUGUUGUGUUGUGCCAAAAUGUUUGAAACAAAAAUGGGUUUGUUUGGAGGGGAAAAUAAAGCACAGUGAAUAGCAUUGUUUGUUAUUGGAAUCCAAAGUUUUCAUUCAAAUUAAAUUAAACAAAUCGUGAAUACGAUGGCAAACCAGAAGGCAUGUUUCAUUGCUGGUUUUUAGUUUCUUCUACUAUAUCUGGGUACGUUGAUGACACUUGGCACAGAAUAUAAAAGAUAUAUUUACGAUAUAUAUGUGUGUGUAUAUAUCUCAAGAUGUUCUCUAGAUCUUAUUAUGCGGUUUUACCAGUUAAUAUAAAAAACUGACAUUUCUGCUAUAUCUUUUGUUUAAUAUAUUAAUUUGUUAAAACAUUUGAAGAGACAUGCAUAUUGUAUCUUAGUAUGAUUCCCCUCCCAUUUAACCCCACCUCUUACUGUUUUCAUGCCUUAUUGUAUAAAUUACCUUAAAGGAGCACUCACAUAUGUUAGGUGCAAUAUGUAGGUUAGAUUAUAUCUUGCUUUGCUGAUGUUUCAUUUGGUUUUAUUUUUUUGGGGAAAAAAAAAACAUUUUGUGACAUAGUAACUUUUUCAGACUCGCUAUACAUUUUCUCUUUUUAUCUCCGUUAAUACUGCUGUACAGUAUGGUUUCAAGGAGUAGUCCGUAGGCUGAUGAUUUCCUUUAGUAGUAAGAUGACAAUUGAAGUACAACUUCUAGGAACCCAUGAUGUGCCCAUAAUGCACUGUAUAUGUGCAGUAAUGCUAUAACUAGUGAGUAUCGUGAUUAGUUGAUCCUUGGCAGAUGCUGCAAAGUAUUUGGAUUUUCAGAAACCUCAAAUGUUUCCACUUUUUCAUCAAUAUUCCUAUUUUAUUGUUUUAGCAAUUUUUUAAAAAAUGCGCCUUCUAUUUAAUGUACAAAAAAAGAAUGAGUCAACAAAGUCAACUAAGCCUGGAGUGUCUUUUGAAUAUAUCAUCCAGUGGCACAGGGCUAUGCAAUACUGGGCUUUAACUUCAGGGCUAUUUCUUGUGAGACUUGAAAUUAAUUGCUAGACUUUCAAAAAGUAUGCAUUCAUCCUCCUAGAUGUCUGUUCUAAUUUACAUGCACUGCAGGAAAAUUCAAAAACUGCAAACUUGUGCUCAAAAAAUGCCAUUCCUAUAGCAAAUUAUUUAAGCCCUAUAGAAGUGUUAACAUUAUUUCUCACAAGUUGGAUGGAUGAAAUGGGGAAACAUAUAGAUGCCAUACUUUUGUUUUCCUUCUAUUAUUUUGCCUGCAACUUUUUUUUUUUCUAUAACAUUUUAAAUAUCUUAGAUAUUCUGAAUAUAUGAAGCAUUAAAAUGUAUGAGACAUUAAUAUUAUCUAUAUAUUCAAAGAUUGAAAAGAAAAUGCUGACGUGUGUGUGAAUAGGUUAAUGUGCCAUACUGUGUUUCUGGCACUAUAUAAUGCAUCCUCUUUUUGUACAGUAAUAUUUUUAACAUAUGAUUGUGCCUUUUACAAUGAGAACAGUGUCUUCUUAUUGAAUGCUUAAAAUGAAUAUUUUGGUUUUCUUUAUUGUGUAUUACCACACUGGUGUUACUAGCUCUUACUGUCCUUUAUGAUUGCUGAGAUCAAAGUACAAACUCUCAAUAGGCAUUGAAGCCAUUUAUUCUUUUUAUGGAUCCAUACCGAACUUUAAUCGACCUUUGUGUCGUUGCUGACGCAAAUACAAAGGGUGAGGGUGAGGUUGUUGGUCAUUACGGCAAAACUGUGUAAACUAUUUCACUUUCAUUUAUCAUUUACUUAAACUACUGAAGUUGGUUUAACUACAUUAUUGUCAGUCUGUAUUGAUAUAUGUUUCUUUAAAGUACGAAUCUUAAAAUUCAUAAAUAUUUUAAGCGUUUUAUUUCCUUUUCCUACAAAAUAUGAAUUAAUUUAAUAACAUUUUGAUAUAUGAGCAUAUAAUAAACUAAAGCAAAUAGCAUACUGUUUUAUCCUCACUAUGUGAAAUCUCUGUUGGUUUGU